AGAAACAAGGGGAACUGUUGAUGCCCUGUACAACGUUAUCAUCAAUGACCUUGGUAGAAGGUGUAUAUAAAGUCCAGAGCAAGCACAAACCCCUUACUUGGUCCUUUACUUUUCAGGGUAGGUACCAAUCUCUCUUCUAAAUAUAUAUUUGUAGUCCAGAGUGCUGUAACCUUUUCUCAGUAUUGUAUUUUAUGCUGCUAAGAUGUAAAGGUUUUAGUUCUGAUAGCCGUGUUUAAGUUGCUCUGUGAUGCUGCCAGACAGCAUGGGGGCUCCGGGAAGAGAUCUCUCUGCUGAGACCCACAAAGCCAAACGCUCAAUCAGCUGGAAAGAACCAUAUUCCUUUUGAAAGGAGAUUCCUGUCCUUGGUAUGCUGAGGAUGGGUUGAUCAUUUAUUAUAUGCAAGUCAUGUUUUCUAUCUUUCCAAAUACCUUAGGGAGCUUUUCAGUUAUACAACUUAAAUGCUCCGGUGGAUCAGCUAGCUAAAACAUGCUUAGAUGAAAACGAGGCUGAAGCACCUUAGAAAAUGCACAGCCUAAGCCAGUUUUCAGUGAUGUUGCAGACAAGAAAACACUGGUUGGGAUUGUGGAGGGCAAAAAAAUACAAAUUUUUGCUUUGGGUUUCAGUGGGGAAAUCAUUCCUUUUAACUUCUCGUUGUGUUUCACUCCCCGCCCCCUCCAGAGGCUUUAUUUCUUUCAGAGACUAUAGGCUGCCCCAUAAAUUUUAAUCCUCCCUCUUUCAGUCCUGAGCUUUCAUACCCACACCAGCAUUCAUGCCCAAUACCUGUUUAGCCCAGGAAGUAUGCCCUAGUUAAACUUUGUAUAACCAUCACAUCAUUCAUACUGUGCAUGCAAUGCAUUAUUUCCUGGGAAUCUGUGAAACUUGACUAAUACUGAAGAGAGUCAAUGAAUGGAAAGGCUUCAUGAGAGAGUCUCUUAUGAGUCAACUCAGUUCCAGGUGGUUCAGUCUGCAAUCCUUUACCUAAGAAUGAACUGUACUGAACUCACUGGGACUUGCUUCAGAGUAGACUCAUUUAAGAGUGCAGUUUCAGUCUCCGAUGCAUGGACACAUACAGAUUUGAGACAGUGAAGACACGAGGAAGAAAUCCUGCAGUGUUCUUAUAUUUGGUAAUGAGAUUGCAAGCUUGGGUCAAUUGCUAUUGAUGUAGACGAAAGUUAAUGAGGCCUCUGGUACAUAGAGGUUAGGUGAGCUUUCUGCUUUCUAGUUUUUAACAAGGCUGUCUUGUUGUAACAUCAUGCAUUGACUGUUAGAGCAUUUGUCUAAAGUUAAGGAGGAAUGACAGCAGCAUGUACACUUCAAAACAGAAAAAAAAUCUUGCAAUUGGACCAGAAUAUUUUGCUCAGUUGUUUCAGUAAUAAAAUAGCAAUCGCUGCACCCAAAUACAGUACCCAAUGAGAAAAACCCGGUGUCAAUUUAAUGUUUCCCAAUGCAACCCUUCUCCCAGUUGGUGCUUGAUUUUGGAGAUGAAAAUAUAUCAGAGUGCUAGAACCUGCUGCAGCAAGAUCCGAAGGGACAGUUUUAAUACAAAAUUCACUUCGGUGCAGGAUGAGAAUAAUGCACAAAAUGAAUGAGAGCCGAAUGGCUAUUUCAUUUCCCUUUAAAUGAAACUUCUCAUUUAAAGAUGGCUGUGAUUUCAGGCACAGGGAGAGUGAUGUUUCAGCACUCCCAUUAUAAACCUGUAAAUGGUUUUCAUUCUAGCUGGUCUCUGCUGGCCUACAUAGAUGGAAAAACACAAGUAUCGCAUGACUACAGACUGUUCUGUCUUGAAUCUUGUGUUAAUUGAAGGUUAAAGUUAGCUAUCUUCCCCCAGACUGCUCUUCUGUCCCUCUACCUGUACAUUACGUCCCUAAAUACAGAAGGCUCAUUAUCCAAGCGUUAAAUAUUUUAUUAUUUAGAAAGCAAAAUACACAAGGAUCCUUCCCCCACCCCCAUUACCACCACAAGUAUUCUGGGAUGAAUAAGAGAAAAGGACCUGUUAAAGGUGACAAUCUUGUGCAUAGGUACCCCACUGAACACAACAAGACAUUGUUCAAAGUAGGCAUCCUUAGGAUUGUACUGUUAAUAAACUUAAUGCCAUUAAUCUGCUACUCUUUAAGGGCUGCAUGUUUGGGAAAUAUUACUCCCAAUCAAUCAGUCCUUGCUAAGAUUCCCUUUUCCUUCCAGAAGCAUUUCUUUAUUUUCUCACUAUAGAUCACUAUUGCAGCUUGUUUUGAGAAAUCUACCAGAUAUGGCACUGGACGGGAGACAGACAUAGGGUUUGCUCAACUUGGCCUGCUCUACUGUUUUUUUUUAAAAAAAGUGAACACCUUUAUUCACACACAGAUUCCUCAUCAAGCAGUCUAUGUAUUGCUGAGCCAUGAGAGCAACUGAUGAUCUCUUAAAGAACAUUGUCUUCAUGGCUUAUAUUGCCAGCUCUACCUGUGUCCUUAGAAAGCCAGCACCAGUCUAGAUUAGACAAAUACUAGGCAAAAUGAACUGAUGAUCUGACUUAGAAUAAGGUAGAGACGAAUUUUCGGAGCGCAAGCUAAAAUGAUAGGCCAUUUGUUUUGUCUAUGUUUAUUGAAUUGUCUUUUGGAUACGUUGUGAGUUGUCUUGAAUAUAAAUGAAUUAAAGCUUUCAGUGAAGAUUAAUUACAAUAAGUAAAUACAAUAAAUAUGCAUAGGAAUGCAGCAAAAAAACAGAGAAAGGAAUAGAAAUAUUUUAAAGAAAUAAAUUAAAAUUCCUUCACCCGUGAAUGAUCACAGAGUUUUCCUGCAUUCCUGGCUAAGGAAAGGGCCUUCAGACCUGAGUCUUUGUAUCUUUAUACAUGCAUGCACGCACACGCACACAUACACUUUAUUUCUAGCAAAUCUUAAUCAGAUCUAAGAAACAACCUGUUCUCCAGGUCAGAUUUCAGCCCUGAAGUCACAAAUCUCCACUCAUUCACCUGAGAGUUGGGCAGCAUUUGCAGCUUGGCAGAACCCUGCUGCCACCUUCUGGCUUCCAUGUGCCAGGCUCCCACAGCCAAUGGGAGAUGUUGCUGCCUCUCCCAUCAGCUGAGGAAAUUAAAACUGGCCUGCCUGCCAACUGGCCAAUCACAGGUAGGCCUGUAGGUGGUGCUGGGGUGGGCGGGUGGACGGACCUGACUGGGACACCAGAGGAAGUCUUUACUCAGGUCUGCUCCCUGGCCAUUUAAAGUGGUCCACCUCCUUGCCUGGCACUGUCUUUCAGAUUUCCCUCCCUCCUUCCCUUCCCCUUGGCUUCUUUCUUUGUACUGGUAUUCGACUGACCUUGCUAUGGAUUGCUUCAGUCUCCGUAUUUGGGGCCAGGGAGGAAUUUCACCCUCAGGCUAAUUGGGCCUGUCUGGUUUGUUUGCCUUCCUCAUAGCAAUCAUCACAACUUUGGUGGUUAUGGCAUUGGGUUUGAUCCUUAGUCUUUGCCCAAGGGGAAGACCCUUCCGUGGCAGUAAGGUAUUAUAUUAAAUGAAUCCAGGCGGAGGAGCUUCUGUCCAUACACCCAGGUGGCAGUUAAGGGCCAUAGCACUCCCUAGCAUGGCAAAACUGUCAGAUGGUAUCCAUUUGAUGUAUGUCAUAGGUCAUCCUUUAGCAGGCUUGACCCACUAACUGGCCAGCAGGCAGGCUGGAUAAUAGCAGAGAUGCUCAAUACCAUGCCAGACUUGCAUCCGUACUCAAUAAAGUUGUGGUCUAAUUUGAACCCAUGAUGCUUCUCUGAGUCCUUGCUUUAAUUGUUGCAGUGGAUAAGAGACUGGUGAGCUGCAUUGCCUGGGCACACAACAAACCAACUCCGAACAUGUGUGGGAUUAAUUUUCCGUAACCCUGUACAACUACAACUUAUCUCUCAAAUACCACAUUGCAGGCAGCUUUUAGCUGUGCAGAACAGAGUGACAAGGCACACAUUUGAAAAAUAAAUGCAUGCAUAGUUCAGCUUUCCUUGGAAACUGCUGCCAUGUGGAAGUGCUAUAUAUCGCUCUGCUUUGGAUAUUAGAUAGAUAGAUAGUAAUUUUGUUGUUGUUACAGGCUAGAUUGCUUUGUUUUUCUUUUGGGGAGUGCAACUUUCAGCUUGCUCGGCAAGAUGAUGGACAUGUCAGAAUUCGGGGAAGCUGCUCCCUUCCUCCGGAAAAGUGACAAGGAGUUGAUGGUGUUGCAGACUGUGGCUUUUGAAGGUAAGGUAUUAGUUGUUGAUUCUGCCAUCAACCAGGAAGGCUGAAUGAUGCAUACUUCUAUAGCUUAUGAUUAGAAGUUCUGUCGUAAAGGGCCAAUGUCUUUACAGCAGUCUGUUUAGACUGGCGCCCCUUAUACUUCUGCACUUUUUAAAAUUGUGCAUUUAUUCUGCUGGUCUGACCAGCUGCAUGUUCCAUAUUUAGCUUAAAAUGUAGCUUAAAUCACACUGCAAUUUGAAUAUGUAAUAGGUAGCCUUUCCAUUUUACUUGACAAGACCCCCCUUUCCCCAUUGAUGUUGUGAUUAUUCUGAUGUCAAGAUCUUGCAAGAAGGGUUGCAGAACUUUGAUGUUCACCAUCUCAAAGUAUAAAGUAACAUUGUCUGGAAAUAGCACAGCAGCUCUUAGCCGGCUCGGAGAACAUGCAUUGUUCUUAAUGGUAUUUUAAGAAGGUAAGUAUGUCUAUUGCAUGUGGGUGACAUAUGGCCUGCCUGGUUUCAGUGUGUGCUUUUAGACAUCAAAGUAAAGAACACACAGCUUCCCAGGCAUUGUUCUUUAAGCAUCAACUAGCUGGAACCAGAAAAAACUUAAAAGCAACAGAGUUCAGAGCGUGAUGCCACGCCUUUAGGGUGAUAAGAAACGGCUGAGGUCAUUUGCAGUUCUUAUGACUUGCACUGCAUACUGUAAGAUCAACAGUAUAAGUGCAUCCAUGAAGUAUACUCUACCCUGUGGUAUGAUAGAUUUUGCACUGGUACAUUGUGAUGAUGUGCAAAUGUGUCAAUUAUUGCAUCUCUGAUUCUUGAAUUUUCAGCUUGAGUUUGUUGGCUUCUUUGAUUUGAGCAAUUCAUAAAAGCGAAUGCUCCAAAAGCAUUUCAAGUAAAAAGUAAGCUAGUGUAAGAGGGUGGAGCAAUGGGGAGUGGAACAUACUUGUAAAUUACUCAAAAUUCCAAACAAUCAAAUUGUAACCUGUGAAUUGCACACUUCCUUGCAUUUUGCUGAGGUUAACCAAAAGCACAUUUGGGUUGUGUUUUUUUUUGUAGUGCAGAAAUGGUGCCAGAGCAUUUGCCGCGUGCAGCAGGCACAGGUUAUUCAUCUUCUGUCUGGAAGGACCAAUGCAAGUGGAAUAUAGUAUUCAGGAAAAUGUACUAUGAGCUGGAACAUCUCUAGUUAAAAUCUCACUUGAGCUGCUAACACAAAUGAUGGUCUUGUGCAGCCAUAGGCAGACUCGGUCCUCCAGAUGUUUUGGGACUACAAUUCCCAUCAUCCCUGACCACUGGUCCUGUUAGCUAGGGAUCAUGGGAGUUGUAGUCCCAAAACAUCUGAAGGGCCUAGUUUCCCUAUGCCUGGUCUUGUUCAAGGCCACUGCCUGCUUCAACACCUUCCCAAUCUGAAGGAGGGUCAAAGCGCCAUCUUACGUUUCAGGGCUGUUGUAAGGAUUACUUGAGUUUGUGAAUGUGCUCUGAACACGUACAAAAACAACACAAUUCUAUUCUAUUAAUUAAUAUUCUAUUAAAAAUAAUUCGUAAUUUAUUUUGCAAUGUUGAGUAUCAAAUAUUUUUGCAUAACAAUGAAGGACUCAUUUUUCUAUGCUAGGGAAGAAGAAAUGCUGGAUUCCAGAUGAGAAGAAAGCUUAUCUUGAAGCUGAGAUAAAAGAGACUGGCGGUGGCAAAGUCACUGUUGAGACUGCGGACGGGAAGGUAAAGAGCCCCCCUCCCUGUUUGAUUAGUCACAAGAAUAAAACAUUCUAGACAUAAUGAGGACAGAGAAACAGUUUUUGCUGCGUACAAACUUAGGCCAGAAUCAGUUAAACAGAAAGAAGCAACAAUCCGAGGAAGGGACGGAGGAUCACACAAGAGAGAACUGUAUAGAGAGCUGGAGAUUUCCUUGCUGCUUCGCUAUGUAUGAUCUCACUGUGCUUCUAAGACCAAGGGCCAAAAUGCAUGUUAAGCAUAUAUAUAUAUAGCAUAUAUAUACAGCUACACCUCCAGAUUUUGUUUAAUUCAUUUUUGCUGUGUGAGGAGGAGCCUGAUAGUUAUCCAGACCAAAGCACAAGGGAAAGGGAGGCUUAUCUCUCUUCCCCCAGCCAUGUUCACAAUGAAAAUCCUCUCCCCCCCCCCUUCCAGUAUAGCUAGGAAGCUUAGGCAAAAAAGUUCACAAUGGGAUAUUUUUCUCUAAGCCUCCUAGCUCUUUGUGUGUAUGUUAUCUUCAUACAUCCAGGAACCUAUAAGCAAUUGCCUAUAGGUGCACAUGAGCUUAUGAGACUUGCAGUCUUGGGGGGGGGGGCGACGACCCUACAGAUAUGCCGUUUAUUGGUACCUGCAUGUGGGUAGUGUAUGAGGAGCCCCCUGCAUUUAUGUGAAAGCAUUUUUGUUUAAGCUUCUACCCAUGGCAGUUGGGGUGACUGAGAAUAUGUGGCACAUAUGGAAGCCACAAACAUCUCCCUGUGAUUCCUAUGGAAUACAUGAACAAGGCCUUAGUAUAUUUAAUUUGUUUUUAUAUUGUAUGCAUCAACCCAAAGGAUUAAGCAAGAAAGUCUUUUAAAAUCGCUGUUCACACAAACAAAUGAAUAAAACCUGAGAGAGAUUUAGUUAUGAGUUUGUAAAAUAUAAUAAUAAUAAUAAUAAUAAUAAUAAUAAUAAUAAUAAUAUAUUUACACCCUGGUCACUCUAGGUGGCUCCCAACAGAAUAUUUAAAACACAAUAAAACAUCAAACAUUAAACAUUAAAAUUUUCCAAUACAGUGUUGCCUGCAGAUGUCUUCUAAAAGUCAGAUAGUUGUUUAUUUCCUCGACAUCUGAAGGGAAGGCAUUCCACAGGGUGGGUGCCACUACCAAGAAGACCCUCUGCCUGGUUCCCUGUAACCUCACUUCUCACAGUGAGGGAACCGCCAGAAGGCCCUCAGAGCUGGACCUCAGUGUCCGGGCUGAACGAUGGGGGUGGAGCCCCUUCUUCAUGUAUACAUGAAACAGAUGCCCUGAAUUAAGGUUCACCAAACGCUUCAUUGCUAUGACCUGUAGACUGAAUUGGGACAUAGGUUUUUUAUUUAUUAAAUUUCUACCCCACACCAUGGUCCUGCUCACACAUGACACUAAGCCAAACCAUGGCUUAGCAUGAGUGAGCGAACAUGUGGGUUUCUGGGCUACUCCUUUGAUCAUAACCUCCAGGAUCAUGAGCUUUGCUCCUGCACAUCUGGUCAUGGCUUGUACUAAGCCAUGGAUUGACUUGGCAUUACACGUGAAUCAGAUCCAUGUGAGUUAAUUGACUUACCAAUGCUAGGAUGUCUCUGAUAUCAACAACUGUCCUUUGUGAAUAAUGAAAAUUGUUAAUUUAAUUGUCGUGGUCUGUACUUUCUGCAUUUACUUUUCUUUCUGACCUCACUGUUUACAAUCACGCCUAUCCCACCACCACUUGUAUAUCUACCUACAACCCAGGAUAACACUUAAUGUACUUGAUUAAAUGGACCAUCACCCACACUACUCUUUUGUCAUAAUAAAUUUGUUAGUCUUUAUGAUGCCACAAGGGUCUUCAUUGUUUUUGUUGCCAUGGUCUAAUAUUGCUACCCCUCUGCAAGUAAUUUAUCUACAAACUAUAAUGCUUAGUAACUGUUAUGUCUUCAUUGGUUCCUGUUUUGUUUUAAAAUCACAACCGCUUCAGGUUAAUGCUUUGCUACAUCCUUCAUUGGCAAAUUGGGAUAGCAUUUAGCUUAUAACCAGUUCUCGGUGUUUGACCACUUUCUCCAUCUUGCUUUUUAAACUUCAGAUGGCCAUCAUCAUUAUUGCUUUCUUAAAAAUCAUGUAUUCUACUGUUUACAACAGUGGGUGGCAGUAUCCAACAAACUGAAAUGGAUAAGAGAUGCAUUUUCUUUUUUCCUUUUCGAUCAGUCUCCCAAGAGACCAGAUAUUUAGGGUUGCACAGAAGCCUUCAAAGUUGAGUUUCCACUUGUGGGCAGCCUGUCCUUGAAAGUAAUCCUUAAACAAUCUUUUAAUUUUAAAAAAGUGUUGUCAGAUCGCUCUGUAGUACAGGAAGUUUGGAAAGGCCGUGGUUACAGUGUUCCCUUUUCUUGCAGACAGUCACUUUGAAGGAAGAUGAUGUUCAACAGAUGAACCCUCCCAAGUUUGACAUGAUUGAAGAUAUGGCUAUGCUGACCCACCUCAACGAGGCAUCUGUGCUGCAUAAUUUGAACAGACGCUACAGUAACUGGAUGAUCUAUGUAUGAGUCAUUCAUUGAUUUUCAUUUAAAACUGCAUGUUGAAUUGCAUCUCCAUUGUGCAGGAUAAGAAUCAAUACUGCCAGAUGGACAUUCUGACCUUUGACCCCUUUGUGGUUCCUGUUCCUGGCUUAUUAUGCAUGAGGGACUCUCCUCUGUAUACUCUCUGCUCCCUUGUAUAUUCACUUCUGUGAUCUUCCUUUGAAACUGAGUUUCUGGUCAGUUGCUGGUCAGAAGUUUCCAGAAUAACCGUUGACAGGCAGACAACCAAAAUACCCUUGGGUUCAGUUCUCUUCCCCAAAAGCAGGUUAGCUCUCUAUACCCCUGUCAAGGGGUAAGGAGGUUAUUGCUGCACAUAGUGUCAAGUAUGUGGUUAAAAUGAGUGGUAGAUUGCGUCAUAAAAUUGUAAUGCUGUAUGAGCUCUCCAGCAACUCCUUGAACAUGGAUUAUCUGUCAUUCGAGCCUUUACAACUACUCAGAAUGCAUAUUACGGAAUGGUUGCUAUUUUGUAACCCCCCCUAAGAACAUAAGACUAGCCUAUUGGAUCAGGCCAGUGGUCUAUCAAGUCCAGCAUCCUUUUCUCAUAGUGGCCAAUCAACUGCUUAUGGGAAACCUUCAAGCAGCAGGACUUGAGCACUAUAGCAUUCUCCCCUCCUGCAGCUUCCAGAAACUGGUGUCCAGAAAAUUCCAGAAACUGGUGUCCAGAAAAUUCCAGCAACUGGUAUUCAAAACCAUUACCUUUCUCAUUUGGUUUUGCCUACUAGGAAGAAGACAGGAAUGAGACAUGUGAUUUCUUUAGCAUCCCUGUCUCAAAUGUUGUGGUGUCACCAGAAAAAAAAUGGGGGCAUAGAAGAGGCAAAGUAUAUUUCUAGGUGGGAGAGUUCUUCUCUGAAUUAAAAUUACAGUAGCAGUAUAUGUUAUUUGCAAUGACUGUCCAAGUGGGGGUGGAAGAUGACUAUUCACCUUGUUUGGAGUGCUAACCCCCUGUAUCCCCUCUGGUGCUUCCCAUGUUUGUAAUGCUCAGUACAGUGGUACCUCAGGUUACAGACGCUUCAGGUUACAGACUCUGCUAACCCAGAAAUAGUACCUCGGGUUAAGUACUUUGCUUCAGGAUAAGAACAGAAAUCGUGCUCUGGUGGCGCAGCAGCAGUGGGAGGCCCCAUUAGCUAAAGUGGUACCUCAAGUUAAGAAUGGUUUCAGGUUAAGAAUGGACCUCCAGACGAAUUAAGUUCUUAACCAGAGGUACCACUGUACUAACAUGUUACCUUGCCUCUAGCAAGCUAAAGUGUUUUUUUAAAUCACCGUAAGUGAAUUAAAUUUUUGUCACUGUGUCUUAUCAGAUGCUGUAGCACAUUAAAUGAUCAAAGGUUGACUAGAGGGCUACUUUUUCAUUUUUUAAUGUCUGUCACAUCCUUAAUUCACCCAUUUUAUGACUGCGUCUGUGCCUUGGGCAGCUGAUAGAGGUCAGAAUGUUCCUAAUUCUGUCUCCUGAAAUACAGGUGGUAUCAAACAGUAGACAACUUGCCUCUGUGUACCCAGUCUCUAAAUAUGCAGGGAGCAGCUCUCUUUCUAAUAUAUUUGAAUAAAUGAGGGCACCCCUAUAAUUUGGGUACACCAGGCAUCUGUUUACUUUGUCUCUGUGGCUUAGCCAGCCUUUACCUGUUGGUUUCACUCUGGUUGGACAAUAGGUUUUCAUGCUUUACACACCAGCAGAAGCAGAAUAAACUAUGCAUAUUAAGCAAAGACACAUGCUGCAUAAUAUUAUCAAAAUGCAGUAGUUUCCUUUUAAAGUGCAAAGUUUGGAUAACUGCUGCAGAAUCUGGAUGUUUACAGCAUGGCGUGUGCCCAGUCCUGAUUGCAACAGGAGUUGAAUGCCUUUCUUAACAAAUAUUGUUAGCCGUUAAGAUUGCUUACCUUUCUAAAUGCCUUGUGCAUAAUUUUAUUGUCGUAGAUGAAGUGUUUGGUAUUGGAAAAUCAUGUUCCAAUGCAUACUACCGUAUUUUUCGCCCUAUAGGAUGCACCGUCCCAUAAGGCGCAACUAGUUUUUUUGGGGGGGAAAUAAAGGGGGAAAAAUUAUUUCUCCCCCAGGCGCAGGGCUGGGGCGGGGGAAGCCCGAGUUUCCCCCGACCCCAGCCCCCAGAACAGGCAACUCUUCGCAAGCCGCGGGAGCCCGGCGCGGGCUCCCACAGCUUACGGAGAUCUGCGCGAAGCCUGGAGAGCGAGAGGGGUUGGUGCGCACCGACCCCUCUCGCUCUCCAGGCUUCAGCGAAAGCCUGCAUUCGCCCCAUAGGACGCACACACAUUUCCCCUUCAUUUUUGGAGGGGAAAAUUGCGAAAGGGCGAAAAAUACAGUAGUUUACAAUGAAAUUCAUUGUUACUGGCCAUGUUCCUCAUUUCCAAGGUUAAACUAAUUUCUAAUUGAGUUGUACUAAUGAAAUGCGUUUUUUUUAUUCAUGAGAUUUUCUUAGUGGGCUUCAGUCUACACAUCAUCAAAGUCUGGGGAUACUUCAUAUAUAUCACACAUUUCUUCAGUAGAAUUCCAGGUGGCAUGGAUAUGAUUCUCAGGUGGCUUUCCAUCCCAUUUAGUUUUAGAAAGGUUGCUGCAUCAAGUGACUAUGGGCCAUCUAUGGGAGCUUGUAGCUCUUCAGAUGUUGUUGGACUCCAACUCCCAUCAACUCUAGACAGCAUAAUCAAUAGCUAGAAAUGAUGGGAGUUGUAAUCCAACAACAUCUGGAGGGCCACAUGUUCUCCAUCUUUUUACCGUUAUACAAGUCCCAAUCAACUAAUGUUGCUUUCCCUUAAAAAUGUUAUCAUUUAUAUUUACAGAGGUUUGCAUUUUCAGGUGAAUUGUUGGAGGCUGGGAUUACGAGGAAAUCUUGAGCUGAAAGUUACAAAUGGUUGGCUGUGACCAACAUAUCCAUUGCUCCAAAAUGAAACAGACAACUUUGAUACAAACCAUUAUGCUAUCGAUGGGAUUCACUUUCAUUUUGUGUGUUUAGUAUUAAUAUAUGAGUAAAUUUCUUUCUCAAUUUCCAUGCCAGUGCAGUCUGGUUCUGUUAAGCCAUCUUUUGUUAAAAACAACAACGACAAACCCUACAAAUGAACUGGAUUAGAACAACUGCACUGUUGGCAUUAGGACACAGUGUGAAAUCCUCAUGUUCUUUACCAAGGUUCUUAGUGAUUUUCUUCUGUUUUCCUUUCCAGACUUAUUCGGGUCUCUUCUGUGUGACAAUAAACCCUUACAAAUGGCUUCCUGUCUACAAGACAGAAGUUGUUUCAGCUUACAAGGGCAAGAGACGUUCAGAGGCUCCUCCUCACAUCUUCUCCAUAGCUGAUAAUGCUUACCAUGACAUGCUGCGUAGUAAGUAGCGUCAUUUGCCCACGUGGCCCUUAUUUGUUUGUCCUACAACUAAAUCUUGCUUUCAAAUGUUUUCCAAAUGCUGACAAGAGAAGCUUCUAGGAAGGGCAUUUAGGCACUAUAUCAUGGGCAAAGAGCCUGGAGAUGGUAAGAUCUGUGAUCUUCAGUGCCACUCAGAUUAGGGAUAAUAUCUACUGAACUCCUGACUGUCGAAACUGUAUAUCCUUGAAGUGACUUGUAGCUUAACAAUGCCAGAAGGGCCACAGGUUCCCUGCUCUUGGUUUACAAGAAAGAAAGAGAAAUUGUUGAGAGAAUUUUUUUAUUUUCCCCCCAGUAAUGCUUAGGUUUUAUAAGACACUAAAACCAUCAUUACACAGUCUUCCCGUCUCUCAGCAGUGAGAAACUCCAGGGAUGUGCAGCGCUCACUCUGAGUUAAUUUAUUUGGAAGAAGAUCAAUGAAAGGUUAUGACAGUUUUUAAGCGUUUGAAUUUAUUUACAGGUGCAGAUCUAGAUUUAAUAUUCCAACAGAAAGCCAAGUUCAUUGUCAUGUGUCAGGUCUCCAACUUCCCUGACACAGUUUGCUUACUGUGCUCCUAAAAACUCAGCUCUCUGUGCCUGUCUCUCAGAAACUAGACUUUAUCCCUUUUGUUCACUUCCCAGGCACACACAGACCUAGCAUACGCCAUCCUUAGCUGGAUAGGGAAAGAACCCACCCACUUCAGAUGACUUAAGGGAGAUCCAUCUAUCAAGAGCAAUCAGUUAGCAAUCUGCCUUAAAAAAGGUUUUGCAACUGUGUCUUAAAGGAGCUUCAGCAGUCAUUCUUGCUCUCUAGUCUCUAACACUCUCUUGUCAAAACCUCCAAUCUUACAACACAAUGAUCCAGGUCACCUCGCCUGUGUUCCUGUGCUCACAUGGACCACCCAUAAACAAGAAUUUCUCCAUGGACAUCAUUGUCAGAGGGUGAAUCUGUGUACUCAGUAGCCCCAUAACUCUUUCUGACAGUAAAGUGAAUGGCAAACCUUGGUUUGCUUCAAUCUCUAUGUGCACAUUUCUGUUGCUCCUACCCCUGCCUGCUCCCUGUUUACACAGAGAAAUAAUCAGCCAGUAGGUCAGGGCACUUUCUUUUCUUUUCUUUUUUACAGUCCUGCUUCCCUUUGGCUGAAAGAAAGGAAUGUACUGUAACAAAUGAGCCUUCUUUGAGCAGAAACCACAAGGCAGAAAUAGUGAUCUCAAUAACUGGAGCAGCUGUUUAAGAGAAGGAGCAUGCGCUUAGCUUUCCUGUUGAAAUCAAUGUGUGCUAAAACUGCCUGGCUUUGGCUGCACUACAGCCAAAUGUUAAAGGCCACUGACUCUAGCCUCCCUCAAGCACUGGAGCAGUGAUAUAACAUCAUGCCACCAGAACUGGAGCACACUGCAAAUUCAUGUCCGAGCAGCAGAUUUCUUCCAUCAGAGGGCAGUGGUGAUGCAUGCCUGAUUAUCUGGAGCACUAAUAUUUGUGCAGCCAUCAACAUUCUGGAACAUUACCAAGGGAGCUUGGGGUUUGUGCUCAUCUGUUUCAAAUGUGACUCUGCACAGAGCACAAUAGGUAUACUGCCAUUGAUAACAUUAAAAUAAUAUAUCAAAGUAUGAGACAUUUUCCUGUCUUGUGCUUUUUGUUGGAGCUGGCUGAGUUAUAAUAAUGGUUGAAGCAUAAAAAGCAAAGCAAAAUCUGUAAUUAUGCUUGGCACAGUAAUGUGUUUGGCUUUCUAGGUCCUUAUAAUUAUAGCAUCUUUAAAUGCGAGGUGCCUGCCCUUAAGAGGCAUGCACUAUUGUUACAGAGCUAGUUUGUCUAGAUCCCCUGAACUAAGAACUUUUCCCUUACCCCUAUCAAGUCAGUGCAAUACCCCAGCUGUAUGGGUCUUGUUUGCUACUCUUGUAUGGGCGGGGUUGGUAGGGGAGGCAAGUACUUCAAAUUCCAUCGACGGUCAUUUGCAAAUAAAGCACAUGCUUGCCCAAUAUAACAUAAAUUCCUCUAGGUUCUCUCCUCUCUCAAAUCACUUGCAAACAAAAAAGAUUGCUAAGCCGACAUGUUACACAGCUGGUACUUUGAGACAAUCUCUAUGCCAAAGAAGGGGAACCUGUGGCCCUUUAGAAAUUGGACUGCAACUUCUAUCAACCCCAGCCAGCGCAGCCAGUUGUCAAGGAAUAUGGGAUUUGUAGUCUAGCAGCAGCUGGAGGGCCACAAGUUCUCCAUCCUUGCCCUGACCAAUUGGACUGCCAAUGCCGAUUUCCUUUUAAUUCACAAAACAUGCCCUUUCAUUAGAAAGCAAACAGAAGCCCCACGCUCUCGAAAUUGUUGUGGGGCAACCAAACCUUUUGGUUUAAAUGCAAAACUUGAAACUUCACUACGUUUCUUCCAUGUAACACGAAUAGAGCAGGUUGAAGGGAAGCAUCUAACACAACAGGUUUAGAAACCCUCUAAUCUGAAUGUCUUUAGCUGAAUGUGUUUUCCAUGUUACAGAGCCUUUGAUAUGCUAAUUAACCCCAACCUGUCACAAACCCAUCCCUCCUUUGUUUCUCUUUGCUCUCUUCAUUCCUACUUCCUUUGAAGAGCCCAGUGAAUUUCAACAGCACACCUUGCUCUUGGAAUUUCUACCAAGAAACUGAUCUGGUUAAAUUGUCUUUCUCUGCUUGUGAUGGAGUAAUGCAAUGGCUUUUGCAGCUACCUCCACAGCAGGCAUAUGGUACUAAAUAAUGGAGAGAACCCAAAAUGAAUUGGUUUUGCAGGGCAAUGCAUUUUGCCAAAGCACUUAAAAUAUACUAAACAAGAUAUUUCCCAUGUUGAGGGGAGUUUGCCUAAAUGGGUUUCUUCUUGUUUAUUUCUGUUUGUAUAAGAAAUUAUUCCCUGGUGACUAUGUAGCAAGUGCAAUUACAGGUUCCUUUUUUUCCCUUCUGCACAGAUCGAGAGAACCAGUCAAUGCUGAUCACGUAAGUGGAUCUUUUUCUAGGGAGGUUAUUUAUGCAAUGCCAAAAAAGGAAAAAUGCAUCUUCGAAAAGAAGGGCAAAAGAGGACACAGAUUCACCUAACAUUUCUAUAUGCUAAUUAUAGUAUAGAUGCAAAUUGAGAAAUAAUUGCUAUAAUAUAAAUAAAAAUACAAUAUAUCCCAGAUUGUGAGCAAGUGAUCUAUGUGCCUACUCAGUAACUAUUUAUAUUUAUUUCAAGGCCCAGUUCUCCCUUAUCUUCAAAUCUGAUCAGACAGUCCUUCACACAGAGGACUCCUUCCGAAGAGGACUAUUCUAUGUAAAAUAGGGCACAUAGCCACCCCUAUCUUUUCAGAUGCCUCACAUCAGCGAAAGCAAACAUCAGCAAAAGCAAUUGGUUCCUAGUAUGCUUACCAAAGCACACAAAACUGAAUACAUUUUAUUUCAAAGCACAUAUUCGCCUUUGCUAACUUGUUUGCAAGGUUUUUCAGCAUGGGCAUUAAGAGAAGUAAAUUUUACCCUUGGGUUCUGGGUAUAAAGUUAGUUAUUGGGCCAAGAGGGAACACCUGGUAGGGGUGAGUGUGAGCAGAAAGGCAGCGUGGGCCUGGGUGGCAAGGAUUAACCAGGGCUCCCUGGCUACUGUGCUUAAAUAUUGCUGUUCCUGAUUGGAUUUACCUGAGGUGCCUUGAGUCUGUUUCUAAGAAACACAGCUCUGUUGCGUCACAACUCAGCUUCUGAUAUUCAGGUUUUAGUCAGUGUAUAUUUUGUUGGUACCUUUGUUCCAGAAGAGCUGUGUUUUAUUAGACCAAAGACGUACUAAGUCUUGGCCCAGUUUCCCACAGUGGCCAACCAGGUGGCUUUGAGAAAACUCACAAGGAGAGUUUCAGUAGUCCACUGUUGCCUCCACCAUCUUCUAUUCAGUUGUGUUUCACAUGGCCAUCAAUAAGACCAAGGCUUGUAUCUAAUGUGAUGCUGAAUAGCUUGUUCCCUUAGCACAAGGAUUUGCCCUCGAAUAAUUCUAUUUACCCUCUCUCUUCCCCCCUUGCCCUCCUCAAAUCUGCUCCAGAAGGCUGGGAGAAAGCCCCAUAACAGAUUUAGGAGGUGAAUGAGAGGGGGAGAAAGUUCCAAAUGUAAAUUAUUGCACUGAUGGAAUGAGUUAGUGGGAUACUGCCCUCAUAGCCACUGAUAGAGCUAUUCUUUCCAUACUCCUAUCCUCUUGUGUGCCCAGAUGCCACGGUUCUCAGCAUCCCAACCUAGAGAACAAAAUCAGACAUAACACAGUGUAUUUGGGUCAAAUAAGGCCACAACUGGCCUCCUUUUAUACUCAAGGAGCAGACUCAAGUGAAGCCUGCUGCCAGUUGGGUUCGCUCCAUGGCUGAGCACCCACUCCUUAGCCUGCUCACCAUUGGCCAAUUUGGCUGCAGGCAUGGAGUCAAACUUCCUGGCAGGUGAGGAGGCCUAUCUGGCCUCCCGUCUGCCGGGAAUCAUCCAUCAUGACAAGCCUGUGUUGAAUCAGCGCCAGUGGACUUACCUGUAAACAUGGAUCGAAAGUGAAUUCCUUAAAGGUGAGGUUGCUGGACAUGAUUCAUUCAAAUGUAGCACAGUUUAGAGUUUGGAAAAAAAUGCAAAUGUAUAAGGCUGAUGGAAGUGAAAAGCUUGAGAUUAAUAAUGUCAUCUUCCUUCUGUUUCAUAGUGGAGAAUCUGGUGCCGGCAAGACUGUGAACACAAAACGUGUCAUUCAGUAUUUUGCCACAGUAGCAGCAAUCGGUGAACCUGGAAAAAAGAAUGUAAAUAUUCAAAUGACUGUUUUCUUCUUCUGCGCAAAUAAUAUUUAUUGCCCAACAGGUGGAAGACAUUCUGUUUCCAAGGCCCUGUAAGCACCAGUUAGCAUGGUUGUUAAUUGCAUGGGGAUAUGUGAGAAGAAGCUGUAAUAUUUCAAAGUGAUUCGAGGGAAGCAGAGCUCAUGGGAGUUUGCCCAAUGAGUCUGGCUGUUGUUUAUCAUCAUAUCAUCAUAUUUUUUGGGUUCUGAAUGUGAAGAAAGGGGCAGAAUGGAGAGUAGGGAUAUUGAAACUGGUGAAGGUUACCAAGAAUUUUAUAUUAGAGAUCUCUAGUCCUUCUUCCAGGAUGACAGAUCCCAGGGAAGAGUGAAUGAUUGUAAAUCCAGUUCAAGCCUGCAGUGUAAAUGUACCCUGGGGAACUGAAGAUAGAACAGUGCCGUACCUGGUAAUGCUCCAUUAACAGCUAUAGCCAUUCCUGGUUCUGCUGUACUAGCACUAGCAUUCUCCACCUCUGAUCUGUCACCUCUUUUUCCUGUGCUUUGCAACAGAGUCAUCUGGACACACGUCAAAGCAUCAGGAGUAGCAUAAUGUGGAUAGGGACAGAACCCUGCAAAUCUAGUGUGUUGGGUCAGUGGCUGGGCUUCAGACUCUGAUUAUGGGUGGUUGGAUCUAAAGCAUGGCAGGGACUGAUGGUUUAAUACCGACAGCAAUAAUGGACAACUUGAGGAACAAAGCAUGUGCAAAAAAAAAUGGGUUCUGAAUGUGAAGGAAGGGGAAGAAUGGGGAGUAUGGAUAUAGAAACUGGUUUUGCAGCCAUACAGAAGAUCCUCAUAUGAUCGUAGGACUGGGUGCCUCUUCUUGGUUCAGGACAAGCAGCUUAGAAGUGUUGGGAAAUUUACUCUAGAAGUCUCUGUGGAAAAGCAGUUGCAGAAUAAAAAAGGUCUCUGAAAUCACAAAUAGAGCGGAAUUGAUAAGCAAUGUUUAAUGAUAUUUUCUAAUCACUUAGACUAACUGUUUGUUUAAUUGUCUUUUCAUUUUUCUUUGAAAGCAACCAGCAACCAAGACUGGGGUAAGUAGAUGACUUUCUUGUAAUUGAAUUUGUAUUUCACAGAUUUUGCUGACGUGCCGUGAAUGUUGUUCACAGGCGUAUAUAAAACUUUAUUUGCACUUGCCCUGCUUCUAAACCUAGAAGAACACAGCUGAAAUUAAUUUUUGUUACAAAGCCAACUCAAAAUCAUAGAAACUGGCUCUGAGCAAUCUAACCGUAUGAUUCUAAACAUUUUUUGCUUUCUAGACCAAUCCUAUUGCAUCUUUUUAUACUUAGUGUUUCUUUCAUUUUGUGGAGCUGGGGUCAGCCUAAGCGAGAAGUGCUUAUGCUCUGCUGAUUUCAACUGGAGAAUAUUAGCACAGGUUUCAUUCAGUGACAUGAUUGUUGUUGUUUUCCCUUUUUACACAAACUUGCCCCUUCUUUCCCUUUCCUUCAGCUUUGUUGCAUGUCUUGAGCAUAAAGUAUGCUGGCAAGAGACUUUAUUUUUUCCAGUAGGCAUUAGACUACACAUCAAAUCUGUUGGUUUUUAAUAUUUUGUAUUUCGUUUUAAGGGAAAGUACUAUAGGUAAAAGUGCAAGUAGAUAACUAGGUACCACUCCGGCGGGAAGGUAAACGGCGUUUCCGUGCGCUGCUCUGGUUCGCCAGAAGCGGCUUAGUCAUGCUGGCCACAUGACCCGGAAGCUGUAUGCCGGCUCCCUCGGCCAAUAAAGCGAGAUGAGCACCGCAACCCCAGAGUCGGUCAUGACUGGACCUAAUGGUCAGGGGUCCCUUUACCUUUACCUUUACUAUAGGUAAAAUAAAAGGAGAAUUCCCUGGAUGCCUGAGAUUCAGGUUUGGGCAAGUAUUCUUUGGUGAGAGAGCCUCAGCAGAGAUUUAAAACCACAAAACAUACAGCAAAGUAAAGUGUGGAAAGAUAGCCUGUAAGACUUUUUAAAUAUCCCCUUCUAAAUUGCUUCCAAACUUCCCCACUUCCCUUAGCAUAGAAAGAGACCACACAUUUGGCAUCUUUGUAAAACACUUUCAGGUUUCUUUCUUUCUUUCUUUUUAACAAUCAAGCAGUACAUAAAUUUUAUUAAAUAAAUAUUUGGGAGUUUCCACAAGUGCAUUUUUUUUUAAAUGGCAGAGAUGCAUUCUGCCAGAAUCGUGGAGUUUCCACCAAAUCUUAAAGCCCUUUAGUUGGCAAAUUGUGAGUGCAGGGUUGUGCCCUAAAUGUACUUCCAUCUUUUGCAUUGUAAGGGGACUUUGGAAGAUCAAAUCAUCCAAGCCAACCCAGCCUUGGAAGCCUUCGGGAAUGCCAAAACUCUGAGAAAUGACAACUCCUCACGCUUUGUAAGUAUGCCUUAUUGCUGUGGUACUUUACCAAUCUGCCUUCAUUAGUAAUACCGUAUUUAUAAAAAUGUUCAGCAUUCAACAUGAACAGCUGUACGGCUGAUACUUAGGGCCUUUUCACACCUACCAUUUGUGGUGAAAGAGUUGUUUUUUGAUCUGACAUUUGUAAGAGUGAAUUUGUAGCUAGUUAUCGACACUUUUGCUCACACUUCGCUAUUAUUAGAGAGCAGUGUAGGGAUUUCCUGUCAACGUGAUUGGCAGGUUGUGCCUGAGCUGAGAAAAGUUCAGUAACUGUAGUCACACCCCUAAUGAACUCUUGUGUUCUGCCAGCCAGUAAAUGUCAGAGUUAUGAGCAUGAGCAUGGGGAUAGCUCUUUCGUGGCUAUUUAAUUAACUAAUUCCAGAAUACCGACCUUGUGGAAGUAUAGGAGUUUAGAAGAGGAACUACGUGCCUGCCUGGGGCGACAGCAAGCAUAUUCCUAUGAUGAAAGUUUGUCUGCUGCUGUCAUGGCCAGUACUUUGCCUCAGUAUCUUCGUCUCUUUCUGCCACAUUUCUUCUCUCAACUGAGCUUGCAUACCAACAGCUUGCACCCGUCAGAGAGAAGUGGCAUGAAACAGGCAUCUUCCCAAGCCCACCCACCCUCCUCACAGAAACUGGGAUGCUGCUUGCACACAUGCCACACAACUGAAAAUAUUGAGAAUCCAUUCUGGAUCUUCACAAAAGUUGGGGGAGUGGUGGUUUGCAUUCCAAGAAAUAUGGGGUUGUGAAGCCAUUCUUCUGGGAUACUAGCUGAAUGAUACCAAUGUUGUCUAGCAGUAUACCCCCAGAUCUAAAUCCCCAAUUAGCUAUUUCACUAUAAAAUGGUAAGCGUGGAAAGGCACUUAUUGAAACAUCUACAGAUGUUGCUUCCAGUCCCACCUUUUGCCCUUCUGACUAAGCACUUCGCAGUAGUCUCUGCCAUGUAGCGAAUGGAACAGGACUGAAGCAGCAAUCCCCGUCUUACCAAACAUUCACCCAGCCAACUACACAAUCCAUACAACUGAAGACAUGGCUUUUUGCAGAGUUCCUAACUUGAGAGGCAGGAGUUGAACGGACAAGCUUUGAACACAGGUUGGCUUUGUCUGGAGGCUGCUGCCGUGAUCUUGCUUCUCCCUCUCACAACAGGUGUUUAUUGAACACAUUGUACAUAUUUUGAAUGUCAGCCAGCGGACUUGAAUUCUGUUUGGACAAUCACUUGAUAUUUAUAAAGCACCCGUUACAUCCUCCAUACAGAUAUUUUUGGAGCACUUCACAGCAAAAUAACAGAGCUUGCUAAUUGGAACUAGGAAGGGAUGGACAUAGCAGCAUGCAUAAACCACAGGAAAUGUCAGAAAGCAGAAAGGUGCAUGUAUCCAUGCAAGAAGGUUGUCAAGGGGAUAAUUUGACCAAUUAAUCAAGUACAGCAAUGACGUAUCAAAGAACUGAGUGCUGCAUCCUCCUGUCCAGCAGAUGGAAGGUGGUUACAUCUUCUGAAUGGAUGAGUGGGAUGCAGAUAACAACUGCAGCACAGCACAAUUACUGCUGUACUCUUGUGUAACACUGUGUUAAGUAAAGCACACAAGUCAUGCGGAACAAUGCCCAAAGGAUGCAAAGCAAGCUGGUCACAAGUCAACAGAAGGGUUAUAAUUUGUUGUUAUAAUUAUGGUAUGCGGAAUGCAAAGCUACUGAAACCAUAGUCUGUCUCUGCAGUUUCCCGGUUCCCGUACUUAACAAAGACAGAGGAGAUAUGAGAAUCUUUAGACACCUGGAGGUUGCACAAUCUGUUUCAAGCAGAUUACAUGGGUCCCCCCCGCACUUAAUCUCACUUCAUACAUGUGAGGUGAUAAACCUUGCCUACCUGAAAGGAAUGUUUAAAAUUAUUUGAAUGUAUCCAUUCAUCAUUUAGGCCCCCCCCACCUUAAACCAUGACAACCAAUAUCUAAAGCAUCUCCAAAUAGAUGCCCACCCUUGCUUUUUUGUUCAUAUUUCUAAUUGGUUCUAUAUUCCUUUUCUAUCUGUUGGCUGUUGCAGUUAUGUGUAUUGAUAUAUUCUCUUUUGUACAAAUUAGGGUAAAUUUAUCAGAAUCCAUUUUGGAACUACAGGCAAGCUAUCUUCAGCGGAUAUUGAAAUUUGUAAGCAACAUGCUAAUUUCUAUACUUACUUGAGCUAUAUUACUUGAGCUAUAUAUUCAGAUUCCAUGUUUCAACCUAUUUCUCAAUGUAAUUCUUCAUUACCCAACCAGAUCUGCUAGAGAAAUCCCGAGUUAUUUUCCAACAACCAGGUGAAAGAGACUACCAUAUCUUCUACCAGAUCUUGUCUGGGAAAAAAGCAGAGCUACAAGGUAAGAGAAAGGAAAGACGUGGUGUGUCCAAAUUAAGAAAUGCAACUAUGAUCAGCACUGCUGCAUUAAAGAAUGAAAAACUAAAGACAGGUGACUUGCAGAACCCAAUUAGGUUCAGUGGUGGGUUGUUGUUUUUACACUUUUUGUAACUGCUUGUUGGUGCAAUCCUAUGCACACUUUUAUGGGAGUGAGCCCCACUGCUUUUCAUUUUUUCAUUUGGGGUAUGUUCACAUUGACAGCUCAAUACACGGCAAGGUCGUUCCCCUCCCCUGCUGUGUUUGAAGCCUCAAUUUACAUGGUUUUGUUCACCUAAGAGAGAAUUCUUCACCCAAUACUCAUGAGCUUUUUGGUUUUCCUGUCUCGGCAACAUCACCCCCUACACCCCACCACUGAAGCUGUCACCUGUGCAAUGGCUGUCUCAAAUGUUCAAACCAUUCUGCAGUAUAAAGCAAAUGUGGCUUACUUUUUCUAAUUGGAUUGAAACUGGUUUGAGAAGCUACAGGGCUGAUCUGGAUUGGCAUUAAUGUUGUGUUAAUGCAUACUAACAGUGGGAGCACACUGGGUGUGGAACUAUUAUUUGUUUGUUUGUUAUUUAUUAUACCCCAUCCAUCUCACUUGGUGGCCCCAGCCACUGAGCGGCUUCCAACAGAUAUAAAAACAUAAUAAGACAGGGUUUGUGUGAACAUACCCUUAAAAUGCCUUUGGGCUAUGUGAUGUCCUAGAAUGUUAUUGGUGCUGGUGUUAAACAAAGAAAUUGGCAACACUUCCCAGGGUAUCUGGCUUCCACCCCAUUGGGUGGAUCUCCUUGCUUGAUUCCCUUCCAUAUAUUUUCACUUGUUCUUUUUUAAAAAAACAGAAACCAUUUUAAUUCAAUCUGUGUUUCAUUAAUUGCUAUACUUGGGAUCAAUUUAAUGUGUACAUGGGUUCAAACGAUAAUGUUAUAUAUAGUUUCAUUUCAUUUUAGAAUUGUACACUGCCUUGUAAGGGCAUUGUGUCCUCUCAGGCAGUUUAGAAUUCCUUUCAAUAAACAAAUGCUGGAGACCAUGGGAGGUUACAGUGCUCAGAUGCCCAUGUUCUGCUUGUUUUCUGGGUGGCCACUGUGAGAACAGGAUGCUAGAACUAGGUGGGCAAUUGGCCUGAUCCAGCCAUCUUCUUUUUUAUGUUCUUAUAUAUUAUCCUCUAAUAUAUUAUUCUCUUUGAAUCUGUAGAUAGGGUUUUGCCUAAGACACAUCUUUGCCUCGUGACAUUUAUACAUGCUGAUUGUGAGUUGAUGCAGAUUGCUAGAAAUCCCCAGCUAGGCAGUGCUUCUUCUAAUAUAGCGAAGCAUCCCUUUAUCCAUGCGCUAAAUUGCUGCUUGGCAAAAGCAGUAAUAAUCUCAUUUGAGUUCUUGUUAUCCUGGCAGAGUGGUCCAUCUGCUAAACCCUUAACCCAGUUAGCCUUUGCUGUGGUCUAAUUAAGGAAGAUUAAAGGAACUGUUUCAAAGUAAUUUUGUGCUAACAGGAUUUGAACACAAAUAUUGUACUGUGAAAAUGUACCUUCCAUGGUGAAUUUAUUCCUCUGCUACACACAUUCGCAGAGAUGGUUGCAUGCAUCAGUCACCACCCAAAUUUUUAUUUAACUAUUACAAUCAGUUGCUCAUAAGUAGUCCUAUUGAGAGAGAGAAAUUACUGUCGGUAAUAAUGUCUAUAGUACACACACAUCCUGUUGUCUUAACAAAUCUCCUGAGUCUUCCUUUUGUCUUGCUUUUUGGCUAAUAUUCUUGACUGUCAUUUGAAUUUCCAGUGCUUUUCUACAGGGGAUCAAUGCACUGGAAUCAGCUGAGGCUCUUUAGUUGACUUAGAGUUUGUUGGGCCCUGUGCAAUUUCCCUUGCCUUUUAUCUGUUGCAGAAGAGGAAGGAUCUGAAAGCAUGGCACCGUAUGAUACCAAGUUGACCAAGGUGUGAGACUUGGGGGCUUUUGGCCAAGUGGAAUUAGCUGUAUGAGCACAAGAGUGACUAGGUGGCACUGUGCAGCAAGGUCCAUUAAUUUCAACAGGUCUACUCUGAGUAAAACAGAGUUGAAUAUCACCCUUGAUUAUUUGAGCACAGAAAUAAAGAUCAUUUGCAGUUCCACCUCAAGAUGAAAUCCAGGCACUGCAAGAUGUCAGAAGUGGAUUACUUAUUUAACCUAGCAACAUCUGAAGAGCAACAAGUUCCCUAGCCCAUAUCAAAGUGGUUUGUGGUGGAGGAAACUUUUAUGUACUUUUGUGAACAAAUAGCAGGUUGGCUCAGAAGAAAUAAUUGUCAGACUUCAAGUGGUGGUGUCCAACUUCUUUCUCCUGGUCUUUCCUGUGGAAGUCAUGCAUAUGGCACUUAUAAGUGAUCCAAUUUAGGAGCUAAACUCUACACAUUUCUGCAGGUCUAACUUCUUCCAACGAUAUUCCACUGUCAUUGUGAUGCCACCAUAAACCUUGUCUUAUGACAUUGCAUUUAUGGGUACAUGUUGACUCAUGAGGUAUACUCAGUAACAGACCAGAUCUCAAGAAGAGAGGCUAUUUUAAUUUUUCUUAUUUGCAGAUAUGCUCCUGGUGUCGACAAAUCCCUACGACUUCCACUUCUGCUCACAAGGUGUAGUUACUGUGGACAAUCUGGAUGAUGGGGAAGAGCUGCUGGCAACUGAUGUAAGAUAUGAUUCAUUUUGAUUAAAGAUUGCAAAAUCUUGCUAGCCAUAAUCUGUUGCAGACGUUGCUGUGGUUAGAUAUUUCUUUUGUUCUCACUGAAACUGUGGCAGCAGAUUUGAAGCACUGCACACCCAGCCCAUGGGAAAUGUGCUGUAGCAUAGAGUAGCUGAGCACAACUGUGCUACCAAGUCAGGGCAUCUGGUGCAUUUCAGUAUUUAGGAUGCUCUUAGCAUAGGGUCCCCUUUAGCCAAACCUCUCUUCUUGCUUUAAGUCUUUCAGAGUAGGAAGAGUGGGGAAAUGCAGACAUAGCCUUAGGGCUAUGGUUUCCAUUACACUUUGUAGGUUUCCAUUAGGUCUUGAGUACAUAGGAAAAUAAUUCUUAUCUCUAUAUGUACAGAUAUUAUAAAAAGCAACACUAAAUCUGUGUAUCAGCAUUAAUAAUUCUUUCAAACUUGGCAGAGACAGUAGGUGGGAUCCAAAAUUUUUGUUCCACAAGGGAUUUCCAUUGAACAUUUGAUACAACGUGAUGGUCAUAUCAUAGAAUCAUAGAGAGCAGCACUAAGAAAAACACACCAGGUAUAAGAAGUCCAUUUUGAUGUAGGACAGUGGUGGGUAAUCUCCAGGUCACAGGCCGAAUGUGGCCCUUGGGACUCUUCGCAGACUAUGCCUCUGAGUAGGCCAUACUCUGCAGCCUCCUCAAGUGUCUGGGCUGUGAUAAUGCCUCUUGCUUGCCCUCAUAGAGGAAGGAGAGACAUGUGGCUGGAAUGUAGCCUAUUGUACAAAGUUAAGAAUCAAAUCUCUGAUCCCACUCACUUUGCUAUCUCUUAUCUUGCCCACAACUGGCAUGGAGGCCCCAGAAGGUGGGCCUUCAGCAUGGGCUGAAGGUUCCCCCUCUUGAUGUAGAUAUCUAUGUAGAGAUCAACUAUUUUGCUCAUUGCAAUCUCUGUAGUCAACCUCAAGUAACCUUUUGAGAGUUCCCAUCAAAUGUGAAUGGUGCUUCUCUGAGGUACUCUUGGUGACUGUUCCCGAGCUGUAAAAUUUCAUUCCUCUGGGAUUCACAAGAUAUUGACAUCAUUAUGUGCACAUAGCCCAUAAUGGAUUUUUAAUGCUAUCCUAUAAUGCGUUUUUAAUGCUAUUCCCUACACUUUUGAUGUUCUCAAGUACUUUGUAAUGCAUUCACAUUGCACAUAAUGCAUAUUUUUGGUAUGGAGAACAUAGCAAUCCAGAAUAUUCCCAAUAAGUUUCCCCUAAUAUUGGUAUUAAACCAUCCAUCCUUUUAUAGUGUAUUUAGGGAUUGGAAAGGGGAGGUAUCUUACUGGCUAAGGUACUUCUGUAUUAACACCCCUCAUCUGAACAAUGGGAACAACAAUUUGAGAGAAAGAUAAGCCAAUGCAAAAGUCACUUGCUUAGUAUCUAUCAGAUAAAUUAUGUUGUUUCCAACAGACCAAGUGAGCAGCAAGCAACCAGAGGACUCAGGCAUUUUGAGAAUGUAGUUUUGGAUACGGUAAAUGAUCAGAGGGUCCUGGUUUCUGCAUAUGUUAAAGGGAAUACAUUAGAAUAGCCCACAUGUGGUAUUAUACCUCAGUGAAACUGACACACAUGCAGGGCACAAUGUUUCCAGACCAUUGGCAGGAUUGUGGACAAGACUGAGAGUGGCAACAGAUAGUGAGAUUUUGGGUACUCAAUGAGAGUAAUAUAAUAACUACGCAGAUUUUUUUUGGAGGGGGAGAGAGAGAACGUAGUAUUUAAGGGCUUGAUUAGAUUCAUUUUAGCUGCUGAAAGAUUUGUGAUAAUGGAACUGUGGAAAGAGCAAUAGGACUUUCACGGUACAUCUCGGUUACAGUAAAUCUUGGGAAAUUACCGUUGCAGAAAAGUUUAUAUAUCAAAUCCAUUUCAUCAAGUAACAAACAAAACAAAGCACUUUUUUUUUUUAACAGAAAGGAGUAGCUUUUUUUAAUGCUAAUAAGAUUGACAGUACAUGGCAAUAUAUAGUGAUUUAGGAAAAAACAAUCAAUGAUUUAAGUUUGUGGGGAAUUCUCAUCGGUGGAAUACAGAAGAAGACGCAUUGUUAUAUUUGUCAUUCAGGGUGAAUUAAAGCAUUACAAACAAUAUUCUUUAUCCCCCCAUAUUUUAAUUGAUUUUCCAAUAAUAUAUAUUAAAUGGACACAAUUAAAUCCACACAGUGAGAAAGGUUCCACCCUCCUCUUGCCAGAAGUGAGUGUUCUUGUUCAUAUUAUAUUGUAUGCUCUUCAAUCAUAUUUACUUACUGUCUAUUUUUGUCAAUCCUUCAAGCAGGGAUCUUCUAUAUCAUAUGAUCACCAUCAUCUCCAUCAAUCAAAGGAGACAACUCAUACACAAACAUAGUUCUAACAAGGAGGAAGCAGCCAGGAAGUCCAGUUCUGUGCUGAUGGCAGCCAACAUAGUGUUCUCCAUUCCACAUGUGUAAAAAAAUGGCCACUAAUUGGCAGAGAAAGUAUCUGGUUUCUUUUCUCCCCUCUAUACUGCUACAUCAUGGGUUAUUUUCUCCUGAAGGAGCUAUUCAUACAUUGCUAAACCAUAAAUCUAGCCCUAUAGACCUUGUAAAUUUCACUAAGUUUGGACUAUAAAGAUUCUCACUACUAACGUUCUGAACAGACCUGUUGUAUUAAUAUAUUUAUUCGUCUCCUCAAAAAGAGAAAGCAGAGACAAGUGAAACAACAAUGUUUAUGAUGCCUUAAGUCUCCCUGAUUGAUGAAUAUGAUAGCAGUGAUUGUCUUCUUCUGUAUUAGUCCCAUAGCAAAAAAGAAUAUUGUUCCAGGUCUGGGGCAACAGAGUUUGGGGGUGCAAGGGCACCCAUAAAUGCUAGAGUUAGUGAAUGCUAGAAAUUAAUAAAUGGUAGAAUUUAGAUAAUGUUUGGAGUAUUGAAGGAAAGGUGCCAGGCCAAGGCCUCACUUAAGAUAGAAGUUAUUAAGAAUGGCAAAAGGUGCUGGAAGUGAGUCAUUAACCCAUCAAUAAAAACCAUCAACAGGGCAAGAGAUUUUCUGACAAGGACCUAGUGGGAAGCUCCCAUGGUUACCAUGGGUGUAUGAUUUCAGCUUCCAUGACAUAGGAAAACAGGGAAGGUGGGGCUGUGCCCACGAAAAAAAUAGCUGUUUAAAAUGAGACGGGGUUUUUUUCCUAGCAAGGGUCUUUGAGCAGGAGAAGGGUGGAGCCAGAACUCCAGGCAGAAGCCAUGCAGGGCAGAACCAUCUUGGCAGGCUGGGACAGAGACUCCAAUGCUGUGCUGCUGUGGGAAGCAAGUCCCUCUUGUGAUGUAAUGCUCUGAACUCUCUCCAAAGUAGACCCAGGUGUAAAUAUGGGUACAAUAAACCAUAUUUCUUCAAGACUGUGCCUUGAUUUCCCAAUGGAAACAAAACCCUGGCUGAGCUCCUGGAACCCCUGGAACCUCAAGCAGCCGCUCGGCGGAGAUUGGGUUGGCGUGUAGCGCUAUUAUGUUCAGCUGUCAUGCCAUUGCAGUUGUUGGGCUAUUUUUUUGGUUGGUGGUUUUAUUUGCUUACCUUAAAAAUGAAAAAUCUCUCUCUUUCUCUCUCUCUUCAGUAGAUUAUUAGUGGUAGGAACUAUUCUCUGUUUUUGAGGAAUAGGGCAGAUUCAAAAUAAAUAGCAGAGGCUUCUUGUUCCUCUAGUUUAUUUUUUGAAAGAUCAAUACCAGAACAAGCACAAAUAUCAGCCGUGCCGCGAAAGAGCUCUAGAAAAUAAAGCUGCAUGUUGUUUCACAGGCAAGUGACAAAACGUCCUGUUCUUUUUACUUUCCACAGCAAGCCAUGGAUAUUUUGGGCUUUGUGGCGGAGGAAAAGUAUGGUGCCUACAAGCUCACUGGUGCCAUUAUGCACUUUGGAAACAUGAAAUUUAAACAGAGACCCAGGGAGGAGCAGGCAGAAGCUGAUGGCACUGAAAGUAAGCUCUUCCGUAUCUGCCUAUUCACAAUGUUCCAUGCCCUGUGUUGAGCUGUGAGGCUGCAAGGCAAGGUCUGUUUUAAGUGACUGCAGGGAUGUUCACAAGUUACAUUCAAUGAGUGCACAAUCUGUGUACACAAAUAGUUGAGCUGUGCACAUGUACAGUUAUUCACAAGUCAUGUUCAGCAAGUGUACAGACUGUCCACACAAUAGUUAAGCUAUACAUCAAGGGUACAAUCUUUCACACAAACACUUGUACAUUUGUAGGGCCAGCUUAUACCUGUGCUCAUUGAAACAUGUGAAUAAGACGUGGGACUCAAAAAUAGGCAGAUGAGUGACCAUGGGACUGGCGGACCUUAGCCCCACCCACGGGCCCGCGAAGGGGUGGAGUCCCCUUCCGUGGCGAAGCACAGCCAUGCCGGCCCCUGACAUUUGCAAAUACACCCAGUACUUAAAUCUCGGACAUUGAUAUAAUUGGUAGAAGGAAAUUGACUAAUUUUUUGAAAACGGGAAUAACAGUCAUAGAUGAUCAAGCAGCAUAAACGUGUUUACUAUCAUUAAUUGUUGAACCAGCAGAUGACUGUUAACGCAGAGAAACCGUCUUGCCCUGGGUGUCAGGACUGACGUUCUUCAGAUAAAAACAUAGGUUCCUGUUCUUUCGCAUUUAAACAAUAUUACAAUAUCUGAAACUUGUUGCAGAUCUGCCUUAAAAAAGAACAAAGUUCCCCUAGGGAAACAGUUUAAUUCUGAAUGGACACAGCUGUACAGAUUAACGGAAUAGCCUUUGACCUGCAGAAAUGUAUCAGAAGUCGCACAGGCCUACUGGAGCAGCUAUGACUUGAGACUGAUGAUCAGAAAUUGAGAUAACCCACAUCAAACAGGACAGACAGAUGGAUGCUGAACAGAUGGAGGCCCAGCGAACAUGAGUCUGAUUGACAAUGAAUAAAGCCAGAUUGGAGUUGGUUGGUUUGGAUGGGGGGUGGAGCCCCAUGCAAUUUUGACUUUCAUCUGGCAAUGCGGAUGUUUGGGUAUUGAGGACUGAACAUUUUUACAUGGUUUAGACUAGAAGGGCUGUUGUAGGGUCAAAUUGUUGGUUGAAAGCAGAGAGUACAAAUAAGACGGAAGGAGAAGGACAGGGCUCGGACUAGAUAAGGUUAAUCGGAUUUGAGAAGGACUGAAAACCGACCAGAGAAGCGUUGGGAUUAGUUUUAAAAAUUGAAAAUUAUUUGGCUUUUAAAAAUAAUAUAUGUUAUAGCUGUUUUAUUUUAAUAGUAAUAGAAAUGAUUAUAAAGACAGAAUAUUAUGAAAAAUGGAAAGGAUUUGCUGCGACAAUUAAUAACUAGGAUACAAAAAAAGGGAGGGGUGAGGAGGUCAAAGAAAGAAGGUAAUGACAAUUAAGGAUUUGAGAAUAUUGGAUUUGUUUUUAAAUGUUUGUGGCACAUUUUUGUCUUUUGAUCGUCAUGUGUUAUUUUUUUAUUCUGAUUUUUAUUAAUUUGUAUUGCUUGAUUGUGGCUUGUUUUUCCUUUGUUUUUCCUUUUUCUUUUUUGUUUCUUUUUUGUAACUCUAAAAAUUCUUAAUAAAUAUCAUUUAAAAAAAAAAGAAACAUGUGAAUAACCCUUGUUAUUGCUGUAUGAUCUGUAUUCAGAUCAUACAUAAUCUUCAAGUUUUAUUCCUCUCACUUCUGCGAUUGUCAUUUCCAUGUGAUUGGAACAUACAUAUCAUGACACUUCUGUGUAUUCCAUGAUGUUGAUAUUACUCUCCUGGGGGGAAAUAAAUGUCAAAACACAGCAAGAGCAGCAGCUAGACUUUCAGACUCAGGUACUUGGGGUUAGAGAAACACAGUUAAUUCAGGAAGAAUCUAUGAUGUAGAGGUCUGCAGUCUUUUAAAUAUAUUAAAUUCUAGUACAGGGUAGGUGUUAGCUAGGAUUUAUAUAGCCAAUUUGAUUUUCAUGCUCCAUUGUUGCUGUUUAAAAAAUGCUAGAGUCUAUCCCAGUAAAUGAGUGAUCUGUAAAUCUAAACCAGUCCUAUCCUGUUUCAAUGAACUUGUUGAAAUAUUGUAACUCUCUAUCAGGUGCUGACAAAGCUGCUUACCUGAUGGGAGUUAAUUCCUCUGAUAUGCUUAAGGGUUUGGUGCAUCCUAGAGUGAAAGUUGGAAAUGAGUAUGUCACCAAAGGCCAAAGUGUGGAACAGGUAAGGAGGUGUUUAAACUACAUGAGCCAGCAUGAUACCAAACCCAUAUUAUGGGAUGGAGAACCAUCAUUCUUUUGAGGACUGCAGUUCCCUUGGGAGCAGUCUGUCUGGGACUGCAUGCCACUGGGGGCGGGGGCUGAAGCCAGCAGUGGAGCUAAAAGUGGGUGGGGGACUCUUUUGAGCUUCAAUUUAUUAUUUGUAUUGUCUGACCCUUUCCAACAAAUACUGUACAUUGAGCUCAGAUUGGCUCACAAUAAUAACAAAGUGUUAGAAGUUAGCAAACAACAUUUCCAGUCUAUGAAAAAACAAAACAGCAUAUAAGUGAAGCAAAAACAAACUCAAAGAACAAUUAAUGCAAGAACUAUUUGGAUACAAGCCAUUGUCUUUCUUCAGUACACAUUUCCUUACCACAUUUCCUCAGAAAUAAGUGCUACUGAUUUUGAUACAAGUUAGUUGGGCUUAAUGUAGAAAAUUUUAAAACCUCCCACAACAAUAUCAUGAAACAAGGAAGUACGUAGCUGGAUUUUCAUAAAACAAAACUGUAAAUCCAGCUUCAAAGAUUCCAAAGCUAUAUUGAAAUCCAUCUUGCAUGCAGCUGUGUGAGCAUAUUUAUGCCGAGUUGAAACUGCAAAACCUAUGGCUUUGGGCAAUUAUUAAAGCACACAUUACCACACUGAAGUCCUUGCCAUUGGACAAAGCAGUAAACUAUGCAAAUGCAAAAGGAACUAGAUAAAUUGCCGUUGAGCCAAUAAAUAUGUUGCUUGGUGAUGAAAAAAUAUAAUUCCUCUUGCAGAUUUCAUAUGUAGCUAUAUUUAUUCCUGUUUUAUAAGUCAGGGACUAAGGGUGAGAAAUGAUUUGCUUUAUCAAGGUUGCAUAGUUGGAUCAAGUAUCCCAGGUCCAACACCCUCUAUAUUGAGCUACACUGAUCUAUGUUUUAGGUCAAUAAUUGUAUGCUAGGUUUCAACCCAGAAUGUCAAUAGAUCUGAACCUGGCAUGUAGGAUGCUCAGAGGGAGUAUCUUCCACAGAUUUGAUCACAAGGAUUAUUAUGGUAUUGUGUGAUUGUUCUACCUCUCUUCUGCAGGUUUCCUAUUCUGUUGGGGCCUUAUCCAAAGCAGUGUAUGAUAGGAUGUUCAAGUGGCUCGUUACUCGCAUCAAUAAGACCUUGGACACCAAGUUGCCAAGACAGUUCUUCAUCGGGGUGUUGGACAUUGCUGGCUUUGAAAUCUUUGAUGUGAGUAAUUGCCUCCCAAAAUUUUCAUGAUAGCAACAAAUUGAUUUAAAGUAAUUAUGUUUAGGGAAGCUUUUAAUGUUUGAUGGAUCACUGUAUUUUAAUAUUUUGUUGGAAGCCGCCCAGAGUGGCUGGGGAAGCCCAGCCAGAUGGGCGGGGUAUAUAUAAUAAAUUAUUAUUAUAAAUUAUUAUUAUGUCUCUUAGCUAGAAGAUAACAUUUGCUGAACGAAUCAGUUAUCAGUGUUGUAUUAGCAGGAAUGUCACCUCAGAUGUUGCUUGACUCCCAUCAUUCCUGACCACUGGCCAUGUUGGGUGGGGCUGAUGGGGGUUAGAGUCCAACAUCUGGAGGGUCACAGAUUACACACCCAUGUUGUACAGCUUGCUGAGUUUAUCAGGAGCAAUGAGAACUAGUCAGUAAUGUAUAGGUGUAGUUUAUUUAUCAUUGAUAAGAGCAUGAGGAACAUACUCCCAAACCCAUCUUGGAAAGCAAGGAACUGUAACUAGUAUUACAAUUUUGAUCUUUUGGUGAUGGUAAGAAAUAAGCAGUAGUCAAGUUCUCAUAUGAAACUUGCAAACUUAUACUUGCAACAGGCUUACCAGUGUUCAGCUGACCUACUUUAUUUGAUCCACCCAAGGGCAGUAGAAAUGCACAUACACACACAAAGGCAGAGAAGAUGCACAUAAAUGUUUAACCAUAAAAAUUAGAAGGGUCAAUAAAUUGUAGAUAGUAUUUAUAUAACUUAGCACCAUCCACUGCAAGGAAAAUGCCAUAGUUUGCACAAAUUUACUUCUCAUGUUCUUAGCAAACAGCCCCGACAUUUGCAGGACUUCAAUUCUUCUGUUGCUGGAAAGUGGAAAAUAUUUGCCUUUUGACAGAUACCUUUCAUAAUGAGUCUACUUCAGCCUCAAUCCAGGAAAUGUUGGUUAGGCUUUGACUUCAGUUCUGCUCAAAGUUUCAUCUAACAGCAGUUCCAAUGGGACUUAGGCACAAGGGGAACUUCUCUGAAUCAGGGCUUCAAAAAAAAUGCCUGGCAUAUUAUGCCUGGCACACUUUGGGAAUUCAGUGGCGCUCUUCUAUCCAUAUCUGAAAAUUAAGCAGUUGUGUUCUGCACAUUAGCACUGAAGUUAGUCUUAAAGGAAUUCAGAUCAUAUACUAACAGACUUUACAUAUAUUUGCCUUCGUUCUUGUUCCUCUGUAAAUUUAAUUUUAUGUCUUUCCUCCCCCUCAUAGUUUAACAGCUUUGAGCAGCUUUGCAUCAAUUAUACAAAUGAAAAACUGCAACAGUUUUUCAAUCACCACAUGUUUGUCUUGGAGCAAGAAGAGUACAAAAAGGAAGGCAUCGAUUGGGUGUUCAUUGACUUUGGAUUGGAUUUGCAAGCCUGCAUUGAUCUCAUUGAAAAGGUAUGGAAAACAACAUUGGGGUUUCUGUUUGAUAGCAGGAAAGGCUUACCAUAAAGACAAUGAGAUUAGGGUAGAUUUAGGGGAGCGCGACUGGUUUGGUCACACUGGGAGUGGAGACUUGGGGAUGCCACAGGCGUCACCACAACUAUGAUGUAGAACAGAAGGCAAGAUGUGAGGGGGGCGAAUUUUGGCAUUGCACAGGGCACCGCUGAAAUUUGACACCCCAAGGUCUACCAGUGAUGUGAUGUAGUGACUAGCGUGUCUGACUAGGUCCUGAACUAGGUUAUGUCUUUGUGCAGCUGUAAAAUUUACUGCUUGACCCACGGGCCAGUCGUUGCCUCUGGGCAUAACCUACCUGACAAGCUAGUUUUGACCAUAAAAUUGAGGAAGAUAACCAUCUAUUCCAGCUUGAGUUCUCUGAAGGAAAGAAGGAAUACAAACAUACUUUUGAAGAUUGAUUUCUUCUACUAGCACCAUGACAAGCCUAAACAACAGCAAUAUACCUGGUACCUUUUGAUUCUUGAUGUUUCCACUGGAGAUACAGAUAUACCUAUAUUUAUUCAUUUUUCCGUAGUUGCCCAUGCUCAGAGAUGUAGCAGUCACAUUCAAAACAAAUAAAUCUUCUUGACCAGUUUUUUCCAUUAGUUAGGAGAGACCAUUAAACAACUUUUGCCCCACCAAGGCAAAUGUUGCCUAAUAAUGCAAGAACUGCAGAAAAAGACUGGGAUGGGUGUCAGUAACUUGGCAAGCCACGAGACACAGCUGGUGGUAUGUGUUCAUUAUGCUGUGUAGUAAGUUAUAUAGACCUCAGCUAUUAUAACGCUGGGUUGUUUUCUGACUGAUUUAUUGAGAAAAGUAAGUCAAUCCAAGCCUUUUUGAAAACCAAAGCAUCAAUAUUGUGUCAGCAAUCUGUAUAAAAUAUAAUAUUUUCACACUGUGUCGUCAAGUCUGAUAGCAGUCUGAAAGAGUAAUAUGUUAACAGCUAUUGGGAGCGGGGAGAUUCUGCAGAUGCAGUAUUCAUUCAUGCUAACCUAAAUGACAUCCUUGGAAAAAAAACCCCUAACAUUUAUCUCCCUAUUGCCGUGCGUAGCCCUUGGGGAUCUUGUCUAUCCUAGAAGAAGAAUGCAUGUUCCCGAAGGCUACAGAUAUGACCUUCAAAGCCAAGCUGUACGACAAUCAUCUGGGCAAGUCACCCAAUCUGCAGAAACCCAGGCCUGACAAAAAGCGGAAAUAUGAAGCUCAUUUUGAACUCCUGCACUAUGCUGGAGCGGUAAGUUUUUGGCAUUUGCAGAUGGGGACAAUGGCAUUAACCUCAAAGCAUGAAGCCCUGUUGGAAUGAAUGUGUCAGAUGCUGCUGGUGGUUGCUCGCGAGUAACCAGGCAGGACUCCGACCUGUCUUUUACAGGUUUUAUUGUGCAAACUAUUUACAGUGCAGAUCUACAAAGUUCAUGCCCAUCUUAGUCACUUGCAGAAUCCGGGAGUGGCCCCUUCCGGCUUCUCCCCCAACAUAAGAACUUCGGCACCCCAAGCCUCCUCCCUCCCUUGCGUUUCACCCCUCUGCGCAAGCUGGGCUACGGAAGAGGCGUGCGUCCCUCCUGGCCAGCUUGGUGAGGUGAGGCGCUGGGUGCUCCUCAGGAGUUUCAGAGGCUCUCUGUAUCCCAACGGCCCCCCUGCCUCCCUCCCCUGUUCCGAUGGCAGUCCCCUGACAGAAUGGAGUCAUGGGCCAAAGUGGUUGCAAUGGCACGAGAGGAAUGCCACGCUUUGAGUUUUGAAAAGUUAACUUGAGGCUGAAGUCAGUUGAGCUUCUGAGUGUGCUGGAAGCAGUUUGAAAUUAUCUGCUCUUGAAACAUAUGCCUUAGAAUUCAACCACAGAGUCCCUGUCUUCAUCUCUAGGCAUUAUUAUUAUUAUUGUCUCUACAAAGAAAGACUGAAACUCAGUGGUAGAGCACAUGCUCUGUAUGCAAAAGGUUUAAUUCAUGUCGUCCCCAGGUGGGGCUAGGAAAGACCCCAAUCUGCAACCCUAGAAUCAGGAGUGAUGGGAGUUGCAAUCCAAGAACAUCUGUCACCAUCUUAGCUAGCCGUGGUGUGGACAAAUGGAUUAGUAGUCUGACUCAGUAGAAGGCAGUUUCCCAUGUUCCUAAGGGAUAGGAGGAACCGAAAGACUGGGGGGGAUGCAUAGAAGAAAGAUGUGGUGAUUAUUUAGGAAAAUGGAGAUCUGAUAUUAAGAUGAAUAUAUUACUGGGAAGACUCCUGAAGUGACCCAUAAAAUCCCCCUUAAUUACCUCCCUUCUUUCAGAUGUCAUUUGGAAACUAUAUUGUGCAGACAGACCUUUGCAAUAUGAAUGUUCUCUUUUCAAACCAACCAGUAUUUACUGUUUUUUUUAAUUAUGUUUUUAUGUCUGCUUUUUGUUGAUUUUAUUCUUAAAUGUUGCAUUUCCCUUCCAUUUUUUUAAUGAAAGUGCAGUUUAUAAAUACAUAAAUAGAUAAACCAGAAUUUUAAAUGGUUGUAAGGUAAAAGCAAAAGGCAUUAGACUUGAUUAUUUAAUCUGUUUUAUUGUUUUGCUUCCAUUUUGUCUGUCUAUCAUCUCUCUCCCUCUCUCUCUCUCUCUCUCUCUCUCUCACACACACACACACACACACACACACUAGGUGCCCUAUAACAUUAUGGGUUGGCUUGAGAAAAACAAAGACCCACUCAAUGAAACUGUAGUGAGCACUUUUCAAAAAUCUUCCAACAAACUUCUGGCAAGCCUAUUUGAAAAUUAUGUCAGUGCUGACAGCGGUAAGUCGAAUGACCAUUUCCCUUUAAUUCCUAGAUCAAAGCUUAGCAGAAAUGUUGAGUAAAUAUACCAUCUCAUGAGAUCUGAAGGUCUUGCUGCCUUAAAUGUACUUUUUUCCAUUACAUCUCUGUGGGAUGACUAUUUCUACUGAUUCAAACAGUUGGUGCAUCACUCAGCUUUCUUUCUGGCUCAGAUGUUGGUACAUCACUCAGCUGCAGCCAUAGGCACUAUGAGUUACAUUUUGACGGUGCACCCAUAAAAUGCUUUAUAGGUACAUCUUUAAAUGCUAGACAGUUAGGAAUGUCUUUAACACUCCUGAUGAAUACACCAUUGGUGGGAAUGAUACUGUGUAAUGAGUGAAAUAACCUCUGCAAAGAACAGAUUGGAGUACUGUGGGAGGUCAGAACCAUGAAAAUACUGGAAGUAGCAAAUGUAUAUUACAGACAUGCCCCCACUUAUGUGAGAUUGACACAUGUGUGACCGCAUAUAUGCAUGGCGCUGGGAAAUAAAUAAAUAGAUAUAUUCAAUCCAGGAAAUGGCGGGAGAGUUAGAGAGUCCUUGUGGCUCAUGAGGACACCCUCCCCAGAGCCCAAAGAGGUCUUCAGAGAGGGUGGAGGAAGCCCCACAGAGACUGCAGGCACAGUGGGGCUUUGUUUAGGCUGCUGAGUCUCCCCACCUAGCAGAUGAUGCGUGCGGUAGCCACCUCUUUUUCGCAUCCUCCAGCCUCUAGGCAUCCCCAGAGCUUCAACUCUAGUUGAAGAGAGUUGUGCUGAGAGGCAGAGAGAGCUGGAGGGCAGAAAAAAAUGGGCUUUUUUGACAGCUCCCUACUUACAUUAUUUUCACUUAUGUGUGCGGGCCCUGGAACAUAAUGUAAAUGGGGAGACACUUGUACUACGCACAAAUAGUAUGCAUUUUCCAAUACAUUGGAAUUAUAUAUCCUAGUUGGGGUCAUGUCAUUUUUCAGUCACGGCCUACUUGGGCAUGAAUGCUCCUGUGCUCAUCAACAUGGACACAAGGAUGUACCAAUUAACCUCUUCCGCUAGUCCUGAAGUGUGAAAAGCAUGACCAUUUGUAACAACAGACUCUUUCUGCCCACAGCUGUGCACAUGAAGGCUUCUAGGCUUCUGCACCAUUGGGAGUCCAUGUUUCGAGGAAACCUUCAUACGUAGUGCUGUACGUGUGAAGGCUCCACUGCCACAGGUGGUUGUGCUCUUUGCGCAAAGGCUAGAGGAUGAGGCUGCUUGAAAGGUCACCACUCCCACAAAGAUGAAGAUAAGAGCCUGAAUGCCUGCACACGGCUUCUGUAGGGGUUUGAGUGGGCACAUAGUGAACUGGUUGUGUGAAUCAGCAGCCUUGAGCGCAAGUUACUGCCUUGAGCACAAGUAAUGUGUGAGCUCAUUGCACCUCAGCCCAGCAGUUGAUGCUUAUAAUGGAUGCUAUGGAAGAAUAGUUAUAUGGAUUGGAAAGAAGGGGCAGUAUCCAGCUAAACCCUCCAGAACAUCUUUAAGGGGCACAUGGGCAGAAGAGAGGGAGAGGAAGCUUUGUUGUGUAACAAGGUGGUUGCACUAGGGGAAUUGUUUACUUGGCUGUCACCCAAAGUUUAAAAAGGAAUAGUAUGAAUUGUUUCUUUGUAGAUAUCGGCUAUGUUGUGUCACUUAUUGGAAUAUAAAGCAUUUUUUAAAAUUGCGACACCCCACCUAUCUUUUAUAGUAUAAAGUAAAGUAAAUGCAGCUUCAGGAAAUAAAAAAUAUUGUGCACCUGAUAAUUAAAGAAAAUGGUGGUUCUCAAUAUCAAAUCUCUUAGUUUUGAGGGUUCUGCUCCACUGAGCAGAAAUAAUUCUUAAAUAACCGCAUUUGCAACUGUCCUCUUUGGGCACCGCAGCAAUUUGCAGGUUUCCAUAAAAUGAUGUUAAAUAAGUAGGAGUGUGACUCAUUACAGAGAUUUAGCUGUUAUAUCCUACAGCCACAAUCAAUUUACAGAAUAUUUAUUAAGAACCUCAUGUGAGUAGAUGUAGUUGUCAUGAAUCAUAAGAGGGUGUCUGGAAGACGCAGCCAGAAUGCAGGCUCCAUAACGCAAAUUGGAGAAGGAGCUGAGCCAAAAUAACACAACCUGCCACUUGCACAUCAUUGCAGGUAACUAGGAAUCGUCAUCUUGCCUGUCGGGAUUUUUUGUUUUUUUAAAUCUGCCACGGAAUGUUAUUCCUGGGACUUGUUAUGCGGUUUUCACACUAUGUCUGCCAAAGGGCAUGGCCGUCUUAGUAGUAACAUGAAACACAUGGCACAACUCAGGUCUUUUUUACACGGACGCUUGCUAUCAGGAGAAGCUUCCUAAUGCCGAGAGCUGUUCUGUAUCAGAACCAACACAUCUGGAGCUGGUGAGGUCUCCUUCCCUGCUGGCUUCAGCAGAGGCUGGACGGCCAUCUGCCAGGGAUUCUCUAGUCGCAUCCUGCAUUGUUGGCCCUACAUGGAUCAGGGGACUGGACUAAAUGACCCUCAAGAUCUCAUCCAGUUCUGAAAUGUUAUGCUGUAGAAAAUAGCAGGUGCACUCUCAGAUUCUUUGCAGGUCUUCAGAACUGACUCCAGUUAGUCCCAUGUGCAGUAUACCUUCAAAGCGGUGUCAUACCACUUUAAACAAUCAUGGUUUCCCCCCCAAAGACUCCUGGGAACUGUAGUUUGUUAAGGGUGCUGAGAGUUGUUAGGAGACCCUUAUUCCCUCACACAGAACUGCAGUUCCCCAAGUGGUGUGACUGUCGAUCCCUCUUCCUCUGGAACUCAGGGAACUCUAGGAAUUGUAGCUCUGUGAGGGUGCAUAUGAGGCAACAUCACACUAACCCGACAAGAGUGUUUGGAGCAUGAUCAGGGUAUGCUUAGAGGAUGAUCAGAGGACACUUUACACCACAACACCAUAAUGUUCUUGAUGUUAUCUGUAACCCACACAUGGUGUUAAGCAGCAGAAUAUAUGGCUGAUUUAUUAAAACUGCCUUUCCUUUCUAAAAUGUUCCUUUGGACACUUUUCCUAUGACAUAAUAUUUAACUUAUAACCAAAGCAAAUGCCUCAUGGAAAGUCCCCUCCAUGAAGUUCCCCUUAUUAAUCAGUUUAGAUGCCUAUAUUGUCCUUGGCCUACAAAGCUUGGGGGCCUUAUGCAAGCAUAUUAGGGAAAGUCAUACAUUGCAGACAAAGCCAGAAAGUCUCUGGGUGGAAUUCAACAUUCCCUGCACGAGGCCUCCUCUGAUAGGGUUUGGUAAGUGAAUCCCUUCCAAUGUAUGUAUCCCAUUCUUAUGAAGAAUACCCAGAAACCUACCGAGUGGCACAGGAACUAGUAUUACUGGACAGUUGUUAAAGCCUCAACACUAUGGAAGGACUCACAGUUGCCUGGAGCCCCUAUUGCUGCUUCUUGCUGCCAUUGUCUCUUGCUCACCUGAGGGCCCAAUUCUCACGGCUGCCUAGAGAAAGGCUUAUAGCUCAGUGGGAGAGCAUCUGCUUUGCAUUCUUAAGGGUUUCAGUUUAAAUUCCUGGAAUUUCCAGAUAGGGCUGAGACUAUCCUAGUCUGAACCCUUAGAGCAGAGCUUUCCAAACUUUUCAUGUUGGUGACACACUUUUUAGACGUGCAUCAUUUCUCGACAGUAAUUCAGUUUUACUAGCAAACCAGAGGUAAACUAACACCUUUCCAGCCCUGAGAGGAGCGUGGGGAGCAUUCACGCGACACACCUACACACUGCAGGCGACACACUAACAUGUCAUGACACACUGUUUGGAAAGCUCUGCCUUAGAGAGCAACAGGUAGCAGUGCUGGAUUUAGGAUGGUGUGGGAGGUUCCUCCAUACAAGGAAGAACACAAGGAACCAAGCCAAGGGGCCACAAGAAAGCUGCAUUGUAGCUUGUAGCAGCUGAAAACAUCACUGGACCCACACUGCUGCAUAUGGCUUUGCGGAAAGCCAUUGAUAAGCAUGCAAACUAUUAAACAUUUAUGCUUCAUGUCAGUGGUGUAAUCAGUAUUUAACUUAGUUGCUCUGUCUUUUUUUUUUUUAAGCACAAGCUGAUAAAGGUGGAGAGAAGAAACGCAAGAAAGGUGCUUCCUUCCAAACAGUGUCAUCCAUGCAUAAAGUAAUUUUUCAUUUCUUUUUUAAAUGUAACCUGUCUGUUGUCUUUGUCAUUUUACACCAACGAGCUGGAAUAUUCCUAACAGAGAACCUAAAAUAUUAGAAACAGGCCUCCAUACAAGACCUGAUUGUCUAGCUUCCUAAGUCAUUAGCUGUACAUUUUAUUGAUUUCCUCUUCUCAUUCAGCACUUGAAACCAGAUGGGUAAACUAUACUCAGCUGUCAUAGCUCAUCAAGGAUGGGGUUCAAUACAACCACCAACGCAUCCAGGAGGACUUCAAAAAAUUACAGGGUUUUAUUACAUAAACUUUAAGGGAAUAGAGUGAACUUGUUAACCUUUAAGGGACCAUAAAAGACAAACGGUGGCAACUCUUGCACUGGCAGCAACUGUCAAAUAUGGCUAGCCCUCUAGAAGUUGUGUCCAAAACUUAGCAGGUGGUUGGCAUGGUUGGAUUUGACAACAUCAAUUGCUUAUUUUGGGAUCAGGAUCAGAAGCUACAGUUUGAUACUGGCACAGUUUAAUAAAGCAUAGUUUAAACUAACCACAAUUUGGUCCUCUUGAGAUGUAACUGAGAACUGUGCUUAAUUUAAACCAAGACCUGGGUGCUUCCUGCCUCCUUCUCAUGACUACAUCAGAUGGGAGGUGAGGAGAAGGAAGUGCACGAGCAAGUUCAUUGACGCAGCUUAAACUAUGGUUUAGUGUGACAUCCAAACCAGAGCAGUGAUUGUGAAGCAAGUGUACUAAGAAGUAACCAGGCACCGGGAAGUUGUGGGCAACAAAGGAACUACAGUAGUCCCAGUGUAUGUACCUGCCUACUGAAUCACUUCUUUAUCCCAUGGAGAUGGGUGGCUUGCUCAUCAGAUGCUUGUUGUUCUGAAAUGUUCCAUGAUUUUGCUUGUUUUAAUCUCCCUUUCCUUUCCAAAGGAAAAUUUAAACAAACUGAUGACUAAUCUGAAGUCCACAGCUCCCCAUUUUGUGCGCUGCAUUAUUCCCAAUGAAACAAAAACUCCAGGUAAAGCAAAUCCAGCAUAAUUUUAUUGGAUUUCUUAGGUCUCACAAUACAAAUCAUCAUCUCUGGUGACAUGUGAUAAAGCCACCCUGAAAUAAAAUCCUUACGUUGGGCUUUCUUUCCAGGUGCUAUGGACCCCUUCCUUGUCCUUCACCAGCUUCGCUGUAACGGUGUCUUAGAAGGAAUUCGUAUUUGCCGCAAGGGAUUUCCAAACAGGGUUAUCUAUGCCGACUUUAAACAAAGGUAUCGUGAAGAUCAGUGGCCUAGCCAAGUUCUUACUUCUUUUGAUCCCCCAAACCCAAUAAGCAACCUUCCUUUUUAAUCCUCUUAAUUCACUUUUGGAUGGCUUCUUUUGUUUACUUGAUUGUUCUUUCCACAGCUGAGCUGAAUCAAAAAUUUUGCACAUGCUGGAAAUUUGGCCGGUGUGUGGAUUUUGGCCCAGAAUUUUAUUUAUUCAUAAAAGUAUUUCUAGACCACCAGUUCAUACUGGGUGUUAUGGAAGUUCAGCUGCCUACCUACUUCAGCUUCAUUUGGGCGAGGGCUCUCUUUUGGCCCAGCGUCUGUUAGCAUGCCUGCCUCAACCCUGUAGCUUGUGAAAUGCAUGCUUUUGAACAUGUACUUAGCAGAUGUCUCUUUGCCUCCAGCCACUGCACACCUGGGAGUUGGGCAGGAGGGUAGAGAAUCUAGACAGGAUUGCGCCUGGUUGCUUCUAUGUUGUAGUGGUUUUUUUAUUUUAAAAAAUCAGUGUUAUCUACCCUAGUUUUGAGGAAACAAUUACCGGUAAAUGUCAACGUUUGUGCCAUUCCUUUUGGAAAAAGGAAGUUGUCAGUGUUUACUGCUGCUGCUGCUGCAGCAGCAGCUAUAUAAAUCUCCAUCUGGAGAGAGAUAAGCUCAUUAUGUUUAGAUUCCGGAAGGAGAAAUGUUUUUAAGUUUGUUUUGUUAAUAGCAGUGCUAUUACAGGGAAUAUUUAUGACCCUUUGUUGCUUUAAAUGCUUUCUAUAACUUAAAGUUACAGGGCAAAGUUUGCUCAAUUGGCUGUUGGGGUGAAGCCUUGGAAGUUCAAAGCUAUCUCCUUUCACCCUAAUCUUCCUUAUUUUACAUUAUUAUCUAGCUAAUGUGUUGGGGGCUGGGUAAAUGAGGAGGGGGGAAACAAAUGACUGCUCUGACAUCACUGGUUAAUUGGGUGCAUUAAUUGAGGAAGGGCCAUAGAUCAGUGGCAGAGCAUAUAUUUUGCAUUCUGAAGGUCCCGUAUUCAGCCCUUGGCAUCUUCAGUUUAAAGGAGUAGGUAGCAACUGCUGAAAAUGGGUAGAAAGGCAGAGAAUCUGGUCUUCUGUCUGACAUACCUCCUGUAUUCCAGUGUAAAGAGAGGCAUAGCAACCUGGUCCAGAGUUUCAUCUGCUUACACAUUUUUUUAAUCUAUUCUUGCCAGGUACCGCAUUCUGAAUCCUUCUGCAAUUCCCGAGGACAAGUUUGUAGACAGCAGGAAAGCUGCUGAAAAAUUGCUUGCCUCUUUAGAUAUUGAUCAUAACCAGUACAAGUUUGGACACACAAAGGUAAAGCAAUGGUUUCAAUCUUUCCUUGAUCUCAGUUAAUCAUCUGAGAGAAUCUGAUGCAAUAACACUGUUGGAGGCCUGGAUGGAUGAAUGGAUGGAUGGAUGAUCACUCGAAGAUCAAUAUACACUAUUCUGUCCCAUCUAUGAAAGAGUGGUGGUUGUGGGGAAGUAGGAAAUGACAUCUGGUUAAAGAGAGGCUAUCAUCCUAUAGCCACUUACCCAAGGAUAAAAAAAACAAACCUCAUUGGGGCUUACUUCUGAGUAGCCUUGUAUAGAAUUGUGCAUUGAUUAAUCACAAGUGUUAAUCAAUCCCAUACACGUUACAUCAGUUAAAAUAACAACAUGACAAUCAGAAGUGGAAAUCAAGAAGAAGGUAGCUCCGUGGCACCUAACACAUUACACCAAAUUGAGGCUCCUUGUGUGUCAUUAUUCAGCUUUAAGCACCCAGGCCAAGGGGCAAGCCAAACAAAUAUUCAACAAGAACAAAGAUCAAUGCAGGUAGAAGGCUAAAUACAGAGACCCCCAUGGUAAUAACUAGGCAGUGUGGAUCCACCCAUUAAAACAACUAGUUAGGUUGGGCCUUCCUAGUCCCCCUGAAUUCAACCCCUGAACAAUAAAAUUGCAGCAGCACUAACAGUCAGCACAGCCAGGCAUGGCAUAUAAAAACAACCUUAAAAGCAAAAAAAUUACCUGGCAAAUGGCCCCUGGAGUAAAACAGUCUUCACUAAGUGACAGAAAACAGCAAGAGAAUGGCACCACUGCCAUUUUCUCGCUUCCGUUCUGUGUUGUAUUUAUGUAAACCACUUAAGAUUUCUGUUGAAAUAUAGAACAGUAUACAAGUUAGUUAAGGAAAUGAAAGAGAGGGGCAAAGGGAAUCUUGUGUGACAAGUGUUCAAAAGCACACAAAGAAGGCUAUCUAGUCCAUGGGUAGGCAAACUAAGGCCCGGGGGCCGGCUCCAGCCCAAUCACCUUCUAAAUCCAGCCGAUGGUUAUUAGUGUGCUUUUACAUGAGUAGAGCGUGUCCUUUUAUUUAAAAUGCAUCUCUGGGUUAUUUGUGGGGCAUAGGAAUUCAUUCUUUUUUCUUCUUUAAAAUAUAGUCUGGCCCCCCACAAGGUCUGAGGGACAGUGGACCGGCCCCCUGCUGAAAAAGUUUGCUGACCCCUGAUCUAGUCACCAUUGCUGCCUUCACAUGCAGCUUGCUUGGCUUAUUGCAAUUAGUGUGCAGAGGACCUGGGCUCAUGCAAGGAAGUUGGUUUGCAAAAGGAACCCCAUUUCAAUAAACCUUAGCCAGAAAUGCUGUUGAUUUUUGUGGGCGAAGUGUUCUAGUUCUGUGCUAGACACUAUAUGGUUGGCCGUAGUGAGAAAUGGGAUGCUGCACCAGGUGGGCCUCUGGCCUGAUCCAGUCAGUGGUGGACUUUGGGCUCUGAAAUUUCAUCAAUGCCCUGUGCAACACUAAAAUUUGGUGCCCCUUGCCUCUCACAUUCUGUUCUAUGGCAAUGUUGUGUGACCCCCUGCAGCCCACACCAGUUUUGCUACCCUAAAUCUGCCUCUGGAUCCAGCAGGUCUCUUCUCAUGCUAAAAUCUCUAGCACUGUUCAUAAAACCGAUGUGAAGAAGUAAGGGAAACACCUUUUCUAGCACUUCAGAUUAAAUGGCCAGAAUAAAUGCACCCCAUAAUGUUGAAUGUCAGAUCAAAUUAUAAAACAGGAAGGAAGUAGAUCAGAAAUACCACCAAUUGUCUACCACCCAAGGAUAUAUAAUUCACAGCUCUGAUUGUACCUGUAAUGCUUCAAUUGCCAUUCAUCAUUACUAAUAGCUAGAUUUUUCAAAGGAAUUGAUGUAAAAGAAUAGAACUAAUUGCCACUUUUAUGAAUAAUAUUUUUUAAAAACCUUGCUAAGGGUGGAGACAUACCCCCUAGCUUUCAAACAUCCAGAUAUGUCUUUAUUCUUUUUCUUUGACUUUUUAAAAAUAUGGCAUGCUUUUUGCAAGGUAGAGUAUUGUAAUAUAGGGUAGAUAUAGGAGAGUCUGUCGCUAUUUUCAGUCGCAUACUGGUAAGUUCAGGAUGCACAAUUAUAGUUGAUUGGGAAGCCUUGUGCAACAAAUCUGCUCCCCCCCCAAAAAAAACCCAACCCCAGACUUUUUGCAAUAAGGAAAAGGGUGGUAUAAUUCGCUGGAAAGAGUGGGAAAACAGUUUGAUGCAACAUCAUCUGAUCUCCUGAUAAACUAAACAGAAUGGAUGCUCAUUAAAUAGCCAGUGCUGUCCAAUCUCUCUGCAAACACAUCAGGAUGAGCGUUCAGUAAACAGGUCAUCUGGAAGCAUUUACAAAAUAACAUGCAUAGAGCUGUAGAAAUUUAUGAUGCAAUCCUUUUUAUAUAUAUAUAAUUUUUAUUAGUUUUUUUAACAUAUCAUUUUCAACAGUAAUUAAACAUACUUUUACAUCUUAUUCAAAUUUUUGACUUCCAUCAAUCCUGUCUGAAAAUUUUCCAGUCUAAUCUCUCAGUAUGCAUUUCUUAUCUUCCCUAUUACAUUUCAAACUCAUAACCAAUAUCUCUAUCUUUUUCUACUUUGUAACACUUUGUAUAUUUCUCAUUACAAAACAUCUUGUAGUCCUACUAGCGUAAUUUGUUGAUUACAGUUGCUCUUGAAAUAAUUCAUAUACUUCUUCCAAUCUUCUGUAAAUCUCUGGUCCCACAGGUUUUGAAUCCUGCCUGUCAUUUUGUCCAAUUCUGCAGAAAUUUAUGAUGCAAUCCUAGUCAUGUCUGCACAGAACUAAGUGCUACAUAUUACCAGGAAAGGGGUCGGUGGGUAGGAUUGGAGCCUUGAGCUGUUUUGAGGAGCAACAAAGCACACAGGACACUAUAAUGUCACUUCACCUUCCCUUGGUACAAGAUUUUACACUAUUCAAAAACCAGCCAGUAUAAAUUGCAUCAUUAGUAAUCUGACCCAGUUAGCACUGUUGUUUUGGAAAUCUAAGAUUGAAUUGGACCAUAUUACACGUCAAGGGUUUGUUGAAUUUGUAAGUCUUAGAUUCAUGGUAUACAUUUCAGGUCUUCUUUAAGGCUGGUCUUCUGGGACAUUUGGAAGAAAUGAGGGAUGAGAGAUUAGCCAAGAUUUUAACACUAAUUCAAGCAAGAGCCCGAGGCAGAUUGAUGCGCAUUGAGUUCCAGAAGAUCGUAGAGCGAAGGUAUUUAUGUAUGGACUGCUUAUGUCAUAGUAAAGGUAAAGGUAAAGGACCCCUGACAGUUAAGUCCAGUCACAAAUGACUCUGGGGUUGCGGUGCUCAUCUCGCUUUACUGGCCAAGGAAGCCGGCGUUUGUCUGCAGACAGUUUUUCUGGGCCAUGUGGCCAGCAUGACUAAGCCGCUUCUGGCAAAACCAGAGCAGUGCACGGAAACACCAUUUACCUUCCCUCCGGAGCGGUACCUAUUUAUCUUCUUGCACUUUGAUAUGCUUUCGAACUGCUAGGUUGGCAGGAGCUGGGACCGAACAACAGGAGCUCACUCCGUCACGGGGAUUUGAACUGCUGACCUUCUGAUCGGCAAGCCCUAGGCUCAGUGGUUUAGACCACAGUGCCACCCGCGUUUCCCAUAGUAGACAGAUAUAUAUUUGGACACAAAAUCAUAAUGUUUUCUGUAAUUGAUAAUGCCUUUCCAAGUUCUUCCUUAAGAUUGGGGAAAAUCCAAGUGAUGAAACAGUAGAAGUUUGCUGGGAAGGGACUAUGUCCUUGUAGCAUAAGCGGUACUUUGAGGAAAACCUCUGACAAGGCUUUUGGAUGUUAUAAUGAUGUGAAGAGAAAAGGAAAUGUGAGUGUUUUAUGCUUCCUGAUUCUUCACAUCUAGAAAUUGAUCUUCUGGCAUAACCCUCAGAAGGGAGAUGGGGAACUGUGGGGGCAGUUUUUGCCUUUCCUUACACGGCGGGAUGAAAAGGAUUUUGCACAGAUGGAGAAGAACAGAAAGCAUUAGACACUUGCCAGUCCUGUUCCAUUUAUCUCCUGUCUUUCUCACCUUGAAGGACAAGGCAACUCAUGAUAUGAUAAAUAUUGAUUAAAGGAGAAUACAGGUAGCUUGCUAACCAACGACAAUUAUCAUUAUUAUGACUGAAGCUGUUUUGCAUCCAGAAGACAAAAUAAGUAACCAUGCAGUCAUUGCUUUCAAAAUGAAAAAAAUGUAGAAAAGAAGCAGACAGUUCCAGCAUGGGCUAGACCAACUACAAAUGAGAACCAUGAAAAUAUUUUCAAAAAUUGUAAGAUUUAGUAAGAUCUCAUCCACAGCAUACAUGUAAUGCACUCUUAUACCACUUUAACAGUCAUGGAGAUUCCAGGGAACUGUAGUUGUUAAGUGUGCUGGAAAUUGUAGCUCUGUGAGUUUGGCACCCUUAACAAGCUACAGUGCUCAGGAUUCUCCAUGACUGCUAAAGUAGUAUAAUAAUAAAAAAUAACAAUAAAAAAUGGUAUUGUGAUGUGGGAAAGUCAAAGGACCAUAGAUAAAUUUGCCCCAUUACAGAGAUCCUAUGAAGCAUGCUCAGGGGAGUGUCUUAUUCUUCUUAAACCAGGGAUGCCCUGCUUGUGAUCCAGUGGAAUAUCCGAGCUUUUAUGGUUGUGAAAAACUGGCCUUGGAUGAAGCUUUUCUUUAAGAUCAAGCCUCUGCUGAAAUCUGCAGAAACUGAAAAAGAAAUGGCCAAUAUGAAAGAAGAGUUCCUGAAAUUGAAGGAGGCCCUGGAAAAAUCUGAAGCCAGGAGGAAGGAGCUUGAAGAAAAGCAAGUAUCUCUGGUGCAGGAGAAGAAUGACCUGCUUCUUCAGCUGCAGGCAGUAAGUGGACCAAAAUUUGUUGUUGGAAUAUAGACCCAUUUGGGGGCAACAGCAUAGGUGACUCAUCAGUUGCAAAGUACGAGCCUCACUUUAAAGCUGAAGAAUCACACUUUUUAAAAAACAACAACGUGGUGAAUACAAUUCAUAUAACAUUUUCUUGCAUGGCACUUGCUAUGAAUCAUAAAGUGGAAUGAAUAGUGAAACAGAGCUCUAAAGACGUAGCCCGAGCAAUUAUUAAUAUGCUGCUCAGUAUCUAGUAAAAAUAGAAUCUACAGGCACUCGUGUUGUUUACAAGAACUGGCUCUGACUGAGAACAGAUUGCCAAACAUUUCCGCAUUUGGGGUGUGUGGGGGGAGGAUGGAACAGAGAAGAUAACUCGAACCUUUCCAGAUAUGCCAAGGGGAAAACAAACACUUUCUGUUUGAUUUGACUCAUUUGCUGGUGGCCCGGGGCAGUGGUCCGCAUGCUGUAGGUGAUGAUGGCUCCAGUAGAAAGCAAGAGAGGGGUUGCCAACAGGUAACCUCAGACUGAAUCUUAAAUAGAAAUAUUACACAGUUUGGGAGGUUAGCUCUGCCCCAGGUUAUUACAAAUUUAUUUGGAAUGCCUUGUAGCAAGGAAUUCAUAGAUGAAAUGAAUAAAUAAUGGAAGCUUUUUUAGUUCAAAGGGGCUUGCCUGUUUGUGGUUCUGCUAGGUCUUCUGGGCUGGAGGCAUCAGAGUCAUAGGAUGACAAAAGGUCCUCUUCAGGUCUGACUGGUGUUGACAGAAUGGACUCCUCCUCUGCUGGAACUUCCAGGGCAGUGGGGACUUCCAAGGUUGGCUCAGAGGGCAAUUUCCCUCCAAGGACCCUUUGUUCCCCAAUGAGGUGUCAAAUCAGAAGGUUAUAACAAGUAGGCAGAAUAUCACCCCAUAAUGUUAACAGCAGCAGCACCAGCAGCACCAUACAGAAUUCACUAGGGAUAAAUAAAGUGUUGCACGCCUCUCAAAUCUCCAAGCAAUGCAAGAUUCCAGGGGUUCUGUGUGAUGAGGGACAGUGGAGACUGUGGUGUUUUAUGAUAUAUGGUUUCUUUACACAGCAUUAACUUACAACAUCAACACCCCAUAGCUUUCCCCCUAGCCACAGCCUUGAAUUCAAGCUUGCUUCUAGUCCAGCUCUCACACACAACUCUGACUCUUGUGCUUCUCACUACCAGCCAGGUGAGGGAGGGGGCCCCACUCAUUUGCCCUCUGGCACAAAGCCACUUUCUUAUGGUAAAAAACCCCCCAUAUUUAUGGGCCCUUGGCUGCUUCAUUCAACAGUGGGAUCCUCCAUUAGAUGUUAAUCCUUUCUGGAUCCAGGAAUGUUGUUGUUGUUGUUGUUGUUGUUUAGUCGUUUAGUCGUGUCCGACUCUUCGUGACCCCAUGGACCAGAGCACGCCAGGCACUUCUGUCUUCCACUGCCUCCCGCAGUUUGGUCAGACUCAUGCUGGUAGCUUCGAGAACACUAUCCAACCAUCUCGUCCUCUGUUGUCCCCUUCUCCUUGUGCCCUCCAUCUUUCCCAACAUCAGGGUCUUUUCCAGGGAGUCUUCUCUUCUCAUGAGGUGGCCAAAGUAUUGGAGCCUCAGCUUCACGAUCUGUCCUUCCAGUGAGCACAGAGCACGGAUCCAGGAAUAGAAUUGAACAUUGUUUUUUAAAUACCAAGGAAUUAAUGCAAGAUAGCAAAGGAGCCCCAAAUGGAUAGAAUAAACCUGCACUAGGCACUUUGAAGAGCUCAGGCCAGCUUCCAGAUUAAGGAUGGCUCCAGCAACAUAACCAGGAUUCCCAAAUAUUAACCUUAAAAGAAAAAGUUUGAGUUCCUUCAGAUGAACUCUUUAUCAAUUUCACUUUUUCUGCCUAAAGUGGAGAUGUAGAAUUGACAUCCCUAUCAUUCAGCUUGGACACUGAGAUCUAGCUCCGAGGGCCUUCUGGCAGUUCCCUCAUUGCAAGGAAUGAAGAGGGCCUUCUUGGUGGUGGUGCCCACCCUGUGGAACACCCUCCCGUCAGUCGUCAAAGAGAUAAGCAAUUACACAACCUUCCAUAGACAUCUGAAGGAAGCCCUGUAUCAGGAAUCUUUCAAUGUGUGAUGUUCUGUUGUGUUGUAUACCCUGUUGGAAGACACCCAGAGUGACUUGGGCAACCCAGCUAGAUGGGUGGGGUACAAAAAAUAAAUAAUUAUUAUUGUUAGAGUUCGUUCACACAUUCCACCAGGAGGCAUCUGUUUAGAGUAAUCAAGUGAGGCAAAAUCAAGAGAUCACAUACAUGUGUGAAACAGCCCCAAGUCUACGUGCAAAGUUAAAAUGACCAAGCUGCUUCACGGCACUCCAAAUAAAAAAAAACCCUAAAACUUAACAAAAUGAUAGGACAUUGCAGUAGAAGUAAACUUGCUGUAAUAAAGACCAUAAUUUUAUUUUAUUUUUAAAAAGUUGUUAUAUAUAUAAUUCCCCAGUGAUUAUAUUAUAUUACACACACACACACACACACACACACACAAUUACACAAAUUAACAAAGGGGCACUGUCAAUUAUGCCACUUCUCAUUGGUGGUGUAACAGGGAUUGCUCCAUAGGUCCUUGUGACAGACAGACAACCAUCACAUUACGAUCUCAAUAUUUAGGAAAGGAUAGCAGUUUUUCUAGUGACUAAAUAUUGCAAUAGGAAUGUUGAGAGAAUGUGAUUUUCUAGCAAUAGAUGUGCUGUCUUGAAACAUAAACUCCAAUUCUCCUGCAAAGAAACAAGCAAUAUGCUUGCAUUUAUUAUAUUCAGAGCAAUCAUACUGGAAAGUCUCUUUAAAGCUGUGGACAUGUGCAAUGAGAGAUGUACAAACUACCUAGCAAAACCAUGAUAAUAUGUAGAAAUUAACAAAGGGGCACUGUCAAUCUUUUGAUCUACAAAAUCUGGAAGAAAGAAGUUCUUUUUAUAUUACAGUAUUGCAGUUCGUAAUUAAAUAUUCAGAAAGUUUCUUCCUCACAGUAAAAGACAGACAUUAGGAACAUUCAUAUUCAGUUGUGAGAUGUCAGCGUGUAUAUUUUGUAUUAAAUUUAGACUUCUCGGGAAUCUUUAUCUCUAAAUAAGUACAUUAAAAGAAAAUAACAAUUGCUUUCCAUAAUUUGUUCAACUAAGGACUGGCGUCUUAGUUUUGCUUUGCAUUAGUUUACAUUACUUUACAUGCAAAUAAAAGAACUGCAAUACUUAAAAGGCUUGGAUAUAAAUACUAAUGUUUUUCAUCUAUAUUCCAAUCAGUUGAGUUGGUUACCAUGGCAAACCACUGAAGCAAGGAGAUGUUAAACUUGGAGAUGUGGCAUUUUACAUGCAAUUUGCAAGCAUGCUGUUGAACUAGCAAAGAAAUUAUUUGAAAAGAUGACAAAGAAUGCAUAUUUUAAAUUUUUGAGAGCUUACAGCACAUUCCAAAAUGAGUGACUGUUUAUUAUUAGUACACAGAAUGUUUUUAUACACAAAGUGGUUUGUAAUCACUAUCGUGUUCAUCUUCCUAAAUCCCUUGUGGGACACUAUUAUUUUCAUUCAGAAGACGAGGAACUGUGGCUGAAACAGUCAAUUGAAUUGUUUCCAGAUGGCAGCUUAUUGUGCAAUCAGUGUUACUCAUGUACACAAGUCUUUUUCAACAUCUACAUGACAAUGUUGUCAUCAGAAUGCCAGGCCAUACCUUAAUAAUAAUCAGUUUCCCCUUUACCAUAGAAAAUCCAUAAAAAUAACCCAUUAUACUGUAUAUCUGCAGUCACUAUUAGGGUGUAAACUUGAUUGCGUGUUUUUUGUGGUGAGAAGUUUGUCAUAUGGGUGGUGACAUUUCCGUCAGUGGCCUCUAAUGCAAACCCCUACUGCCAUUUGCUCCUCACCUGUGAACCACCUAGCUAUGUUGUUUGCGACAACCCACACAGUCUGAGUGUGCUUAUUUCCCCUAAUUGCUGCACGCUGAAGGCACUUUCAGAUUUCAGCAACCAAGCCAGAAGGAGCUCUUCUCUCAAGAUCUCCACACAGAACGUGUGGGAUUCUGUCGGAGACUGUAAUUGCAAUGGUCUUAAAAAUAUUAUUAUUUAAAUAAUGAAGAGGUCUUACAUGAGAUUAUUCUAGUGUCAGUCUUAGCUAAAGACUUAGCUAAAAAUAAAAUAGCCCUCUAGCACAAAACAUCAAUAUUAACAAAUGGAAAUGGGUAUUGCCCCUCCACCCAAAGGGCAACUUUCCGUUUUGCUUGUUGUGAAACAUGAUGACUAAGGCUGAUAACAUUUGCUCUUGUAGACUUCAUUCUUCAUGUAGAAAUAUUUGCAUGUGUAGGCAGUACAGAAGGGUGGAGGAAGUAGUGGAGUGCAAGGGAAGAGCGACUGAGGGAAGGGACAGCAAACAAACAUCCAGAUAAAUUCCAUCCGGCUCUGCCCACUGGUUUGGGUGGCAAGUGGCGAAAUAGCAGUGAAUAGCUAUGACUGAAAAAUGGGAAUGUGUGGAAGCAAAUGCACACAGAGGAAAAUUAGAUCCAAAUGGCCGAUUGGCAAGCCAAGGCCCCCAUCUGGAAGCAUCCCCUAUGUCACUAAUAUCAUUCAUUCAUGUCUAUGUAUCCGCAGAGAUGUUGUUGUUGUUAUUUAAAGCAGGCCUUUUUCACCAGCAGGAACGUCUUGCCUCAGAAGGCUUGCUUAGCAAUCCUUUGGCUCUUUCAGGGGGUUAGGGAAAACAAUUAUGUUCAGAAGAACCUUUCUGUCACUUGCAGGGUUGAUAGAGGCAGUGAUAUGGGUCCUAUCUUGGCCCAACAUCUCUUAUUUUGCUGCAUAGCAGAGAUGGGGAAUCUGUGGCUCUUCACAAGUUAUGGGACUGUAGCGCCCAUCAUGCCAGACCAUUGGCCAUGCUUACUGGGUCUGAUGGGAACUGUAGCCUAACAACAUCUGGAUUGCCACAGAUGUAAUCCCACUGUAUAGUCUCUGCUCAGCUGUUACAUUAUCUUCCAAUGGUGUGUUUCAUUGUUAACCUUUACCAAGAGGACUCAUAAUGGGUGCAUUUGGUGAGGGGGCAGAAAUGAAUACCAGUCAUUCAGGCCUGUUAUCUAUCUACAGGUUUAUGUAGGCGCCCAGAAUUAAUGCGCUGAACAAUUAAUGUCAAUUAUCUCCCAAGCUGUUCAUAUCUGAUCGUUCGUCUGUGUGUAAGAUUGAUAUAUCAAUCUCGCAAUGUGUGAGAGCACACGCAUCCUCAAGAGAGAGAAAAUUUGUGGAUGAGAAGCCGUUUCCUACGUAAGUUUUCUCCCUAGCCCCUAACGCAGUCCCUUGCAAAUCCUGACAGGAGCAAGACACCCUGGCAGAUGCAGAAGAAAGAUGUGACUUGCUGAUUAAAUCUAAGAUCCAGCUGGAGGCCAAAGUCAAAGAGCUGACUGAGCGGGUGGAAGAUGAAGAGGAGAUGAACUCUGAGCUGACAUCCAAGAAGAGGAAGCUGGAAGAUGAAUGCUCUGAGCUGAAGAAGGACAUUGAUGACCUUGAAAUAACACUGGCAAAAGUGGAGAAAGAAAAACAUGCCACUGAAAAUAAGGUAGCUUUAAUACUUGGCCAUUAAAAAAAAAAUCCACCCUCAGAGCAGUUUUAUGGCAGUGAUCAAUAUGCAAGUCUAUAAUUUUCCAAAACUCUUGGCUGGGAAAAGAUCUGGCUACAUGCUCCGCCCGUACUAUGUCAGGCUAAUAAGAAGACAGCUAUAUUUUUGCCCAUGGGAACAGUCUAGGGAUUCUUUGAAAGACUGAUGCAAUUUAUGAACCAGGAGAUCUGUGAUCUUGCUAUCAGCAACCUUCUGCCUGGUCUAUUUAAUAUAUUUAUACUUUGUCUUUCUCUCACAAUGGAACUCAAGACAGUGUACAUGUGGUUCCCAGGAGAUCUCCUUUUAGGUACUGACUAGACCCGGACCUGCUUACCUUUCACAAGGUGGCUACAUCAUGUCCCUUAGACUAGAAAGUUGUUGUGCAAGUUGUUUCUGGCCCUAUAUUUGGUGCCUGGAUAUUCAUGUUUUAAGAACUGGGAAUUGAACAGUACCACAUUAGACACCUGAUGUAUGCUCCUUGCUUUCCUUGCUUCCCCACCUGAUAUCUGGAAUUCAGUUCACAUGAGCAGAUAUCCAAGAAAGCCGAGCAUCACUUGCAUGGAUGAAAAAUUAUUUGUGGGAAUCAGUCCCACAUUCAUACACAGCACUCGGUACACUUCAACCACAGCGCAGGCAGGGAAGAGAAACCUUUGAGCUAAGAUUUCUUUGCAAAAACUUCUGGCCUAUGUCUUCCUUCCCCAACAGGUUAAAAAUCUGACAGAAGAAAUGGCAGCACUUGAUGAGACCAUCAGCAAGCUGACGAAGGAAAAGAAGUCAUUGCAGGAAGCUCACCAGCAGGCCUUGGAUGACCUGCAAGCAGAGGAGGACAAAGUCAACACACUGAGCAAGGCUAAAGUGAAACUGGAGCAGCAAGUUGAUGAUGUAUGUUUGCGCUGCUGUUCGUUCACCUAGGUUGUUUGGGGACUGGGGUUGGGCAUUCAAGUGGCUUUGAUUGUCCUGUUAUAAAUGUUGGACCUAUUAUUGAAAUAGGUGACAAUGAAAGUCAAUCUGUUGUUCAAUUUCUGAAUGGAAGGUAAAUGUAAGGAAUUCAUUUGCAUUCCAAGUUUCACAUAGAGGUGCAGUGGGGGGGGGGGGCAUAGCUCAGUGGUAGAGCACACCAAAGUAUAAUCCCUGGGUCUCCAGGUAGAGCUGGAAAAAGACUCCUGUCUGGAGCUCUGGAGAGUCACCAGCAGACUCAGUCAGUGUUGACAGCUUGGAGCUAGAUAGAUCAGUGGUCUGACUCAGUAUGGUAUCUUCAUAUGUUCCUAUGAAUGGUGGGGAGAGGGAGGUAGUUCCACACCCCUUUCUAGUAUUUUGUUCGGCAUGUUCUUUAUGGGGAAAGAGGUCAGUCUGUAUACAUCAAUAAAAAGAGUACUCGGUUUCUCUAAACUUCAGUACGGCUUACAAUACCUGAAAAUACUGCCAAAUGUCUGUGGUCUGCCAAGAACUUGAAAAGUUGAGUGGCUAUUUUCUCCUAUAUCUGUCCCUUUUCAUUUCUGUAGCUCGAGGGCUCUCUUGAACAAGAAAAGAAAGUGAGGAUGGAUCUGGAAAGAGCCAAACGCAAACUGGAGGGUGACUUGAAGCUGACUCAAGAAAGUGUCAUGGACUUGGAAAAUGAUAAGCUGCAGUUGGAUGAAAAGUUAAAGAAGUAAGGUGGCGUUAGAUUUCUCAGCAGCAGAGGCUGUUUUUAUACUGUAAAACAUUCACUGCCCUAUGAUGCUUUGUACUCUGUGUAAAACGCAAGAAGUGAGUAACAAUAAUAUCUUGCGGUGCCACUAUAUUUUCAGUCCCAGGAAAGCAGCCAAAAACAGGAGGUUUGUUUAGUCCCUGGUGAGUUGCCAUAUGUGACUGGUGGGUGUGUUUAGCUUGAUGGGUCAAAGGUUCUGUAGGCCUGCUAUACACACACACACACACCACAACUAGAAAUAGGGUUGCCUAGUGAGACAGUUCCAUAAAACAGUAACAGCAUAGAAAAUAGAAAGGUAGACCAAAUUUGCUACCUCCAAGUGGAGGGCAGCCAGCCAGAUUCAACUCCCCAUGCUCCAGUCUGCUUUUCUUCCUUCCAUCUGGUAUGGUUUUGUGCUCCACGUCAUAGCAGAUUGGGCUUUGGCAGGCAGAUCAAAAUGUAGUUCACUUAACCAGCUUUUCCCUCCAACAGAGUUCUAACAGGUACCAGAUCUCUGUGUUACUUAGAUUGCAGAUUUGCAGGCAGCAAUUUCCUAAGGACCUUGAAACGUAGCAGGAAUGAGUCAUAUUCAGGCAUUAUAGCUCCUGUAUGGAGCAUCAGAUGGAUAAGGAAUGGAGCCAAACUAAGUAGCCAGUCCCCCUUUUGUAGUGUGUGCUGACUGCUAGCCCUGUCCUUGGCAUCCUUGCAUUCAGCAUGAAUGUACAGUGGUGGCUGGCCUUCCAUCCAACCUGGAAUUCUGCGUGUUUGGGGAGAAGACUUCACAUGUGCUACACAUGAACACCCCUCCCUGCAAGGGGGAGAGGAGGUUAGUCAUGCAUGCAUGUGUUGCUCUAUGCAAACACCUGAAUAGGGCUAUAGCAAUUGUUUGUUCUGAGAUGGCAUUUCUGCUUAAAAGCAACCAAAUAAUUACUCCAUUGUACUCAAACCCAAUCUAUUGCAUUAAUAGGAAAGAAUUUGAAAUCAGUCAGAUGAGCUCCAAGAUUGAGGAUGAGCAGGCCAUAGUGAUGCAGCUCCAAAAGAAGAUAAAAGAGCUUCAGGUAAUUAUUCCUGCUCAGUUUCUCUCAGUACUGGAUAUACUGGACAUUGUAUUGUAAGAAAGCCUUGGGCUUUGUACAGGUUGUCAUCCCAUUUGAUCUGAAUUCCAGGUUAUUAGAAAUCUUUUAAGGUCACAAGAAAAGCUCUACUGGAUCAGAUUAGACAUCUACCUCUCUCUCUCUCUUUUUAAUAUACCUUUAUUAAUUUAAAAUAAAUACAUUUAUGAAAAGCAGACAUACAUACAAGUAAAAAAAAUUACAAAAAAACAACCAAAAAACAGAAAAAUCAAACAAACCACCACACUAUAAGAUAUAAGAAGAUUAAUAUAAUUAUUCUCAUAUAUACUCCUGGUAUUGAACACAAUUAUAAAAUUUAUAGAAAAUAAAUUUAAAACUGACUUCCAAUUAAUCUCACUGUACUUUGUCUAUCCAUUACUUUAUACCACACAGUUACAUAUUUCUUGUAUAAUUUCUUUUUACCUCCCUACAAACUUAUAUUUAUACAAUACAGGGAUCAGUAUAAUUCUGCCUGAUUAGAUAUCCAUCUCAUUCAUCACCCUGUUUUCCAAAGUGGACAGCUCUGGGAAAUCUUGAAAGCAGGGAUUGAAGGUGACAGCUUUCUCCCAUUGUUUGGCCUCCUCCUUCCCAGCAUCUGGUAUUCAGUGGCCUAAUACCACCAAACCUGUAGCUAUCACUUAGCUACCAGAACCAACAGCCAUUGAUUAUAGAUGGUGGAGAAAUUAAAUUAACUGUGCAUUGAAAGGUGGACCUACCUAAUUUGCAUAUUCCCAAGCAGUAUGAGAACAGAAACACAGCCAGCCUUCAAAAUUCACACUUCUCUGAAUUUUGUGAUGAAAUUCUUCAACCAAACAGUGUUUACAAAAAUGUGUCUUAUUAGGUGAAAGUGUCCAUAAACAUGAAUAUAGUAGUGAAAAUAAAACACAACAAUUCAUUCUAUUAGGGGAAUCCUUGCAAAAGAUGUAGGUCAGUCAAAACUGCAUACAAGAAUGGGUUUAAUUCAGAGAAAUUCACAACAAUAUUCUGAUGAAUUUUCAUGAGGAUUAAAAAACUAGCAAAUUUUAUAACUUUGUUACGUGUCAUGUGAAGAGCUAUGUUAGUAAAGAAUGAGGAGGAGGAGAAAGAUUUUUGGGCAUAUGGUUUGGCUUUUUCUAUUUUUUGAUUUAUUAACCUAUUUUGAAGGCUCAGAAAAGGUUAAACAAUUAAAACCAAAUCUACACAAACACAGAAAAUAAAAUUUGUAAGAUGCUCUGUGGAUGCAUUGUGGAUGCUAUGUGUGUGCAUUGUUUAUGCAUAUUGGCUCUUUUCAGACCUUCAAGUGAACAUGUAGAGCAAGGAUGUGGAGCCUAGGUCCUUCCAGAUAUUGUUAGAUUCCAACUUCUAUUAGCCCCAGUUCAUAGUCAGGCUUGGGGAUGAGGGGAGUUGUGGCCAAACGUUAUCUGGAGGUCCUCAGAUUUCCCAUCCCUAGUCUAUAGGCUGAGAGUGGGCACGAGCCUGCUUUCUCCCCUUCUCAGCAUGUGUUCACUGAACGUCUUCACAGGGCUUGUUGUGCUGGAUUUUGAGGGUGAAACCAUUGAUCACAAACAGGCUUAAAUGAAAUUCCAUUCUUGAGCAACAAGAAUCCUAAUAACAGAAGGUGCCUUGUUGAGUUGGUGGUUGGGAAAGAUAAUAAGAGACACAUUUGAAGGAAAUAUAUUUAAGAAGAAAGGGAUGGAAGCAGGGAAAUUGGCUUCUAGGCAGUAUAUUCUUAAUGGAAAGGGAACAUUCGCCUCUGACUGUAUUGUCCUUGGUUACAAGCACCUAGGGGCUUGCGAGUCAGUAAAAGAACAGAAUACACCUCAGAGGAAGACAAUGUGAAUUGCAGUGAUGUGUUAACACUGGCAACAAAGUUUGCACAGAAGUAAGAAACUCUGUCAAGAAUAAAAACAGUCCCUUUGGCUGCUGAUCUAUGGAGGUUCUAUGACCUCCUUGGUUUUGCAGCUGCCAAAGUUGCUCUUUCUUCCCUCUGGAGGGGGUGGGAUGUGGCAUUAAUAAUUCUGCAACUUGCUUGCUGCCCAGAGGCAGAAUGUGUGACUAACCAGUUUUGACAGUUCUAGUACAGAGGUGAAUUACGGAAAGGGACCACAAAUGCUUGCUGUUACCCUAUAUUUCACCCCCUACUCACAAUUUUAAAGUGGCAGGGGAUACUUUUUGUAAGGGAAUACUCCACUUCUGAUAUUAUCUUGCUUUUAAAAAUGUCUAUUUUGCCCUACUGUUGGAGCAAUCCUGCACAAUAUUAGUUGGAAGUAGUUCCCAGUGGGCAAUGGAGGUAAGUGUAAGUAGGACUGCAGCCUGGGUGUCUGAUGUCUUGGAAAGAUGGCAGAGAACAUUUCCCCAGAUGAUUAAAAACAUCUAUCCGAGUUGUAAUUCAUGAUUUAAAGUUCUGAUCCAAAUUCAGAGUGAGAGAACACUCUGAAUUUGAGGGUUCAGAGUUACCACAAAGGUUACUUCCAAUGUCUUAAGAUGGAGGCACUGUGGUGUCUAGGGCUGUGCUGUUAUGCUCACAUGCUUCUCUGUCUGAUAGGCCCGCAUAGAGGAACUUGAGGAAGAGCUAGAAGCAGAACGAGCUGCCCGUGCAAAAGUGGAGAAGCAAAGAUCAGACCUGGCUCGAGAGCUGGAAGAGCUGAGUGAGCGGCUGGAAGAGGCUGGGGGCGCCACUGCGGCACAGCUGGAGAUGAACAAGAAGCGGGAGGCCGAGUUUCUGAAGCUGCGGCGGGACCUUGAAGAGGCCACGCUGCACUACGAGGCAACUGCAGCUACACUCAGGAAGAAGCAUGCAGACAGCAUGGCGGAGCUUGGGGAACAAGCAGACAACCUGCAGCGGGUCAAACAAAAGCUGGAGAAAGAGAAGAGUGAGCUGAAGUUGGAAGUGGACGAUCUGUCUUCCACUAUGGAGCAAGUGAUCAAGGGAAAGGUAAAGCCUCUGGGGUUUACUGUGAAGACAGACCGGUUGGAGAUAGGGGUUUUUCAAGCCGACCUGAAUUAGCUACAACCAAAACUAAAACCAUUCAGUUCCACAAAGUCUGAUCAGUGAAUCAAAAAUAGGAGGCUUUGUCCAGCCAAGUUCUGCUGGGAGUAGGCUCGCUGAAAUGAAUAGAGCCAAGUUAGUCACAUUCACUCAUUUCUUAGGGGAGUUGCAUUCUUUGAAUAGCUGCAAACAAUGUUCAUGCAGUACAUCAGGUAUGCAUAUAGAAAAGGCCACACAGAAAUGCCAAGUGGUUAAACAAUGGAGCAAAAUAUAACAAAUGGUUGGAUCCAAAAAUCUCUCUGUUCAUGUGGGGAUGUCAUUGAUUUUCUUUCCUGGCUGAGCCCUCCUGCGUCAUUAUGUGUCAGUCACACACUGGAGGGUCUCUUGAUCUGCUGGAACAGCUUUUCAGGGGGCUGCUGGGGGGAGAGGGGAGUUGUAGCCAGGGGGAUCAGUAACUCCCAGAUACAAGCAGAAGAACCUUUUGCUCUCAGAAGGGGAAACCUUUCAAUCCAAGAAUUUUCAAAUGUAAAGCAGGCAAUUGAGAAUCACGGGAAGGAGUAAGAGAGGAAGUACAGUGUGUGUGGAGAUGCAAUGACAAAAUAUUGUUACACCCCACACCAAUCACUGAGCAGUGUGAGAUUCCAGGGGUCCAGGCACUUACCAAGGGUUUGUGUUUCCUUUUGGAAAUGAGGCACAGCAGACACUGCAGUGUUUUUAUGAUAUAUGGUUUAUUUACACAUAUAUAGUACUGGAGCCUACAAUGAAGAGGUUCCCAGCGUUACACUACAAGAGAGUCUCUUGCUUCUCCCACAGCCUUGGAUCUAAAACAGAAAUCAGCCGUGUUCUCUGUCUCCCUUCACAGUUUUGACAGUACAUCAUUACUAACUGCCAUCCUUAAAAAACUAACACUAGCUUUUUGUCUUAUUAACUAAAAUCAGAGCCUGGGGAGAGGCUUCACCCAUUUGGCUGUCUGGCAUUGAAUCUCCAGAUGAUCCAUCUGGUACCUUUGGUUGGGUUAAAGACUCAGCCAUUAUCAAGUGGUUACCUCAUGAGGAAGCUGGCCAGCAUUAUUUCCAACCUUUGCUCAUUCCAGGAAUUUAAGGAUUUGCUGAAAUUUGAACCCUUUUAGGGGAGUCUGAUCCAAACACAAACUCAUAACAAUAAGUUUCUCCCUUGAGUGCCCGCCUUCUCUGAGAAUCAUGCUUGCCUAACUUCUUAGCCUACAAGUGUCCAUUUUAACUUCUUAAAUUAAUUAUAUACAGUCAUACGUCAUGUUAUGGACGCUUCAGGUUACGUGUUUUCGGGUUGCGGACCUCAGGAAACCCGGAAGUACCAGAAUGGGUUACUUCUGGGUUUUGCUGCUUGCACAUGCACAGAAACGCUAAAUUGUGCUAUGCGCAGAAGUGCCAAAUCACACCGGUGCCUGCGCAGACACGGCACUUCAGGAUGCGAAUGCUGCAGGUUGCGGACGUGCCUCUGUCACGGAUUACAUCCGCAACCCGAGGUUCCACUGUAUUUACUUUCGCUCAUCUUACCAUGCCUUACAACUCUAGGAUAUUCACCAUGUUGAAUCAGACACUGGGGUUUCCAAAUUUUUCUCCAUAUAUCAUCCUGUAAUCAUUUCUAAAACUCCUUAAGUCGUACUUGGUACUAGCUUUUUGGCAAACCGUAGUGCAUCACUAUUAAUAAAUGUCAAAAUCCAUAUUAGGGCAAUAUAUUUAUUAGGCCAACCAAAAUAUCACCAAAUAGCAUGCAAGCUUUUGCAUCCUCUAAUAAUUCAUAGAUAUUCUGAUAUAUUUAUGAUGGCUUUGCAGCUCACACUAUUCUCAUACAGAAUGCUAAACUAGUAUACUUUCUGAUUUUGGCAGGAGGGAGAAUGAAGGUGGAGUAUGUUUUUUUCCACAUUAUGAUCUUUGGAAAGCUCUCAUCAUGUGUAGGUUUUAUAAAUGAUAUACAGAACAAUUGAAUAAUACUCCUCUGGGGAUAUUUAACUCCCAAGCAACUCUUAAGGAAUCUCUUAAGAAGGAUGUGUUUAUGGCUCACAGAUGUGUAAUUUUCAGUGUGAACUUUUUUCUUUCGCAUCAAUUCAGUUCAAUAAUUCAGAGCUGUUAUUAAUUACAUGAUUGAUUCCCUUCCAUUUGCCACACACUGUCAUGUAACGAUUUCUACUAGAGAAGUAGCUGUGCUAGUCUUUUGUAGCAAAAACGACAAAGAUUUUUGUAGCACCUUAAGCACUAACAAAUUUCAUAUGGCAUAAGCUUUUGUGGCCUACAGGGAACACUGCAGCUGAUGGAGUGAACUCUGGUCCACAAAAGUUUAUGUCAUAAUAAAUUUAUCCAUCUUUAAGGUGCCACAAGACUCUCAGUGCAAACAACAAUCAUAUAGUAGCUCAGUGUGUUUGCUUUUGCUUUUGUAUGACUCCAGUAAGAUAUUAACAACAGAAAAUAAUGUUCUUCUUGUUGUCAAAAUAUAUAAUAUAGCUGAAGCAAACUGGUGAGUAUGUAUGUGAUAAAGACAAAAGGUUGUCAAAGUCUUGUGUGCAAGAUUAUGUAAGUCUUACUGUACUUCAAAACUGUUGGACACAAUUAAUUAUUUUAAAGGAAUCUGUUUUUAUUAUUCCUUCCAGUAAACUGAAUCUUUGGUAUAUGCAUAUAAAAAUACUUUUAAAAAUAUAUCAUUGCAGCUAUUGCUCUUUUUCUAAUUAUAAUUGCUGGUGGGCUCUUUUCAUGUUUGCAAAUUUUGUAAACCAAAUUUUACACUUUGCACAAAAAUUGUGGCCCUAAUGUUGGAUGGUUUAUGUUUUGCCUCCUGAGUUUCUAGACUAAUUGGCAUAUGCCACGUUUUAUCUUUCUGUUACAUAGAAAAAGAUUGUCAUGAUCUUUCUUAAUUGUCAGAUAUUGGUCUUUUUAUGGGACAAAUGAGAUGAGCAAUGCACUUUAAUUGGGAUGGUGUUUGAUUACCUUUGUUCUAACCACAUUAGGCAAAUGCAGAAAAACUCUGUCGUACUCUGGAAGACCAUCUCAAUGAGGCAAAAACUAAAGUGGACGAGAUGACUCGUGUGGUGAAUGACCUCACUGCCCAAAAAGGGAAGCUGCAAACUGAAAAUGGUAGGUUGGGCAAACAUUAUUAUAGCCACAGGAAGUGUGAGCAUGGCAACACCUUAUAAGAGUAAGGAGGGAUGCUUGAAGAUUUAAUUCAGUCCGCAUCUUUAUGUGGUUGCAGAACAAUCUGAUUUGCACUCACUGAACCACUGUGUGGAAUAAAGUGCAAUUAUCAUACUGUAUUUCUCCAAAUUUUGUGAGAAAUUUUAUACUCCACACACACACACACACACACACACAAAAUAUACAUAAAGAUUUGCCAGAAAUAUGGUGCACACAUUUUUAAAUUUCAUACUUUUUGUUCUUUUUAAAACUUAUCAGAAAUAUGUAUAUCAGAAAUACACUGAUCUGCACAUCCCCACAUAAUUGCACAUGUGCAAUAUUUUCAUGAGGAACUCAUGUCUCUUUCUUCUCCCUUUCCCCUACAUAAGAACAGAUCCCUUUCAUCUGCUGGUCAAUUGCUUCUUCCUUUCCAUCUAGUUUUCUGUCCUCUCCUUAUAUACCUGUCCACAUGAUGAAUCAUGGGAAGGGAGGGAGGACCAGUUUCAUGGCUAUACAACAUUUAUCACAUUGACUCCCAACCUUUACUGCUGCUGUUGAUUUAUGCUGGAUGCUCAGUAGAAGUUUUCCUGAUGCAAAAUGCACUUGUCUUUCCACAACACUCCAUUCAUUGCCCACGAAGGAUUCAUUCCGGUUCAGCUUGCAAUAACAGCUUUCUGUGAUCUUUUCCCAAUUGGCAACUUCUUUUUCCUGACGUGAUGAUAUCAUUUUAUUAGAUUCCUGGGCAUGUUCAGACAUGACUCACUCAAAGUGGCUUACAAAUAAAAAGCAAACAUGAAAACAACAGUGACCCAAUCAUUAAAACACAAAUUGAGAAAUCUAACAACACGGCAAGAAGCAAAAAUGCAAAGAACAGCACUAACAAGCAGCAACAGAGGAGACAAAACUUGGUUUGAAAAAAAGAAAUGUUUUCAGUUGCUGGAGUGGGGUGCGUCACAAAUCAAGAGGAAGUUACUUCUGCACAUGGGGUGUCACCAUAGAAAAUGCCCUCUUGCAUGUUGUUUCUACCCUUGCCUUAGAAGGCAAAGGCAGGGAAGAUGGGUGUGCUAGCUAGUCAAAGGACAGCCAGAUUCACACAGGAGAAGCUAGAUCCCAAGAUGCUUAGGUUGUUAUAGCUAAUAACCAGCACCUUGAAUCAUGUGUUCACAUUAUUGUUUUUUCUGGUGCAUUUCCAGCUCCCCCCUGCCCCCCACCUGAAUGCAUCAUUAGCUUCUGAUUCAUUUCUGUUUGUGUAAACACUAGGAGACAUUGAGGGGCUGGGAUGUUUGUACCCUAUGCAAAGGUGUUCACCCCUUGGCUAGGGAUGAAUUAGGAAUGGCUUAAAGACUCCGGUCAGCAUGAAGCUGGUUUGAAAACAAUACAUCAAACAGUAGUAUUUUAUAACAAAGUACAGGAUGCAUUUGGGAUAAAGUCAUGUGAACACAGAUUAAAGACUCAGCACAGGGGGUACAGUGACUGCACAGUAAACGGCCCUAGAAGAGUGACUGGAAGUUGACAGAAUAAGGGGGAAUCACAUGACCCCAGAAGCCAAGAUUUUAGCAGCGGCAUUCUGCACCAAAUGAAGUUUCUGAAUGGUUUUCAAUGGCAGCCCUGCAUACUACGGUUUCCCCAGUUCCUUUGGCUGGGUCCAGAGGACUUCUUAGGAUGUCCCCUGUCAUGCUGGCAAAGGGAAAAUGUGGGCCUAGCUAAUUAUGUCCAGUGCCACAAAAUCCCCAGUCUACCUCAUCAAGCCACCCCUGUAUGCCUGAAGGGCAAAAGGGUCACAGGUUACUUUCAAUUAUUCAGAACUCCUGGGAAUAUCUUCUCCUUGCCCUCCUCCUCCCUUGUCAUGGAAAGCUGAUGCUCAUCAUCUUUUUUUUGUGCUACCCCUCCGGCAGGUGAAUUUACAAGACAGCUGGAAGAGAAAGAAUCGCUUAUAAACCAACUUUCCCGAGGGAAGUUGUCUUUCACUCAACAAAUAGAAGAGCUUAAAAGGCAGCUGGAGGAAGAGAGCAAGGUAAGGCUUUGACUGAGGCUCCCAACAUGAUUCUGACUCCGCUUGAAACGACGACUUGGUUUUAAGGUAUUGCCCUUAAGCAGGUAUAGAACCGCAUGUGCUCAAGUAAGUGCAGUGGAAUGGCACUUAAGUGCAUAAGCCGAGGAUGUGCCUCAGUCUGCAGAUAUCAGUGAAAUACAGGAUGCUGGGGAUACAAUAGUCCCAGUAUGACUGGGAAAUGCUGUGGUUGCUAUUAAGGAUUGAGACAGUGUGAUGGAAGAAAUAGGAGUAGGGAGUUUGGAAAAGGGGAAAUUUCCAGGUGGUGAACCCACCAUCAGAACGAGUUUCAGUGCUUGUAGUAGCUGCUUUGUCCACAGCUGGAUGUGCUGACUACAGCCCCCCUCUCUCCUACAGUCAAAGAAUGCUCUCGCCCAUGCUUUGCAAGCUGCCCGCCAUGACUGUGACCUCCUACGGGAGCAAUUUGAGGAGGAGCAAGAAGCCAAGGCAGAGCUUCAGAGGGCACUCUCCAAGGGGAAUGCGGAAGUGGCACAGUGGAGAACUAAAUAUGAAACCGAUGCUAUUCAAAGGACUGAGGAGCUAGAAGAUGCCAAGUAAGAUAUACAAGAGAUGCCAUCCUACGUUUCCACAUGUAUUCUUGUUUUAAACUGUUACAUUCUAGGUCACAGACUGCAUGCAGUUCCAUGCAGUGAGAUCAUAGAAUCUUAGAGCUGGAAGGGACCCAAAGGUCAUUUAUUCCAACCCCCCGCAAUGCAGGAACCCCGGCUAAAGCAUCCAUAUCAGAUGCGAUUAUAAAUUACAAUCCAGGCAUAUCAACGUCUUAUUUCUUAUGGCUUCCUGUUGCAAUCAUGUCAGUAAUCCAGGAUGAUCAGGAAAACCAAUGUGAGCCUGCUCAUUACUUGAGAAAUUCAUCUAAGGCAGUGGUUCUCAACCUGUGGGUCCCCAGAUGUUGUUGGACUACAACUCCCAUCAACCCUGAGCUCUGGCCUUGCUAGCUAGGGGUGAUGGGAAUUGUAGUCCAACAACAUCUGGGGACCCACAGGUUAAGAAAGGCUGAUCUAAGGCAUCCCUGACUUGAGUGGUAAGAUUGGUGGCUGCGUGUGGUGCCCCAGUUAAAGAACUCUCUCUCUAGACAUUUUCCCCUUGCCCUGUCACUGCUAUCUUUCAGAUGUCCAUGAAGUUUCAUUUACCAUUUUACCAUCCAUUCACUCAUUUUGGAGAGGUCCUUGUGGAGCUCUUCAUGGUCUCUUCUUGUUUUAAUGACCCUAAGCAAUUUCAUGUCACCAGCAAACCUGGCCACUUUACCACUUGCUCCUAACUCUAGACUGAUUAUGAACAAGUUGAAAAGCACAGGUCCCAAUAUUGAUUCUUGGAGAAAUGUAGAAACUGGAGUCCCCCAUCUGCCCAUUUAUUCCUACUCGCCUGCUGCUUAACCAAUCCCUGAUCUACAAGAGGAUCUUAUUUUUUGACUCAGGAAUCUUGGGUGAGUUACCUUGUUGAAAGUUUUUUUAAAGUCCAAGUGCACUAUAUCAACUGGAUUGCUUCUACCUAUGCACUUGUUGACACUCCAGAAGCCAUGCUGGCUGUUUUUGGUUAUUUUAUCUUUCACUUUACUUUCCACCAGUUUUCCCAGGGCACACAUUAAGCUAUCAGGCCUGUAAUUUCCAGGAUCCCCCCAGAUCCCUUAAAGAAAAAUAUGUUACAUUGACUACUUUCCAGUCAUCAGGUAUGGAGGUUGAAGAUCAUCAAAUUCACCUUUGAGUUCUUUGGAAACUUUCAGGUGGAUGCCAUCUGGAGCUGGUAAUUUGUUUCUAUUUUGUCUGUUAGACCAAGAGCUUCAUCCCUCAUCACCACUAUCCACCUCAGUUCCUCAGACUCCUUUCCAGCAAAAGUUAGUUUAGGCAUCGGGAUCACCCUAUAUCUUCCAUUGUGAAGACAGAUGCGAAGAAUUAUUUUAUUUUCUCUCUUAAUCCUCCUUUAGCACACCUUUGAUUCCCUUGUCAUCCAAGGGUUCACCUGCCUCCUUAGACAGUCUUCCACUUCAAAUUUAUUUAAAGAACUUUAUGUUGUCAAAUUCAAUGUUUUUAGCAAUGUGCCCAAUGUUUUAGCAUCCCCAACUGUCCACUUGCACUUUGUUUCACCAAAAUUUGUGAACCUUUUUGUUCUCUUCAUUUGGACAAGGCUUCCAUUUAUUUUUGGAAGGAAGCCUUCUCGCCUCUAAUAGUUUCCUUAACUCUGCUCAUUAACCAAGGUGACAUCCUCAUGGCAUCUUUCCUGAUCUGUGGCACACACUCCUGCUGAAGUGUGAGGUCCUUUUGAAGGGUAGUUAGGCCCAACUGGUAUUUGGCUCCUCUCUUCCCAGAAACGUCUCAUCAAUUCUUCUUCUGCUUGGCUGCAUUGGAGGCAGAGAUGAGACAGCAAAACCCUCUCCAUCAGCUUGCCCUUUGGCUCCUCCCUUCCUUGAAAUGUCUUACCAGUUUUCAUUCCUCUUGGCUGCCUGAGAGGCACAGAUGAGACAGAAAGACCCCCUCUGUUGGCUUGGCUAGGGCCAAUGGCCAUCUGAUUCCUCUUGACCCAGAACUGUCUCUGGCAGUUUCACAAUGUAGCUUCAUAAUGUAACAUGAUUUUAUUUUAUUGGUGGGUUUAAACUGUAUUCUUUAUCUUGUGUGUGCAUGUGUGUGGUCCCUAUUGGUACUCUUGGUUUCAAUGUACACUACUUGGAGGUGGUUAUCCUGUUUUACACAAAGCGGUAUAUAAGAAUGCUCAAUAAUAAAGAAAGGAAACAUGAAAUAUGGAAACAAAUUUGCUUAUUUUCAUCCUUUACACUCCCUUCCUUUCCCCUUUUAUAUCAUGCAUCUUAAGCUGUAAGCUGCUAUUUUAAAUUGUAGGCCACUCUGGCUGCUUAAAUGUAUCAAAUAACAACGCCACAAAGGGAAAUUCACGCUGUUUUGAUUUGGUAAUAUUAAGAGCCUUUUCACUGUGGGUCGUUUUACCAUGUACCUGUUCUGUUAGGAAAAAGUUGGCAGCUCGUCUCCAAGAGGCUGAGGAAGCCAUCGAGGCGGCCAAUGCCAAAUGCUCUUCUCUGGAGAAGACAAAGCACAGGUUGCAGAAUGAGCUGGAGGACAUGAUGAUUGAUCUGGAAAAGUCCAACGCAGCAGCGGGGUCCUUGGACAAGAAGCAGCGCAAUUUUGACAGGAUCCUUAAUGAGUGGAAACAAAAGUAUGAGGAGUCCCAAGCAGAGCUUGAAGGUGCCCAGAAGGAAGCCCGAAGCCUCAGCACGGAAUUAUUUAAGCUGAAGAAUGCGUACGAAGAGAGCAUGGACAAUCUGGAGACCUUGAAGAGGGAAAACAAGAAUCUCCAAGGUAAGUCCUGCACUUUAGAUGUGGGACAGUCAAGCGAGUUGAAUCGGAGAGUGGAGGGGGAAGCCAGAUGGUGAAAGAAAGAGAGCUCGUGAGUCCUAGCGGUUUAGCUUCACCAUUGCGUGAGACAAACAAGGCAAGGAACCAGUCUCUACAUCAUAAAAUAUUUUUGCUCUGAGGACUGAGAGAUAUAUUGGGGCCAGAUGCCUUUUGUCAUUAGUCUAAGAGCCUAGUUUUUUUUCCAGUGAGACCAGCUAGUAUCAGAUCCUCCUGCUAUUUCAAAGACUGGCAACAUAGAUGUAAUCGUAAGAACAUAAAAUGAGGUCAAUGGCCCAUUUAUUCCAGCAUCCUGUUCUCAAAGUGACCAACCAGUUGCCUAUGGGAAGUCCACAAGCAGGACCCGACCCGAGCACUGCAGCACUAUUGUGGCUUCCAGCAACUGGUAUUCAGAAGCAUAUGAAGUGGUUCACUUGAAGCAGGCAUGGGCAACCUUAAUUUUCUUUGGUGGCUGAGAGGGUGGUGACCAGAUAUGAUAGCGAUGGUGAAAGGGAGUGAGGAAUGGAUAGGAAUAACACCGCAGUUGCCCAUUUCUUCUCCCACAGCAAGGCUACCAAUCAUGUAUGGGCUUAGUAUCAUAUUGUUCCUAUAAAAUGGGACUUGGACAACUCUCCGGCAAAGUCUAAAAUAAUCUAGGGCAUGAACUAAUUGUAUCAGAACUUAAAGAAUCCUACCACCUCUGAAGAUUGCUUAUAGCUAGGGGCCAAACUAGAUGUGGCCAUGCUGUUCAUUUGCCUGCCCCAUUCACAUAUAAAGUCAUGGGUAAGCGGUCUUGUUUUAAUACAAAGAGGGGUGUACAGGUGAAAAGAGUUGAAAAUGUGCAUGUGUCUCUCUUAUCUCCCAAUACCAGAAGUUAGGUGGGCUGGGGAGAAAAGGUCCUGAAGUGAUGGAACAUUAGAAUGUGAGGCAGUGUAGGAUGGAAGGCACAGCUGUUCUCACCCAUGAGCCCAUUUCAAUAUCCAAUAAGAUAUCCAGCCAUGCUUUACAUGUGGAUGGGACAGGGAUGUGCUGAAUGUCUUCUCAUUGCCUCUUCUAUGACCCAUGUUAAUGCUGUUUUAUAUACUAAACUGAAAUACAUUGACACAAUAUAUUCAAUAUUUUGUCCUUCCACAGAAUAUGUUCUUUAAUAACUAUUGCAUAUUGACCGUUUUAUAAUAAAAUAGCAUGUGAUUGUUCAAAAUAUUCCCUAACUUUAAGGAAGCUGUUUGAACUGAGCUUGGAGGACCUUUCCCCCUCUGCCAGAUAGAAUCUAUCUUAAUGAUAAUUACAAGCCAUUCAUUAAUAUAAUGAGCUUAACAAGAUUUGCAACAGCCUUUCUGGACUAAGUAGAGUUUUUGAGAGCAAGACAGUAUUGCCAGUAUAUAACAGGACUUACAAAAUCAGGAGGAUAAGAAUCAACAACUGCAAGAGGAGAGACUGGAUCUUAAUAAACACAUUUUAAAAAUAAUUGGUGCCAUUGUGCACCCCUGUCUGAGUCCCUGAUAAGUGCUGGAUGAAGUGGUAAGGUGGCCAUUUAUCCCACCUGAAGUGGAGUACUGGUAACUGUCCGUUUAUCCCACUAGAUUUCAUAGGCCACUGUGGCAAGAGCAGAUUUCAGGUCAAUUGGCCCCUGUUUGAAUAUACUUCUCAACUGUAUGGGGUAGUAGAGAGCAAUGAUAUAAGAUACACUGGCCUUGUCUAAAGCCAGCUCCUUCAUUAAAUAAUAUACCUUGUGCUUCUAUCUAGUCAAUUCAUUUAUUGUAUAAGUGUUUAGCUUAUAAUGUACUAAGAAGACUUACUGGCAGGAAUUGGCUGGAUCAUUUCUAAGCCCCCUUUUAAAGAUUGGCACCACAAUUACCCUGCUCCAGUCGAUUGGCAUGCAUCCUGUUUUGUCUGCAACUGUGAACAGAACUGCUAGAGCUGGAGCCAACCAAUCAAUGUUUGCUCCAAGCGGUUCUGUCAGGAUGAAAAUGUAGCCAUGUAGCUUUCCUUGAUUUCAGCUGUGUCGAAUAAGAGUUUUCACCUCUGUUUUCAGGAACUGGGAACCAUAGAGGAAGGAGAUCAAAACCCAGUUCUAGAGGACUGAUUGUAUUGUUAUCAUUAUCACUUUUGAUCAUUAAAAAACAAUCAUAAAUAUAAGAAAUAUUUCAUUGUUCUUUGACCAACUAAGCCUAGAGCAUGCACACACUCAUACCAAUACACACAUCACAAAGCAAAAAUAAUCCUCAGAGUAAGUACAUACAGAAUACAUUAUCCAUUAAAAAAAAUCAUAUAAAUAUUCCCUCACAAAAGCAGGGCAAUGAAUGUGUUUUAACCUAUGUGAUCUUCAGAUGCAGUCGAUAGAUUUAAUUUCUCCAUAAGCCUGUUUAAUAAAUUUGAUGGUUCUAUAUGACACGCACCCACCAAUUUUUAAAUAAAUAGAUAAACAUAAAUUUCUAAGUUUUUAGCAAAAAUCCAAGAUAGGAAAAACUAAAUUGCCAUUGUGAAGAGAUAACUUGGUGCAUUCAGGACUUUCUGACACUUUGGUCUUUCUUUUUUAAAAAAAUAAAAAAAUUAGAGGAGAUUUCAGAUCUAACUGACCAGAUCAGUGAAGGAAACAAGAACCUUCAUGAGGUGGAGAAGAUGAAGAAGCAGAUUGAACAAGAAAAAUCGGAAGUCCAGCUAGCCCUGGAAGAAGCUGAGGUAAGACAUAGGUUUGGAACAAGAAAUGAGGUUUCUAGAGUCACUGUCAGUUUUCCACCCAAAAGAAAAACAGAGGAAACAAAGAAUAAGCAAGAUUCGCUUCAUGUGCAUAGGCGGGGAAAACAAAGUGUGGUAAAAUGAUGUAGUACUUAUUAUAUGGAAUAUUAUUGUUACUUAGAUUUCUUCCUCCCCUUCUCUUUACGUAGGGAUCCUAGGGUAGGCUAUGUACAAGUGCUGUUGCAGUACACUUUUCAAAAGAUUUCAACUUUCACAUUUUGAAGUUUCCAUUUGAAUUUAGUGUGGGUUAAAAAAUGUUUUUGGGGAAAAACCCAGUCAGAUUAGACAUUUGAGCUAUGGACUCUAGAAAUCCUUGGGCGUAUCAGGAAUGGCAGACAAGUUUCCCUGAAGGUAGCUUUUCCACCAUUACCUAUUUUACCCUGUAAUAAACAGCCAUAGGGGAGUGUUGGGCAUGUUCUGGGGCAGCGAUGGGAAACUCGCAGCCCUCCAGACAUUGCCCAAUCCCGAGUUCCAUUGUCCCCAGUCAACAUGGUCAAUGGCCAUGGAUGAUGGGAGUUGUAGUCCCAUAACAUUUUGAGCACCACAGGCACCCUAUCCUUGGUUAGCAUAUGGUGAUGAGCAAGCACUACAAGUCUGAACAGAGUGCUGCAUCAACGGAGACUAUUCCCCUGGACAGGGAUGGACAAGUAAUGGCUUGUAGGCAGCAGUACCCCAAAGCAAGGUUCUGGUCCCUGGUGACCCUGCCAAAACAUGUUCAAGUGUUGUUUUAUUUAUCUGUGCCUGCACAAUGCAAUUAAGAUAUAGAUAGUACAGAUAGAUAUAGAUGGAUAGAUAGAUACACACACACGCACACACAAUGCAUUAGAAACAAUAAAAAAUAUUUUUUUAACCAUAAUAAACAAACACAUAUGUAAGAAAGAGGGAUUCUACACUUCAUAUCACAUCUCUCAUUUGGAUUUUAUAUGCAAUAUGCAAAUGGACCUAUCUGGAUGUAAUGUGAGGCUGUACAGCACGUUCUCCAUAACUGCGAAGGUUUUGCAGCUCGAUGGUGCUGACCAUUCCUGGUUUCCAGUCACAGUCUAAAGAAUCAAGUGAUCUUGAGGAUCAAACUAUAUGUGAUGUUAAGCAAGGCUUUGAAUCUCAUAACUGGAAUUCUUUUCUCUUUUUAGAGCAGAUGUAGGGGUGUUGAUCUCCCCUCCCUGCCAUUUGCCUGCUGGAAAUCCCCCCUUAAAACAAAACAAAACACUGUUGAAUGCUGCUGGUUAGCCUCAAAUAAGUGGCAUGAGGGGCCAAUUUCACUGGGAAAACAGAAUGGGGCUUGUGGAACUGUUAAAUCUUUCUCCCCCUGAUACCAUGCUCCCAAUCUGAAUUAACUUAACUUCUCCUGCUGUUAGUUAAAAAGAGAUCAGAAUCUCAGUCAUGGAAUUAAAAAAAGAUACGCUGAAUGUACCCCCAAGACUUUCAGGAGAACAUUGGUUUCCUACACAAGUAGGAUGAGAUUGAAUAUUUGAGGACUCUUGAUGCAGGCAAAAUUCUAGCACCUUUUGGGGAGAGUAGGGGCUUACCUUGAAAUAAGAGCCUAGGAUUUCUCUUCUCCUUUCUUUUAAUUUUCUUUUAUGCCUGGCCACUGUUUCAAGCUAACUACAGUCAUCCAUCAGCCUCAUUCCCAGGAGUGUUUUUGGAGGGAGGAAAAAUGGUUGCUCAUAUCUGCUACAAUACAGCCAAUGCCAUCAGGAUAAUGUGAGGACUGGAAAGCUCAUAUACCCCCCAAAUCACUUUUAUUUUUAUGAAGCUAGAGUGAAUAUAUUCUUAAAAGCCAUCAGUUAUUCUCAUGAGUGCCUGAAACAUUUUGGCUUCCCCACCUGGCACCUGCAUUUGCUGUGAUAUCUGGAGGUUUGUUCAGUGCACUGGAACAUGAUUUGUUUAUAUUGUGGAAUAAUUUAACAUCACCAAGGGCAUUUUCAUGAAUUAACCUUUAAAAAUAACACAUAAUUAGUUUUUUUAAAGUUCCAUUUCUUCAUCUGUUAGAAAUGUUUGGAAUACUUGAAAAUAAGAUUUAGCUUAAGCUAUUUAAUUUUUAUCAAAAUCUUUUCUUUCUUUUUUUCAUCUUGCAGGCUGUUUUGUACUUUGCAGGGAUUUCCCCUCCAAAUAAAAAGGUGUUGCUAUCAGAGCAGAGGAACAGCAUGUUUCAUCCCACUGCUUUGAAUAGCUAAGCAUGAUAGAUAGAUGAUCGAUAUAUUAUAUUUUUAUAUAUAAUAUAUGUUGCGAAUAUACUCUAGCUGAUUGGUCAUAAUGCAUCAGCUUGUGGUGUGUUCAAGAGCUUUACCUUGACAGAUCACCCUAGAACGUGCCAUGGCAUAUUAGUGCUAAAAGCAGCACGGCCACAGAUCUGUAAACAAAAUGGAAGGGGAAGUGUUUUGCUCUUCCCCACUUCUUAAGCAGUGUGUCGUACUAACAGACCAAUCCUAUAGGUCUCCAUUAACUGCAGAAAUGCUUUCAAGGCAUUCUCCCAGCCCUUUAGCUCUUUGGAUUGCAUAUGGUAUCAUCCCACCCCUGGCCUUUGCUGAUGCAUAAUUUCUGCUUUUCUGUUGUGGCAGUAUUGGGAUUCAAGUGUCUUAGGCAGGGGCUGUGCAUUAGUAGUGGUGGUGGUGCUGGGCCAGGGACUGGUGCUUGGAAACUCCAAAGAAAGCUGCAGGCCAUUUGGGAACAUUCAAUAUUACUUACAAAGGUGGGGGUUUGUUUUCCAGUUGUCUGGUAUUCCUGGCCAUCCACACUAAAGAUAACAGCUCUAAAGGCCUGAUACAGUCAAGCCACAUAUCCUCUAAACUCUACUAGCACCCUGCUCUCCCUCUCCAAAAGCCCCAUUACUCUGCUGUGGUAGUUAUUGUACAGAAAUUGGAACCCGGCUAAGGCAUACAUCUUUCCCCUUGCUAACUCAAGAUGGGGGAAGUUCACAGCCAUUGCUUCUGAGCACUACCCAAAUAUUAGAAAGCUUGAGUCAGCUGUAGAUCACCAACAGUUUCAGUUCAGGAAUUAUGUACCUUAUUGCUUCUAUGAUUUGAGACCCACCAAGAACAAAUUAUUUGCUUAGGAUAUGUGGCAGCCAAUAUUAAGUGGCUGCCUUUUGAUGCUAAUUUAGUAGAAACCCCUCCUUUCCCCUCUUGCACAAAUGGGUUUUUAUUAGGAGGCGCAUGAGUGAAAUAUUACUUAUGCAAAUAGUGCAUGAUGUAUUUUUGUGUGUGUGUGUUGGCUAUUAUCCUGGAGUAAAAAAAACCCCUCUAUCCUUCAUAGAACAUUUCAAAAUUCUCUGACUUUUGUCACAAUCCAAAAGCAAUAUUGGACAGCAUUCAGCCAGAUAUUGCCUCUGUCUUUUAUUUCUAAAGGUAGUAGAUACCAAACCAUAUCCAAUAACUAUAUAAAGAUCUUAUUUGAUUCUGUCUGUCAGAUUGUUUAAAUCAGGUAAACUUGUUGCUUCAUUUGCACUCCUUUUGCUAAUAGCUGAAUGGCACAGAUUUCCUGGAUGGCAUCUGCUGAUGACCGGAUAGUCAAGAACUCCACAGACCCUAACUGAUCUUCAUAUUGUGGGCAAUGAAUUAUCUAGUGCAUAGUAUGGUAGCCUAAAUAGGUACCGCUUUAUAGUGGGAAGGUAAACGGCGUUUCCGUGUGCUGCGCUGCUGCUGGCUCGCCAGAGCAGCUUCGUCACACUGGCCACGUGACCCGGAAGUGUCUCCGGACAGCUCUGGCCCUCAGCCUCUUAAGUGAGAUGGGCGCACAACUCUAGAGUCGGACACAACUGGCCCGUACGGGCAGGGGUACCUUUACCUUUAUGGUAGCCUAAACUGUACACAAAGAAGAACAAAUUUCCAUUUUUAUGGAUGUUGAGAGAGAAUUAAACAGCCCUUAAAGCCCCUAUAACCCAUUAACCUUAUUUACCAUAUAGAUUUAGCUCCACAACACUCUUACAUUCACAAACACACACAGUCCAGCCAAAUCCCCAUGUCUUUUGCAGUCUCUAGACUGCAGAAAUGCCAAGUUCUUCCUUGACUUAUCUCAGUGUCAGUCCCCAAACCCCCAGCCUUACCACUUAAGUUUUUCUUUUUUUAUCACCUCCCAUGCCUCUUUGCUUCUCAGCUGAUGGAGGGGAGAACUCUUAUGCAUAUUUAAUAUAAACUCUGCAAAAAGAUUAUGCAAGAAGAGGGAAAAGAGAUUAACUCGAUGGCCAAAACAGACACGACAGUGCAAUCUUAUACCUGUCUACUCAGGUAUAAGAUUGCAAUACUCACUGAUUGCAAUGAUCCCAGGUAUGUAUGUGAAGGAUUGCAGGCGAAAUGUGUGAAUGCAUUUAAUAUAAUCCCCCCCUCCAACUUUAAGAACAGUAGCUGUGGGGAAAGGUUACUCCUUCCAGUCUCACUUCUUAAGAUCCUGCCACAACAUCCCAUAUCAUAGAAGUUGAAACCGGAGUAAAUUACAUCAAUUCUUCUGAUAGCAAAACCAGACUUUCUUCUUAUUGAUAUUUUAGGGGAUCAAUAAGAAGUCUUGUCAGCUAAAGAGGAUAUUUGUGCAGGAAUAAAACGAAAGACUGUAACUUACAUCUUGAGUCCCCCGCCUGAGUCCACUGACGUAGAUGCUAGAACAACACAAGCAGUGUCUUACAUGAGGCAAGCUCCCGGAGCACCCUUUGCUGAAGGAAAAUACUGGUGCUACUUAUGAAGCUGCUCUGACAUCACUUUGGUUGCUACUCAAUGCUCAUUAACCUGAGAACAGCAUUGGUGCAAGACAUUGCACCGCCUGAGGUGGGCUGUUGCCACUGUCUUCCUCCUCUGCCUCCACUGCAGCUGCCUCGUCCUGUCCCACAUUAACAUGCAGGCUCACCUAGUCAAACACUUGCUGACAGCAGCAUAAGAAUCACUUCUAAGAUAACCAGGAUCACCACACACCUCAGUGUCAAACUCUAAGAAAGAGGUCCUUCAUCAGAACAAAGCAUUGUUUGCUGGGUGGCCCCAGAGAGUGCUUGUGCUGCCCCUGCUUUGCCGCAGUGGUGGAAAUUACGGCUGAAUACUGUUUACGGACGUGGGUGGCGCUGUGAGUUAAACCACUGAGCCUAGGGCUUGCUGAUCAGAAGGUCGGCGGUUCGAAUCCCUGCGACUGGGUGAGCUCCCAUUGCUCGGUCCCUGCUCCUGCCAACCUAGCAGUUCGAAAGCACGUCAAAGUGCAAGUAGAUAAAUAGGUACCGCUCCGGCGGGAAGGUAGACAGCAUUUCCGUGCGCUGCUCUGGUUUGCCAAUAAAGCGAGAUGAGUGCCCCACCCCAGAGUCGGCCACGACUGGACCUAAUGGUCAGGGGUCCCUUUACCUUUACUGUUUACAGAAACCUGUGGUCCUCCAGGUGUUGUUGGACUUCAGCAAGCCCCAGUCAGCACAGUCAAUGGCCCAAGAUGUAAUCCAAUAGCAUCUGGGGGCCACAGACAUCCCAUUGCUGCUUUAAAAUUUAAGAGUCUUUCCUACCCUAGGCCACCUCACCCACAUUGCCUCAAUCUUAGGAAGGGGAGAUGUAGGCCUGGGCUUCACUUCCCUGCAGUGGCAAAUGCUUUUUAAUGCUUGCUAUAGAAGCAAAAGCAGAAGGGCUUCAUGGUGGAUUGGUGACUAGGUGGCAACUGCAGUGGUGACAGCGGCAAUGGCAGGUUCAUCUGCCGCCUGAACCACACAGCUAAUGCUAGGGCCAGCCCUGAGACAAGGGUGCUCCCUGGCCAAAGGAAUGCACACGGCAGAUAGUUAACUCUAUAUUGUCAAAGCUCACACUUACAGUAGGCUCCAAGUACCACACAGGCCGGUUUAGCAUCUAGGCAGCUAUUCCCAGGUCUGAGCUCUAUGGAGCAGUUGCAGCAACAGGGAGCCAUGUCCCCUCCACCAGCUUAUGUAUCUUCCCCCAACAGGCUGUGCACACACAGCCAGAGACUAUGCCUGUGUGGAAGCUGCCACUGCUCUUCUCACUUCCACCCGCUCCUGAUUCUGGGAGACAGUGGUGCAGGAGAGGGUGAGGAAGAACCCAGCGCUUCACUUCCCUGACCCACCUGUUCUUCCUUUUCCUCUAGCUCUUGAAACUUCCCUUGCUUCUCACUCUUGCCUUCACUGUACCCCUCUCCUGAGUCAGACUUCCCCGGUGCACACUCAUGAGCGUCCUACCAGUCCCUGACACCCUGCCUGAGAGAUGCGGUGCAAUCCUAUAGAUGACUACCUGGGUUAAGUCUCACCGAGUUCAUUGGGAGAUCCUUCCAAGUAACCAUACAUAGGAUUGCAGGCCUAAGUCCCUUUGUGCACAAUGGGACUUACUUCUGAGUAGACAUACAUAGGAUUGCACUGUUAGGGUGUGAUAAACAUAGCUGUUGAUAUCCCUUGAUUCUCACUCCUAGAGACCCAUGCAGCUGCAGAAAGCUUCAUUCCUUAGACACUAGAAUUGGAUCCUAUGUAUGUUCCAUUGCACAAUGAAGCACAGGAUUAGGCUGCAUAUUUCAAAGUUAUUAUCUCCGUGUUGUUAACAUGCAUUACACAUAUUUUAGGGGGCUCUGGAACAUGAAGAAAGCAAGACAUUGCGUUUUCAACUGGAACUCUCCCAAAUUAAAGCAGACUUUGAAAGAAAACUGGCAGAAAAAGAUGAAGAAAUUGAUAAUUUCAGGUAUAGUAUGCACACAAGGCAAUUAACAGAGCCAAGUUAUAUACGAAGUGUGAUUUUUAAAAAGAACAGGGUUGGAACUAAAAGAAAACAAGACUUCUAGUUUUAGUAUUUCUCAGCAUCCAGAGUAGGUUAACUGAACUUAGAUGCAGUUUAAACUAACGGGACUUGAAUCCUGAAUAUCUUCCCCCAUGGAAUUCAAUAGAACCUAAUGUAGUCUGGCUCCAACACAGGUUUUUUGUUUCUUUUUAAGAACUAGACACAAAUGAUCAGUGUGUCUCUUACCAAUCACCAGAAUUUCUCAAACUUGUCCUGGCAGUAACACAUUAUGUAGAAGAGGGCAAUUUUCUUCUGCUUAUGUAUCUGUUUUGCCAUCUGUACAUGCUGUCUUAAUUUGCAAGAAUGUUGUUAAGGCUGAUUGAUAAUUACUGUCUGCACAAUAUGUUGACAAAAGAUACAUUAAUAAACAAGAGGCAAUAAACAAAACAAAAAAAACCUGGAAUCUUUCACAGUUGAAAGAGAUUCAAAAUGAAAUUAUUUUACAAAGCGAAGUAAGAAGAUCUGGAGAUGGGAAUGGAGGGGAAUGCUGGAUUUUCCUAUUUACUCUUUAUGCUAAAAAAUCUAUAUGUGAAAAGGUAGACUUCACUAGCAGCACAGGGCAUUGUCAAAAAUUAGGGAAAGAGAAGCCUGUGCCCACAUUUGCUUACAUGACAUGAUUUCAAAAUCAGGAGAAACCAGCAACGUGCCAUAGACACAUUACAGUCCACCUUGGAUUCGGAAGCCAAGAGUAGAAACGAGGCCAUCCGACUGAAGAAGAAGAUGGAAGGAGACCUCAACGAGAUGGAAAUCCAGCUCAGCCAUGCUAACCGGCAUGCCUCUGAGGCAACAAAGACCACACGCAUCCUUCAGGCUCAAAUAAAGGUACUUCUUGUUGCUUGUGGGACCUGGGCAUUAACAAAAAAUAUUCUGAGCGAUUGCACUCAAAAUAAUAAUGAUAAUAUUUAUACCCCACCCAUCUGGCUGGGUUUUCCCAGGCACUCUGGGUGACUCCCAACAUAACAUUAAAAACAUGAUAAAACAUCAAACAUUAAAAACUUCCCUAAACAGGGCUGCCUUCAUAUGUCUUCUAAAAGUCAGAUAGUUGUUUAUUUCCUCGACAUCUGAUGGGAGGGUGUUCCACAGGGCAGGUGCCACUACUGAGAAGGCCCUCUGCCUGGUUCCCUUUAACCUCACUACUUGCAGUGAGACAGGCAUAGGCAAACUUGGCCCUCCAGAUGUUUUUGCCUACAACUACCAUGAUCUCUAGCUAACAGGACCAGUGGUCAGGGAUGAUGGGAAUUGUAGUCCCAAAACAUCUGGAGGGCUGGGCUGAGUUUGCCUAUACCUGCAGUGAGGGAACCGCCGGAAGACCCUCGGAGCUGGACCUCAAUGUCCGGGCUGAACGAUGGGGGUGGAGAUGCUCCUUCAGCUUCAAACUUAGGGUUAGAAGGCAAACAAGAAGUUACCUUUCCCUUGUAGUACUAAAGUGGUUUCUGGGGAAUACUUGCAACCUGGAGAGAAUGUGAGGGAAGGUGUUUAACCUUUUCCUGUCCUCUCCCCCAUGCCGAUUUUAUUGAGCAUUCAUUCUGAGUUGUUUGCAAGGCAAUUAUACAACAACGAGCAUCCUUAUUUGCUUCUAAGGUGUUUAUAUCCCUUCAUGUUAACCAUUUCAAACAUUUCAAUGCAGUUCCCCAUCACUUUCCUAACAGCAAAAAGUCCAUUGCAAAGAAAAGUGGAUUUAUUGUAGUAGGUAGGGAUAGGGAACCUCUGGUCCACAGCCUGAUUAGGCCUGCCAGGUCUACCCAUUUGGCCUACUAGGUCAUUUUGGCCAAGCCAUGACCAUCUGCCCUACACCUGACAUGAGGUAUAUGGUAAAGGUGAAAACCACAUAUGGGACAGGUGAAACCACAGUAGGAAAACGAAAGGGGGUUCCAGGCACUCCUGGCCUGGAUCAGGGGUGCCUUUGAAGCUCCAACCAUCAGCUGACUACCAGGGCUUCAAAGUACAGUGCACCUUUGGUUGAGGAAUAGGAUUCCUGCACUACAAUACAGUCAAUCCUUACCCUGAAAGACAGCGAUAUGGGGGAUCCCAUCUAUAAGAUUCCUUCUCUGCAUAACAGGAGUAAAGCCUGACUUCAUUGGGCCCAGUGUGUGACCAUGCUGCUGUUUUUUUCCAGGAACUGCAAGUACAACUUGAUGAUUCAACACACCUGAAUGAAGACUUCAAAGAGCAGCUGGCAGUCACUGACCGACGUAACACUCUCCUCCAGUCUGAGUUGGAUGAGCUCAGGGCUCUGCUGGACCAGACAGAACGUGGCCGUAAAUUGGCAGAGCAGGAGCUGCUGGAAGCCACUGAACGUGUGAACCUUCUGCACACCCAGGUUGUUAUAUCAAAUGUUGUUUCCCUAACCUGCCUCACCCCCCAUCACAUUAGAUCAUAAACCAGACAUUCUUACAUAGAGUAGUGAUUCAGAGCAAUGCAGGUUUCAGACAAAGUAUGACCCCAUUAACAAGGGUACACAAAGACUGUUCAUUCUUGAGGGGGGGGGAGAAAUUAAAGCGGAAAAGAGUAAUUUUAACACAUUUAUAGUUCGAAAGCCUCUAGAUAAAAGAAAAAUGGCUUUGCUGAACAUUUCUGUGACAUCUACCACCUUUUAAAAUUGUCUAGUUUGCCUCCCGUUGUGCUCUCUUUCUGUCAAAAUGAUCUCUUUCAUGAUUUUACUCUUCGCUUAUCCCAGUCUCUGCUACAAUAACAUUAAAGACUCAUCCCUGUCAAGGGAGAGUUUAGAGUAUUUACCCAGGUUCUAUUGUUUUAAAAUUGGCCUUACCUAUAUUGUUCAGAGUGAACUGUGCCUUAGAGUGGACUGUUCUCAAUAAAUAUAGCCUUUCUUUAUUGCUAAAAAUGUUUUCAAUGUCCAAGUUUCAAAAAUAUGACAGCGACCACCACUUUCCAACUUUCCAAUAUGAAACAGCUGAGUUGAUAAUGAAACAUUAGCCGUUUUGGUACAGACAUUAUGUUCCUUAUUGCUGUCGUCAACCAUACUGAGAUCAGGACAUGAUCCAGCCAAUAUUAACUACCUUUAAAUCCAAUUAUUUUAGCAGGUAACAGUUAAUUGUAAAUCUUUCUUAUGGAAAUAAUGAGAUUUACAAAUGCAUCAUUUUGGCUCAAUCACACUCUAGCUCUCUCUUUCACAGAUUAGCAUAAAAGUAUCUGUUCAAUACUGAUUGUGUGCUUAAUUACCCAGAGAAGUGGGUUAAGUGAUAUACGGGUUACUUUGAUGAGGGAUGCUUUCAAAUGUCAUUUUUUUCACAUCAGGUGUAAAAAGCAAAAGACAUUCCUACACUAAUGAAUUAAUUUCUCUCGUAAAUUCUGAUGCUGAAAACCGAGGGUAAUAUUCAAUACUAAUCUUACUCAGAGUAGACAAUUUAAAUCAAUGGCUUUAAGUUGCAUGUCCAUACAUUUCACUAGGUCUGCUCUGAGUAUGACCAAUGGUAGAUAUUCUGAUUCUAUCUUAAAGCAAAAACGUGGCAUUAUUGAUACUUUUGGUCUGUUCUAUAUCUCUAAUUCUAUUGUCUGCCUAGGAACUCCAAAGGUAGUUAAUGACACACAUUCGCUUGUGCACCCAAGUAUAAUUUGUGAAUUAUACCCACCCACCCCCAGGUACAAUGUGUGAAUAGCCUCAGUGUAGCACUAGUCCUAGAAGGUGAUAAAGAUGAUCAUGUGUCCCUGAAGGAUCUUCCUUUCUCCUCUUCCUUUCAAACUCAAGAAUACAAGCCUGAUCAACCAGAAGAAGAAGCUGGAGACUGAUAUCUCUCAAAUGCAAAAUGAAGUGGAGGAAGCCAUCCAGGAGUGCAGGAAUGCCGAAGAAAAGGCCAAAAAAGCAAUCACUGAUGUAAGUAGACAGCUUAUUCCUGCUUGCACAGAUGUCCAGUCUUAUUCUUCCUGGUUUGCUGAUCUUUUGUUGCCCAUGGUUUUCGUUUCUGAAUCAAGUACUGCUUUGCAUGCUGGCAAGUCAGGGAUUGUGAAAAUUUAUUUAUUUAGACUCACUAGCAGUGGUGAUCUGUUGUCAUCAGAAGUCAUAUAUGUUAGAACAUCUAUCAUAAUUUAGAAGGAUGUUUGGCAUUUUUAUAGUGAAAGUGACCUUUUCUCCCCAUAUAUCUUCAUGCAGAUUGGCUUUCACUGCAUUUCAAAAACCCAGAUGUGAAAUUUGGUGAAAAUUGGUAGAAUAACAGCAGUGUUCCUAAAUUGGGUGGGAGAAGCAUUUGCCUCUCUGAAAUAUUAACUGUGUCUGUUUUGGAUUUUUCCUAUUGUCACCUCUCGUGAUAAUUACAUAUGUGUUCAGUUACAGCUUAAAUAGAAGAUGGCUCAAGUGUAGGGAUAUCAUAAAGUGAUAUCCGUACAUAAUACCAAGGUGUACAACAACUCACAUUGUGCUUAAUUAUACUACAUGAAGUUAUAAAUAAAAUUUUAGACUAAGGGCUCAUCCAGCCUUGUGCUUGUCCCAUGCCUUGGAAGCAUGGGUCCAAGAGGUUUUGUCCCUGGGAAACACACCCUUUGGCAAUAAAUCAGAGCCCACAUCAAUCUUGAGAAAAGUUUAUUUAUGUUUGCUCCAAUUCAGAUUUUUUUUUGGGGGGGGAGGGCAAAGGCAAGGCUGGAUGAGCCCUAAGUCCUAGAAAUGGUUCAUUACUUUCUCCAGAUCGAGGGAACCUGUGAUCCACCAAAUGCUGUUGGACUCCAACUCCCAUUGGCCCAGCCAGCAUGUCCAAUGGUCAUGCAUGAUAGGAUUUGUAGCCCUUCCUCCUGUUAUAGAUAUUUCCCAGGAUUUUGUAGUUGUCUCAAAUCGCCAAAAUCAUUGGGACUCGUUGUUUGUUUGGGGUGGCGUUUCACACAUUUAUGUUAUUAUAGGCAGCAAUGAUGGCCGAAGAACUGAAAAAAGAGCAAGACACCAGUGCUCACUUGGAGCGAAUGAAAAAGAACAUGGAACAGACCAUUAAAGAUCUACAGAAGAGACUGGACGAAGCAGAGCAAAUUGCUCUAAAAGGGGGCAAGAAGCAGAUUCAAAAGCUGGAAUCCAGGGUAGGCUUCUAAGAGUCCACCUUUAGAACCUGUUGUGUCAGCCUCCUUGGAAAAUGGUUGGCGUGUUCAUUUUUAAAAUGGGAGCUCAGCUCUGGCUAGAGUAGUAAUGUUUUAUUUUGAAAUGCUAAGUGCUGGAGAAUGAUGUAAAGGAGCACUCAACAAACGUGCCAAAAGCUUUUGAGUAUAUAUUUAUAAAGCACGUUCUGAAGACCUAUUGCUAAGACUAAGUUCUUUGAGCUAUUCCUAUGAGGCAGAGCCCAACAGGAGCACAUAAACGCUUUUGAUUCUGCUACAGGUCCGCGAGCUGGAAAAUGAACUAGAGGCAGAAGCUCGCCGCAAUACGGAAUCUCAGAAAGGAGUCCGCAAAUAUGAAAGGCGCAUCAAAGAGCUGACAUACCAGGUAAUAAUAACUAAAGUGGGUGAACUGAAAUAUUGCGCUAGGACAAAUACACAUAAUUUCCAAUCACAGAAACUUGUUCUGAUGUAAAGCAGCAUUACCAAAGACUUUAUAUAUUAUAGGCAGCAGCUAACAGCCUGCAGGCGAUUCUCUACCACUUUUCUUUUCCUUCUGGCUCUUUCAUCUCCAUGCUGACUAAAAUAGCUUUGUGGGAUGAAGGACAGAGAGAUGUCUGAGUCAAAGGAGGAAAUGUUCUUAUCUCACCAGCACUCUUCAGUUUCUGUCUCUUCCUCUGCCUGAACCUCUGACUCAUUCCAGGAAACACUGAAGCAAGGGAAUGAGAAUGAGGACUGGUAGCUGAGAGGUCAAUGGAAUUCUCCAAGCAUCCCUAUAGCUAGUAUGUUGCAGCUGAUAGAGUACCGGACUUGCAAAAUUUGGGUUCAAAAUCUUUGUUCAACCACACAUUUUUCUGGGUGAAGUUCACUGUGCAACUCACUAUCAGCAGAAACCUCAACAGGAUGUCUGUGAGAUAAAAUGGAGUGACCCAAUUUAAGUCAUCCAGAGCUCAUUGGAGGAAGGCUAGGAUAAAAAUUAGAUAGAGUCUCUUAGUUCCAUAAUUCUAGAUUUCCAGUGAAACAAGCUAUCUAACUCUGAGGAGUGGAUGGUUGCCAAGUUAACACUUAUUUUAUUCCUAUUUGUUCUACAAAGGCAGAAGAAGACAAGAAGAACUUAACAAGGAUGCAGGAGCUGAUUGAUAAGCUGCAGGUGAAAGUGAAAAGCUACAAGCAUCAAGCAGAAGAAGCUGUAAGUUGGUGCAGUGUAAUGUGUGGCUCUUAUCAAAUCAGUAAUUCACCUAAUUUCUGAUUGGAGUUGUAUUAUUCAAACCGGGAAAGGAAGACAAACUGCUGAUGUGUGACAACAACACUGCACAAAGAGGUAUCCUGAACAUUGCAGCAAUUUCUCUUCCCUUUUUGAAAAGCACAUUUCUUCUACCUUCAAAAGCAUGGAGGAAAGUUUAGAGAGUACAUCUAAAUCUCCUACUAAAGAUUUUGAAAACUGGGAGGCACAGAGAGCUGUGCCAUUGCUUUGACCCUAAGUCCAGAAUGUUUCCAAACUCCAUUUUUUUAAAUGGUUUUCUUUUCCUCACCCACACCAGACCUUUCCAAAUUUUACAACAAGAAAAACUUGAAUUGGAAGCACAAAUAAAUUAGGCACAGUUACUUAAUUUUAUUCAGUUUCCAUAAAUGGUUUAAAUUUUUUUAAAAAGCACAGCACAGAAGCUUCUCAGUUUUGGAAUAUUUGGUGUAUUAUUAUUUUUUUAAAUCACAUCUCCCCCUAAGAAAUAAGGAUGCAGACCUUCAGCAAAUUGCUGUACUGUGAAGCACCCCUAUUCACUGUCAAUCAUGCCUCAGUCUGUCAGACUUCAUUCCAUUUUCCUCCCUGCUAGUUUUCUAUGUAUACCUCUCCCCCACCUUGGAUAAAGGGUUAGGCAGCAUUUCAUGGUCACUGGGCACACUCAGUCUUGACUAGGCCGUCUUGAUAGGUUCUCGCAACCUUAAAGGCUACUUUCUCAAGAUAUUUUGUACUCCUGGAACCUUGCACGUUCCUUCUCAUCUGCUGAUACUGCCGUCUUAUGUGGGAGUGGUGAAGUUUUGGCUUCAUACACAGCAGCACGCAUGCUGCAUCUCUUACCAAAACAGAGAGGAUGAUGUUUCUGCUGCAUUCCAUUAUCUACAACAAAUCUAAAUACAGUUUCAUCUCACAGAAUGGAAAAUGAAUGAUACUUUGGUACAGAAUCAUUUGUCUAAGGCAUUCCAGUGCUUGACAAAAUGAUGCCGCUGUCAGAAAACAUUUCACUCUGUAUUCCUGUUAUCGCUUCAGUGAAUACCACAGACAGAUCUUCUGACUUAAUGCACUAAAGAUCUGAAACAGAGUAGUAUGUGUUUACUAAAAGUGUCUCAACGUAUUUGGAGUUCCAUAGCACAGCCACUGGCUGUACAAGCAACUUUCACAUGGCUUUCGGCCUAGAAUGAGAGUUCUUAAAGGGCGAGGCAGGCUACUUACAGCAGUAAAAUCUGUUGCUGCGCAUUCCUGUAAACUCAGAUGUUUACAUUUCUGGAUUAAGUCACAAGGCUGAUUAUGGAACUGUUUGUGGAGUCUAUGGAUAUGUCUUUCUCAACUUGGUGUCUUCUAGAUGUUCUUGAAUUCCAUUAUCCCUGACUUUAGAUGGGUGACUCUAUCAAUUCUUAUUUUUCUCUUAAAUUCCACAUCUCCACAUCAGUCUGCAAUUUUUAAAAAAUCUUUGCGGAAGAUCACCAGCAUUUAGUGUGAAUUUCUCUUAAUUUACAUUUUUUUUAAUAAGCCAUUUUGCCUAAAAUACACAUUUUUGCAAAAUAAUUUCCCCUAAUAUAAUGCAUGGUUAUGUUAUAUUUACUACUGCAUUUGUUUUUAUGGACAUUUUACUACAGUUAUAUGCAUUUUUGUACACAUUACGUGGCUGGCGAAUUGCAUUGCCAAAGUUGGAUAUGUGCGGAUGUCAAAGGAUGAGUGUUUCAGUUCAUGCAUUAUUUUGGAAAGUGAAACAUUCAUAGGCUCAUCUUUAAAUGUAAACUGAAUCAGAUUUCUCUUCCAUUCCUAUCUCUAGCUUUUUGCCUUGCUGGCUGGAGAUGAUGGGAGUUGUAGUCCAAUAACAUCUAGAGGGCAUCAAAGGUUGCCUUAUUUAGUCUUGGAGGCCUUUGUGAUAAUAGCACAACUUAAGGGUCUAGAGCAGUGGUUCUCAACUUGUGGGUCCCCAGAUGUUGUUGGACUACAACUCCCAUCAUCCCUGAGCUCUGGCCUUGAUAGCUAGGGGUGAUGGGAGUUGUAGUUCAACAACAUCUGGGGACCCACAAGUUGAGAAAGGCUGGUCUAGAGCAAUUUGCUAUUUCUUCACCACAGAAUGUGGAAUUUUUCUACGCUGUUUGCUUUCCAAUUAAAGGCUUGAAAUCACUACCUGCCAUCUACAAAACUCUCUGACUGAUCACUGAUGGCCUCCCAGAUAGACUUUUAAAGAUGAAAUUGCCUUUCCUGUGUAGCAAAUCCCACAAAGUUCCAUGAAAUGUUUACCACUGACUCACGAAUGCUUUUCACAAGUAGUGGAAGGUCCACUACUUGCUAGAUUAUGGAGGCAAAGCACUUUUGAUGUUCUUUUCUCCCUCCUACCAGGAAGCUCAAGCCAACCAGUACCUUGCAAAGUACAGGAAGCAGCAGCAUGAGUUGGAUGAUGCUGAAGAACGAGCCGAAAUAGCUGAAUCCCAGGUCAAUAAGCUCAGGACCAAGUCAAGAGAUAUUGGCAUAAAAAAGGUAUGUCAAGCGAAUCGGGGGAGAAUGUUUCUGGUAGAACCUUCAGAAAAGCAGGGCAGGACAUUGGAGUGAGGUGAGGAUUUCGCGGGCCUGCAUCUCAGACAACCCAUCUAUGUGCCUGCAUACUUGGAAUAGUCUUUCCUAUUUCUCCUCUGCCUGCCCAGUUUGGGAGAAGGGGCAGGAAUUCCAGCCUGAUGGGUUGACUCCUGAGGUCCCAAAAUGCAGCCAAGAAGCACUGAAGGCUGAAUCUUUCUUGACAGUUUACAGCCGAGCAAGGUAUGCAGCAAAUAACACUACAAAGGCACAGCUGUGAAUGAAACACUGCAGACUGCAGGAAGCCAUUCUGUUGUGGAAUGCUUGUUAUUCCAAGCCAAACUGCAUGGUAUCAAUAUAUUAAUUUAGUCUAGGCAAAACCGGAUAAUGCCCAACACAUAUUAAUCACACAAACUCUAUGUUUUGCCCAUGUAAUGAUGCCUUUGGAGCUACUGUAAUUAAUAUAAGAAUUAAUCCUCAAAGGUGCAAUCCAGAUCUAUUAAAAUCAAUGUGGAGGAUUGACAAUGAUUUUGUUAGGAUUUGGAUUACAUCCUAAAACCAGCUAAAACUAGCAGUUAACAACCUUGGCAUUGGCUUAUUUGCAUUAUUUUGGCAGCUGCAACUGAGUUUCUGGUUAUAUCAACAUUAUUUUCUCUAAUGAUGGGUAUUGAGAAAAAUCUUAUUCACUAAUAUAAAUGAAAGUCCCCAUAGAACAGUAGAGGCUAAGAAGGAAGCCUGUUCUGGCCGACAUCCAUAUUGCUUAAUCCUAUGAUGCUGUUGUCAUGGCCACCAUUCUGAGAGCUCCACGGGGUGACACUAAGGUAGAAAACAUAAUCGCUUUCAACCUGAGUGAAGCAGCAAAACUUCCUCCUUCACAUGAUGUCUGUAAUAGUCAGAGACUCACAACCAUUUCCACUGCAGGUGAGGAAAGUGCCCACAUUGCCUGUUGCUUCUUGUUACAAGCAGUUACAACGCUAUAAUAAAUUCCUGUUGUGAUUUUGUAAUGCACAGUGGAGGUGGCAGUUCCUAGCAAUUUUUGGAAACUUGGAGGCGGAUAACUGAUCACGGACUGCAGUUUCUUGAAGAUGGACUUCUGGCAAGCGAUGGGCUGCACCUCACAACGGUUGGGAGGAAUGUUUUUGCCAAAAAUCUCAGAAACCUCAUCAGGAGGGCUUUAAACUGACUAAUGUGGGGAGGGAGACAGUGCUCCUGAAGGUAGGAGUCUAUCAAUUGAUGAAGAUGAUCAUCCAAAUGUCAUAGACCAAAUGGAGUAAACAGCACGCAGACCUAGUGGUGGGAGGAAAAAAUCCUUAAAUAAGAGACACGGGGGAAUGAUUAAUGGACUUCAAUGUCUGUACAGUAAUGCGCAAAGCAUGGGAAAUAAACAAGAUGAGCUGGAGCUCUUGGUACAGCAAACUAAAUAUGACAUAAUAGGCAUCACUGAAACCUGGUGGGAUAAGUCCCACGAUUGGAAUGUAAUAAUGGAGGGAUACAAUCUAUUUCAGAGAAACAGACCAGACAAGAAAGGAGGAGGAGUGGCGUUAUAUGUCAGGGAUGUGUAUACCUGUGAAGAGAUCCAAGAUUUAGAACCUCAAAGCCAAAGUGAGAGCAUUUGGGUCAAAAUUAAGGGAGAGAAGAAUAACAGUGACCUCAUUGUGGGAGUUUACUAUAGAUCCCCAAGCCAAACGGAGGACAUAGAUGAUGCCUUCCUGGAACAGAUGGCCAAGCAUGCAAAAGGAAGGGAGAUAGUAGUAAUGGGGGACUUCAUUUACCCGGAUAUUUGUUGGAUGUCAAACUCAGCCAAGAGCAUAAGGUCAAACAGAUUCCUCACUGGCCUUGCAGACAACUUCAUUGUCCAGAAAGUGGGAGAAGCAACAAGAGGAACAGCCAUUUUAGAUCUGGUCCUAACCAAUGUUGAUGACCUGGUUAGUGGGGUAGAAGUGGAAGGAUCGUUAGGCGCGAGUGAUCAUGCUCUUCUGAAGUUUACUAUACAGCGGAAAGGAGCAGCCAAGCAUACUAGGACUCAAUUUCUUGACUUUAACAAAGCUGACUUCAUAAAACUUAGGGAAGUGCUGGGUGAGAUCCCAUGGACAGUAAUACUAAAAGGAAAGGGAGUUCAUGAUGGCUGGGCGUUUGUUAAGAGGGAGAUAGUAAAAGCACAACUUCAGGCAAUACCAAUGAGACAGAAACAUGGAAGGUGCCUAAAGAAGCCAGGGUGGCUAUCUAAAGAACUUUUAACUGAGUUAAGAUUAAAAAAGGAUGUGUACAAAAAAUGGAAAAGGGGGGAAACCACCAAAGAGGAAUUCAAACAAAUAGCCAGCACGUGUAGACACAAAGUCAAAAAACUGAAGCACAGAAUGAACUCAGGCUUGCUAGAGAGGUUAAAAGCAACAAAAAAGGCUUUUAUAGGUAUGUUCGUAGCAAAAGGAAGAACAAAGAAACAGUGGGGUCACUCAGAGGAGAAGAUGGUGAAAUGCAAACAGGGGACACAGAAAGGGCUGAACUCCUCAAUGCCUUCUUUGCCUCAGUCUUCUCCGAUAAAGAAAACAAUGCCCGACCUGAAGAAUUUGGAGCAAAUGAUUCAGCAGAGGAAACACAGCCCAGAAUAACUAAGGAGAUAGUACAAGAAUACUUGGCUAGUUUAGAUGUAUUCAAGUCUCCAGGGCCAGAUGAACUGCAUCCAAGAGUAUUAAAAGAACUGGCAGAUGUGAUCUCAGAACCACUGGCAGUCAUCUUUGAGAAUUCCUGGAGAACAGGCGAAGUCCCGGCAGACUGGAGGAGGGCAAAUGUUGUCCCUAUUUUCAAAAAGGGAAAAGAGAGGACCCAAAUAAUUACCGCCCAGUCAGUCUGACAUCAAUACCAGGGAAGAUUCUGGAGCAGAUCAUUAAGCAAACAGUCUGUGAGCACCUAGAAAGGAAUGCUGUGAUCACCAAUAGUCAGCAUGGAUUUCUGAAAAAUAAGUCAUGUCAGACUAACCUGAUCUCGUUUUUGACAGAAUUACAAGCCUGGUAGAUGAAGGGAAUGCAGUGGAUGUAGCCUACCUUGAUUUCAGCAAGGCAUUUGACAAGGUGCCCCAUGAUAUUCUUGUAAAGAAGCUGGUAAAAUGCGGUCUUGACUAUGCUACCACUCAGUGGAUUUGUAACUGGCUGACUGACCGAACCCAAAGGGUGCUCAUCAAUGGUUCCUCUUCAUCCUGGAGAAGAGUGACUAGUGGGGUGCCACAGGGUUCUGUCUUGGGCCCGGUCUUAUUCAACAUCUUUAUCAACGACUUGGAUGAUGGACUCAAGGGCAUCCUGAUCAAAUUUGCAGAUGACACCAAACUGGGAGGGGUGGCUAACACCCCAGAGGACAGGAUCACACUUCAAAACGACCUUGACAGAUUAGAGAACUGGGCCAAAACAAACAAGAUGAAUUUUAACAGGGAGAAAUGUAAAGUAUUGCACUUGGGCAAAAAAAAUGAGAGGCACAAAUACAAGAUGGGUGACACCUGGCUUGAGAGCAGUACAUGUGAAAAGGAUCUAGGAGUCUUGGUUGACCACAAACUUGACAUGAGCCAACAGUGUGACGCGGCAGCUAAAAAAGCCAAUGCAAUUCUGGGCUGCAUCAAUAGGAGUAUAGCAUCUAGAUCAAGGGAAGUAAUAGUGCCACUGUAUUCUGCUCUGGUCAGACCUCACCUGGAGUACUGUGUCCAGUUCUGGGCACCACAGUUCAAGAAGGACACUGACAAACUGCACGCUGGAGGAAUGGCAGAUGAAACUUAUGGACUAUAUGGAAUUGGCGGAAAUGACUGGCAGAAUCCGUGACCAGGGAGAAGAGUCGGUGGAGGAAGACUGGAAGAAAUUCAAAGACUAUCUUCAGAAACACUGCAAAAUUAAGGAAUGUUAGAGUGAUGUUGGAUUGAAAAUAAGUGGUUUCCAGCUGUACAGGUUAAAGUUAAGGAUAGAUUAAGAUUAAAGGUUAAGAUUAAAGAUGUUUAAAGAAAUGGAAAUUUGAUAAUAAAAGGGAAAAAUUUAAAGCUAUAUGACAUUAAGAGUAAGGAUUAGGUUUAAAAAAAAGUUGAAGUUAUAUAUUUUAACAUUUUAGCAAAUUAAAGAUUGGGAUUAAAAAUGUGGAAAAGAAACUGCUGGACAAAUAAUGUGGAUUGGAAUACAAAAAAGGAGAGUAUGAGGAAGUCCAGAAAAUAAGUAAUUUAAAAUUGGAAUGGAAAAGAGAGUUUGUUUUUAAUUGUUAUGUUCUAUUUUUAUUGUUAAGUUUUGUAUUGUUUUUUUUGUGUGUGUUGUUUUUCUUUUUUCUUUGUUUAAAACCUUAAUAAAAAAUUAUUAAAAAAAAAAAAAGAAGGACACUGACAAACUGGAACGUGUCCAGAGGAGGGCAACCAAAAUGGUCAAAGGCCUGGAAACGAUGUCUUAUGAGGAACGGCUAAGGGAGCUGGGCAUGUUUAGCCUGGAGAAGAGGAGGUUAAGGGGUGAUAUGAUAGCCAUGUUCAAAUAUAUAAAAGGAUGUCACAUAGAGGAGGGAGAAAGGUUGUUUUCUGCUGCUCCAGAGAAGCGGACACGGAGCAAUGGAUCCAAACUACAAGAAAGAAGAUUCCACCUAAACAUUAGGAAGAACUUCCUGACAGUAAGAGCUGUUCGACAGUGGAAUUUGCUGCCAAGGAGUGUGGUGGAGUCUCCUUCUUUGGACGUCUUUAAGCAGAGGCUUGACAACCAUAUGUCAGGAGUGCUCGGAUGGUGUUUCCUGCUUGGCAGGGGGUUGGACUCGAUGGCCCUUGUGGUCUCUUCCAACUCUAUGAUUCUAUGAUUCUAUGAACUUCCCCCCCCAAAUCAAAACCAUUUAGCUCCUCUUCCUGUUUUUCAAACAUUACCAAAAGAAUGCUACUCACAAGUAGAAGUGCAUUUCCGCAUGCAGGUCAAGCAGUGCUAAAUGCAGGUGUUGGACAGGGGGCAAGAUCUGGUUAAUAGAUGGGGGACUGUGUACAUGCUGUCAUUCAAACAUAUGAAAAGAUUUGACAUUGCCUGCUUCUGCUCUUAGAAGUAAAUCCUGUGGGAUGAGCAUAAUGUAUGUAGCUAUAAGUCAUUAUCACGCUCUUGCCUUUUAGGGUUCCCAAAUAGAGAGAGGUGACACAGUAAACAAUAAUCACAUGCACGGUAGGCUUAUCAUUAUGCAAAAAAUAUUAAUAGAAUUCUUCCAGAAGUUUUUCAGGCGACAAGAAAAACAACACUCCACCAAACACCCAAAGCCAAGUUUUAGUAAAGAGAUUUAUCCUUCAUUUUACUUUUCCACAUUUGUUUGGGCAGCAGAAAUCCAUGCAGAUAAAAUGCAAAUAGAAGACACAACAUUAAAAAAAAACCACACUUCUUGAUAUCUUGAAAACGGAGGUUAUUCAUAAUUCUUACAUUUUAAUCCUGCCAGCACCUAAUAUCUGAAGAAACACGCUAUGCUUUUUAAUAACGUUGAGGAAGCUGCAACUUUGUUUAUCACCACAACACUAGACCCUUACUCAGCCUCUCCAUUCCACACAGUUCUUAAAGACACAGAUUCCCUUUUAAACCCAGGAAAACUUUCUGCCCAAAUAUUUCCAGAAUAUCUCUCUUUCCCACCUCCCAUGGUAUGCGGACAGACUGGCUCAAAAAGUCCCCUUCAUAGCCUCAUUCCCUAUAGUGCAGUUCACUUAGCCCAACCCCCUGUAAUGCAGGAAUCUCAGCCAUUCAACCUCUGUUUAAAAACCUCCAAGGAAGGAGAGUCCUCCACUUUCCAAGGGAGUCUGUUCCGCUGUCAAACAGCUCUUACUGUCAGAAAGUACUUCCUGAAGUUUAGUCAGAAUCCCCUUUCUCAUAACUUGAAUCCAUUGGUUUGAGUCCUACCCUCUGGAACAGGAGAAAACAAGCUUGCUCCAUCUUCCAUGUGGCAGCCCUCAGUUACCUAUACAUCUGCUUCCUACACUUGGCCCUCUUACAUGUAAUGUAAUCAGGUAGAACAUACAUGUGUGGGGCAGGGAUAGCAAGCUCCACCCCUGACUUGCACACCAGAAGAGAAUGGGCACUCACCCCAAUUCUGGUGGGGCAGUGGUUGCAGCUCAACCCAGCGCUCCCUGGGGCACAAUGGAAAACAUUAUUUUCCUCAUGGCUGGGCAGUGUAAUCGUCCCCGGCUGGCUGAAAGGGCUUGUGGGAUUGCCCACCAAAAUUCCCAUUUGAACUGGCCAAUUGCGGGGAGUGGGGAGCUAAAGCAGCAGACCAGAGUAAAGAAUAAAUUACUUGAACUUAAUGGAAGUUAUGGCUAAUCUGUCGCAUUGAUUUCAGUGGGAAUGAUGUUCAAGGAACAAUGCAAUUCUGCGCAUGUCUACUCAGAAGUAUGCUCCAUUGUGCAAAAUGGGUCUUGCUGCCAAGAAAGUGGGUAUGGGAUUAACGCCACUUUGCUACAGUUCACAUAGUGCUUUAUAUGCAAAUCAUCACUGGAUGCCACAGCCAUGAGGUGGUGCACCAUUCCUCAAGGAUGCUACUGUACAUUCUUAAUUUUGUACUUAGCUAUGUGCAAACGUGUUGUGCCCUGGUACUUUUUGAAGCCUUGUAAGACAUUCUGUGUUUCACUUCUAUCUAUAUUAUAUAUUCUUCCUACACAAAAAUGCAUUCCACAAAGAAAAUUCAGGACGAAUUCAGUGGGCCAUCUUUCCUAGGAAGUGUGUAAAGGAUUGUUGCUUUAAAAAGCCAUGCAGUCAUUUCAGUUGAGCCUAAACUGUGUUGUCAUAUUUUAUAAUGUAUUUCAGGUUCACGAUGAGGAGUAAACCUAUUAUGCCUUGAGUAGCUGCUGGCUAGACUGGUUCUUACAUAGAAACCAGCAGCCCACCGCUGAAGCAGAAGAAAACAGGCAUCUUAACAAAUAAACAAAUAUCAAAUUAAAAUCUGCUGAUGCCCUUGU